CUCGCGUGUCUGCAGCAGCUCUGUGUGAUCCGCUCCAAAAUCAACAGCUCCAUGUCAAACCUUUGGCAAAGUGAGCUCUGCGCCGCCCUGCGCCACACCGCGAUGAUGAUGCUGGGUGGACCGAGCGCAGCGGAGCGAUAGGGCGCAUUUCUUAAUUUCCCUCCAACACCGCGUCCCCCUCCCCUCCCUCCCCACCAUCCCCACCAACCCCGCAAAAUCCCCCCUCCAGCCCUGGACAACAAGACGAGACCGCGGGACCGCUGCGUUUCCUCCGUUCACGCACGAGGAUCGAUCCAAUGUAUUAUUUACGACCGAAAGUUCAGCAACUUAUCCACUGGAUAUGGCUCCCGGUGUGAGGAGUGGGCGGCGGGCAGGUCACCCCCAAGUGUCUGCGGCUGCGGCGGUGCUAGGAGCCGGGAGAGGAGAGGAUGCCGGUGGGCGCUUUGGUCCCGGAGGAGAGGGAAGGUGUUUAAGGAGCAGGUGGCGAGCCGGAGCAGCGGGGAUGUUCGUGAACUGUGUGCUGUCUGUGGGAAUGCUUUUACUUGUUGUCCGGUGCGCUGUGGCCGCAGAGGGUAAGCAGCACACCGCAGAAAACACAUGCAGGGAUCACAUGCAGAUUUGUGGUUUGAAUCCAGGCUUCACUGAGAGUGGCAUCCUUUGUUAAGAGUUGGAACAUUUGGGGUGGGAAAUGCAUCUUUUGUUUGGCACAGGGAGCGUUUUGUAAUCCGCACAUGUAUGCCACUGGGUGCAUAAUUCACAUAUAUGUGUUGCGGCUGAGUACCUUUUGUGCAUCAUUUUAAUUGCAGACAAAAAAACUUCUCUGUCUGUGGUUCAGGCUCCUUUAAGCUGUUUGCAUGCAGGAGGGUGUUUUGGCAUUGCAGUCGGGGGGGAUACCCAAGCUGCCCAGGCUGGCUGUUAUCAGGAUGAAUGCCUUCACUGACUGCACGGACAUGAUAUGUUGUAUGAAUGACAGUGUUGACGCUGGUCUGCGCAGGCUUUGCUUUAUAUGAUGUAACAGUCUCUCUCACCUAAAGGAUUGUUUCCACCUAAAAAGAACAAAGCCUGUCUAUCAUCUUGUCUUUGUGAUCAGAACGUGAUCCUGCUGCUCCUCUGCAGCUGGACUCAUUAGGAGCUCAACUUUGUGUCUUAACUUCCCUCUUUGUCCUACAUCUUGCUCUUGAAUUGUGGUUGAAUUUUCAUGACAGAGCUUAUUAUUAGUCUGGGAGUUGUUCUGGGAGAGCAUGCAGUCACAGGACAGUCAGAGCAUCUGGGUCAGCACUAAUGGCACACAUACUGUAGCCCUCUACUGUAGGUCCGUCUGUCUCUGGCGGCGCAGAGGCAGCUGGGGUAAGGCUGGCAAAAAUAGCUCCUCUUUUGCUUGGAGAAAAGCUCAACAGCCGUAAUCCUCUCUCUGCAGGUGCACUGAUUUGGCUGCAUCCCCUUUUCUUCUCUCUCAUCUGACUCUUUCCUCCACCUCAGUGUGCAUGAAUCUGUGGCCUUGUGGUGUGACCCCUGAGAUGAACAUAACAUGUUCUUAGUGAGAGUUGAGCGUGUUUCCGACAGCAGCUCCGUCACCUCUCUCCAGUGUGAAAACUGUGAUGUAGUGGCUGUAGUCUCACCUCUGCUGAUGCACUGCUACAGUAGCAGUCUCCUCCUCUCUCUCUCUCUCUCUCUCUCUCUCUCUCUCUCUCUCUCUCUCUCUCUCCCUCCCUCCUUCCCUUCCUCCUCCUCCCCCCUCCUCUUCCUGCUCACAGUCAGCACAUCCAUUCUUAAACACAUGAGCCCAGCAGAAGUGGGAACACCUGAGCCAUUCAGGACAUAUUGGUAGAAAAGGGGCAACCAGUGAUUUAAGUGUUCAUCUGCGUCAGGAAAGUGUGCAAAUGGGCUGUAGUCUUUAGUGGACAUAUUAGAGGAGAACUGCUGAAUCCUGAAUCCUGUCGUCUUCUUCACUGGUAUACUGGGCGCUAAAAGGAGUCUUAAAGCUGCCUGUAAGCAGCUUCUUUUUAUUGUAAGUUGUGAUGUUAUUCAUGUCUUUAGGAAGGAGUGCAAGUCUGUAUUUAUGGAUUCAUUUAUUGGAUUUUAUAGCAAAGUAUUAAAAUUUAAGACAUGAAAUAAGCUACAGCAUCAACUGAGGUCACAUGACCUUUUCAUUUAAAACGACAACAUUAAAACAGACUCCAUUUUCACAGUCGAAAUGUGCCUUCAUAUCUGUGUAAGGUAAAAUCACUUCGGUGUAAAUUUCACCACAACAAAAACACCGACUUAAAGCUCCUGUAAGUAAUUUUUAAGUGUUUGUGAAAAAGAUAGAGGGCCUGAUCAAAAACACGUGCAAACUUGAUAGCGUGCGCAAAGCUGAUCUUCUAUUCUGGUGCACCGAGGAUUGCGUCUGUCAAAUGAGCAAAACAGCACGCCCAAUCCAUUUGGCACGUUUGUUUAAUGGAUUGUGCAAAUGCAAAUAUAAUCAUUUAGCACCCGCUAUGAGAUUUAUCAAACCCGGAAACCGAUUGCAGUCGCUGUUUUGCGUCUAUAAUUAGCACGUUUGAAAAGAACUUGCAAACUGACACAGCGUUAUGCACAAAUGGUUGCAGUCAUUGUUGGGAGAAGGAGACAAAAGUGCAAAAGUGUUUUCUAGUAAAUGACGGUUUUGAUAAAUAAUAAAGUCAACACUUUAUUUUUUAUUUUUCAUCUAGGACCACUCUGCUCUCACAAACUCUCCAUGGUGACGGUCGAUAGCGCAUGUAAAAUCCUCGUUUAAAGAGGGUGGUCCGCAUCACUUUUGCACCUGUUAUCAAUUGCGCAAGCAAUGAUAGUAGCUCAUCCGCAACACGCUCACUGAUAGCAAUGCAAAUUUUUUAGUUUGCACAUGCAAUUUAGCGUUCCCUAUUUGGGAUCUAAGUAGAUCAGGCCCAGAGAUUCAAAAGCAUACAAGCCCACCGGGGACAAGAUUAAUGAGUGUCAUGUUUUGAUUUUUAGUGUCUAAAACUAGUGAAAGUAGUAGUAGUUUUCUUUUAUGGUAAAUAUUCACAUAAAAAAGAGAUACAAUUACCAUCAAGCCAGAGCGACAAGAUUUUUUGUCAAAAGACACUACUUAAGCAUGCAGAGGACAAGUUGAGCCGGGCGAUUAAUCAGAUUUUAAUUUUGAUGAUGACUCCCCACGAUCAUAAAAAUAUGAUAAUUUGAAACUGAAUGAUUGCUGUACUGCCUUGCUCCUCUUUUGUUGUGUAUGAUGAAUAGAGAGCACCCUCCCUCUCUACCCCAACAGCAGAGCUCUCUUCAUCAUAAACAUUGUUUCAUCGGAUCAAUGUGAAACAACGUUUGAAGUGGUGGCUCCUGCGAAGACUAAUCGUGGACCGCUCAACACAUUGAGCAACAGCAGUACAAAGUAUCAGGCAUCCACAGAUGGAGAGAGGAGAGCAGGGAGAGGAGCAGGAAGCGGCAGGUGUGUAUCUGUGUGUGUGUCUGAAAAGCUGAGGGACAGAAUGUGACAAGAGAGGCUGCAGACAUCACAAGUGUGUAGGAGCACUACUGAGCUAACGACUGCCAGCUUAGAUCUAAAAGACCUUGAUACACAUCAUCAUAAUAAUACAGUAAUAAUAAAGUUUUAACUUCACAAAGGAAAUUGUGCGGUAAAAGAGCGCAGAUCCUUUAAAGGGAUAUUCUGACGUAAAAUUAAUUUAGGGUCAAACACACUGUAACACCGAGUUAGACACCCUCUCGAGAGAUGAAUGAAUUUAUUUAGCUACUCUCUUCCAGCAGCCGCUUGUUUGUAGCGAGACUUCAACCAGUCCAUCAUCGACUGAGGCAGGGGGGCGCAGCUCAAGGAAGAACAUUUAUGAUCAUUACUGUAUCAUUUCCUUGAAGUAAUCACCAUAUUAACCAUUUUGCACUGCAGACACGUUAGUCCCCCCCGCCUCAGUUGAUAAUGGACUGGUCGAGGUCUCGCAACAAACAAGCAGCUGCUGGAAGAGAGUAGGUGAGUCGUGUUAAGUCUCUAGAGAAGCAAGCAGUCAGCAACAUUCUUCUCUCGGGAAGGUGUCUAACUUGGUGAUUAUCCCUUUAAGUUGCAUGAAUGUUUGUGAUGCAGAUGUCAAAUCAUGGGUGAUUGGUUCAGUAACUGUGAUAUCAAUAUCUAAACACUUGCUGACAAAGUGUAUAUUGUAUAUUUUAUAAUGGUGUAGGAAACAGAGCAGGAUGUUGAAAAACUGAUAUCAGUUGACCUCUACCAAAAUGUCGAUACAUGGUGUUCUCCUUUGUUGCACCACAAUCACUGUGACAUAGUCUUAAUCUUAGUAAAUGUCAGUACUGUUCAAAUACCUUCACACAUGACCACCUUAGCUGCCAGCAGUCAAGUAUCAGUUCUCAACACAGGGGCCGCCUCUUUCCCUUCAAAUUAAAUCCUAUUCAUGGUCCAGUAACCUCUAUUGAAACUUGACCUAAUGCCUGAGCCUUCGCUUAUUCCUGAUUCCCUCCUUCCAUGUUUUCUCUGCAUCUUUAAUUGAAUACAUUAUGCUGUUAUGAUGGGAUACACCAAUUUUAAUGUGUUGGCAAAUAUAUCAGCAUUGUUAAGUGGUUCAGGUGCUGGCCUGGAUGUGAUAGAUAUAUCCAUGUGGGGAAAAAAAGACUAAUUUAUGAAUGUCAUUAUGAAACUCAGUGUCUCCUUCACCCGUCACCAAAGACCAGCCAGUGAUUGAGUUUCUAUCCCCACAGUAGUGCCUGGUCUUGUAUUGCUUUGAAUAAAGUUGGAUGCUAAUGAGUGUUAUUCACUGAGCUGUAUAGAUUUUUAAAUAUGGGGGAGAGCAGCUGUAUUGGAUCAAUACUCAGUCAGGGCAGAAAGCUGGAGUUGGAGUAUCAGAAUGUGUUUUCAGAAAGAAAAGAUCAUUUAUAUCUUGGGGAUUUGCACAGAAACCUUUUGGGAUGAGGAACCCCAGCCAAAAAUCAGGACCCUAACCCCUUUCAUAGGUUUUCCACAAGCAGCCAGAUCAGAUCCUCUUUUAUGAUGACAUACUCUUUAUAACAUGCCAUGAUUGAAAAAUCUUACACCGCUUCAUUGUUGAACAGAUUUACAUCAUAACAGAAACAGUGGCUGUGUCCCUGUUCAGGGGUAGUAUCCUUAGAGGACCUGGUCUUCAUAGCCUACCACUCUAGCUAAGCUGAUGUGAGGCAGUUUGGUCUAUUGAGGAUUUUCUGUUUGCAUCACCAGCUGCUUCUGUCCUCACCAGCUUUUACCCCAGUGUCAUGAGCGCUACCACUGUCGCCUAGCAACAGGUAGCUAGCUGGCUAACUGGCUCACAUCGGGUAGGCAUCAGGUAACACAACCACAUAAUCAUUUUUUAAAAGAUCAAAUUAAGUGUCAAGGCCCAUCUUUUCAAAUAUUAGCUUCACUUACUGCUACAUUCAGAUGACACCCGGUUAUUUAACUGUGGAUGAGUCAAGCACGACUCUCUGGUCAUGAGAAGUUAAGCCACUGAGAAAGUUCUAAAAACUGCAGUUCCUCAAGAGUCCACUCGAGGCUCGCUGCUGAAGUCAAGGAAAUGUAUUCACCUAAAUAAAAACUGCUAGUGAUGGGAAUUAGGGCUCACUCAGAGACUCGGAUCAUUUUGGUCUCCAGUUAUUUGGUCUUUUUUUUAGAGCCGAGACCUCAGCAACCAACUCUUCCCACCUAAUGGGGCGUCCACACCAAGCGCGAGUAAAAUUAUCUACUUGUUUAAUUCCUGUGAAUUUAGACCCGUGAAUGGAUAGUGAUCAAUAAACAAACCUGUGCAAUAAUAGGCUACUGCAUACCAUCCUGGAUCACUGCAAGGGAAAUUCCUUAUUUCCCUGGCUGCAACAACAGCCCGAGGAACCCAGCACAUUUAAAACCAGUGAAAAGGACGCUUGCUUGGACUGAGAGCUAAAGAGCGGCAGCUUUGUGUCUGUACCUGAUCUGUACACCUAACCAGUGGUGCAGUCUAGAAGAUAAUUGUCAGAAUCCAGAUGCCAAUGUUGAUGUCCAUUUCUGUAUAAUUUCGAGAGCAGGUCUGCUGAAGUCAUAUUUUGGUUGGAUUUAUGAGGGGGAGAGUUACCUUUGCUCAACAGCAGCCGAACUGACAGACCUACCUGCAGUGACAGUGUUUAAGUUUCUUUUUUAGUUCAUUCAUGACCUCAUGAGUUAUUAAUCCACCAUCUGAUAGAUUAAUCUGUAUAUUUAUAAUCAUGCCGAAUUUAGGAUUAAUGGGUGAUCUGGCCUGAGCUGUCUCUUUCAUGGUGCUGGAUAUCAGAUUCAGUAAUUCUAUUGGCUCAGCCGGAUUAAUUGGCCCAAUUGCAACAUUGGCUGAUAUUCUCUUAUUGCAGAUAUAUCUGUAUUGGUGUAGCUGCAGGAAAGUUUGAAGAGCAUUGCAGAGCAGAAAUGUCAUAUCUAAGAUGUGAGCCUCAGAAAUCAUCUCUGUCGAGGCUGUACUGCUGUGUUUGUGUGAGGUUCACUGAAUGAAAAACAUCCUCACUCACUGUGAGAAGCUAAUAUCCUGACUCACAGCUUCCCCCUGAGCACGAUCAGUACAACAUGUGGUUUCUAUGGGAACUCCAAUUUUUGCCCUACAAUAACAUUUCCCCCCAGACCCCUUCAUAGAGGACAGUAAGGGGUGCAGCGUCGUGCUUGUGUCCUCCUGAGUAAUGUGGCUGAAAAUACAAAUCUUUUUCACACUGCUAGAUUUUCCUUUAAUUAAGUACCAGCGUCUGUUGUCUGCUUUAUGUCUUUCUUAUUAACACAGCUGGUGAAAUCAAUGCUUGCAGCAUCUCGAGGACACGCAGCAAAGCCAGCAGAGCAGAGGCAUCUUUGGUCUUUUCACCAUCAGAACCACUUUCUCUGACGUCAGCUCUGUUUACUCCUACAAACACAAACCCUCCACCCCACCCCGUUGCUUAUGAGUGCUGACGGCUCUGUUUUGACAGGGGUUAACCUCACUGACCUCCCGCUGUAUGAGACGCUAUCUCUGAGCUACUGGAAGUCAUCACUUUCUACUUAGGAAUUCAUGGAAAGAGGACACAAACAGUGAGAUUCAAAGCUGUUUCAUGUCUGCAGUGCACCCAUAAAGUGAUUGUAACCAUGCACAUUUCUCCCUCUGUGCUUUGUCUUUUUUGUGUGUCUUGUAUCUCAGAUUUUUUUUUUUUACUUCUCUCUGUCCAGAUAAGCCCUUUCAUGGCUGUCACGAUGUUUAAUGUUAAAAUAACAUCCAGGAAUAGCCUUUAAAACGCAGCAACAAUGACUCACCCCUGCUCUGAUGACCCGUCUGCGUGAGCUCCUGCUUUCCAAAGGGGAGCAGCGGAUAUUAAUUCUCUGUUUUUUCACCUUGUUUCACCUCGCUGCUGUGAUUUAGUGUGAAAUAGUUAAUUACAUUGUGGGAAAGCAUGUCAAAAGAGCUUAAGAUGUGUGUGUUUAUUAUGUGUUUGUGUGUGUGCAGUGUGCAGUGAGGAGAGAUGCGCUCUCCUUUGGUAGUCCUCCAUUUGAUUUGCAGUCAACACUGAUGCCGACAUCAGUCUUUGUGAACAGACAGAUAUCAAAUUAGAAAAAUCAAUGCAGAACACCAACAGUGAUUUUUCGAAAGAAAGGCAUUAUUUAUAUCCCACUUACAGGCCUCCAUCUGUUUUCUUUUGCAUGACACGCCAAUAUUUUGUCAAGGAGGUUGUGUGCGUCCCAGUCUUUGUUGUGCAGAAACCCAAAUGCCAGCAAGGAGCAGAAACAGAAAAGGUAUCAGGUAAUUGAAAUAUAUAUAUAUAUAUGUAUAUUUCUCUACUGUGGGUUUUCAGGUUGUAUAUCAUGUAUCUUCACUUGUUUUCUUAAAGGUCUGUUCAUGUCAGACCUUUAAGAAAUUCAAAGGGUUUGCAGUCUUGUUCCCCUCAGUGCUGUAAACAAAUCAGGCAACACCUAGAUGUAAAGAUAAAGAGGCAAACAGGCUUCUAAUUAGUAUCAUGGACCAUCUGCCUCACAUUAUCCUUUGUACAGUUCGCUGCAAUCAGGGAAUAUUGUGUGUGUUUGUGAGUGUACAUAUGUGUGUUAUAAGCGUUUCCUAUGUUCCUCCCCGGUAUCUCUGGUACCUUUGUGCGUCUCUCUUUGUUUUGGCUGUUUGGUGCAGGGUGAAGGUGGACAAAGGCUUGGCUCCGAGGCCAGAGAGAGGACAGGACAGCAGGCUGCCUGAUUUAUUAGGACUCACUGUAUAAUACAGCACACUGCUCUGCACAAGGCCACUGUUCAUCACACUGCACCACUCAGAGCCACAGCUGAAGGUGGCAUACAAGACCUAGAUUUCUGGGAUGUGAAAGGAUCUCUCAUUUUAAACAACAACUUCACAGUAUUUGGUCAAGAUUACCUGCAUUUAAAAAAAUGAAUAUGUAACAACCUGCUUUGUGGUGACUGAAACUCUCAUUUUAAUCUGAUUCAAGUAGCCAGGCAAAAGAGCAUUUCUCACUGUGUAAUUUAGCUUUUCUCUUUUCUAAUGACCAGUAAUUCACCAAGGACCAAACCUGGAUAUCUAUUUGACUGUUUAAUGGCCCUGCAUUUCCUAAAUCAGUUACCCUGUUAAUUUUUAAAAGAGUUUUGCUCAGGCUGGAAAUAGGUGUAUCCUCACAGGCAGGAUUGGUCCAUUUUGAUUAGAUUUUUUUUUUCAGUCAAACCUGCGUUGUCUGAACAUAUUAAAUACUAAACUUCAACUGUGGUCCUUUUUAUUUUCAGCCUCCAAGUUUCUUUAUCUGCCUACAGGAGAGUCUGAUAUUUAUGUCUCCUGUGAGGAGUUUAAGCUGGUUAUGAAACAGACUAAAAUUAACACUGAGGCCUCUGAAUGACUUAUAAAAGCAUAACAGGCCAUAGACAUGAUUGUGCACUUCUGUAAUGUUAUUUUAGAGCCUGAAAAUGGUGCUGCUGGGUAUCUGUCAGAUAUAGAUUUUACCACUUCAUAAGGGAGCAUCAGAAUCUGUACAAACUAAAACUACCUCAGUUACUUUAAAGCUCCAAUAAGGAACUUUAAGUUUGUACCAGUUUUGGCGCCCCCUAUGGACAAGGUAGUCCCUCUUAUCUUGUCCUCCACAUGCUAGAGCAGUGGUUCUCAAGUCCAGUCCUCGAGGCCCCCUGUCCUGCAUGUUAUGGAUGUUUCCCUGCUCCAACACACCUGAUUCAAAUAAUGAGCUUGUUAUUAAGCCAUUACAGAGCUUGAUAACGAGCUGAUCAUUUGAAUCAGGUGUGUGCUAGAGUAAUAUCCCUUGAUAAAGAAAUCUCAUCCUCCUGACAGUCCAAGGUCAAAUUGAUCAUUUUUUGAAUAAUCAAUGUUUAAAUGUAAAAACAGGCUUUUUCUUUGGUAGCUCCACUUACACAUACCCCCUCACCUUGUUUUAGGCACUAAAAAUUAAGGUUUAAAUCUCAUCAGUCUUGUUUCUGAUGGUUUGCUUGCUUAUGUGUUUCAUAAAAAUGCAUCAAUAUGAAUUUCAGUCUCUUUUUCAAGUGUUGAAAAAUUUGUCAUGGGUGCUUAAGCCAGCGUUUUCUUCACCAGAGGCAGCAGCUUUUAUCAAACACAUUUUCAACGAUGUUGUUCUUUAAAAUGAAGUCAUGAUCAUUCUUAAAACUAUUUUGUCAAAGAGUAAUGUCAGAGAUGACAAUUUGACCAAAAUCUGCAUUAUUUAAAGAUUUUGACCUGCUUUACAUGUUUUUUCAAGUUUGUUUGGGAAUGAGGAAACCUUGGAGGAUAAUUCAGCUCUGGAUAAAAACCUUGUAAACAAUGAACUCUGAAGAAAUCCUGACCUAAAACAAGCUAAGUGCUGUUAAAUAGAUAAUCAAUAGCCUCUUCUGGUGGCCCGUGUCUGCUGAAGCACAGCAAUAAUGAAACCCUGCUUUAUUGUUUUUUUUUUUUCAGCACCUUGUUUUAGUGUGACUGAAAAAAGAGUUUAUGUUAGCCUGUUGGUUUUAAAGGUGGUAGAAAUUUCCAGACACACCCUCCUGAAUUCUUGCAUUGGUAUCUUAUCAGCCGACAGAGCAGAAAACACCUGUUUUUGUGUUAACAUGGAUGAAUGGGGUCUUUCUUUGACACUGCAUUCAAAGAAUAAUACAUAAUUCAAAACCAGCCCAGAGCUGCACAUCUUAUUCAGGACAAACGGGCCAUUGGCUGGAAGUUUCUGUCACGUUUGAACGAGUGAAGUCUUUCUGUGUAACUUUGGCUGAUUUCAUGAGAAAGUGAAAGAUAGGGGAGGUUAAAAUUUUAAGACGAUUUUUAACCGAAGUGAAUGAGGCCGGAUCAGGACAGGAUUUAGGUCCGUGCUGUGCAUAAAUGAGCAAGACAGGAGGAGAGAGAGAAAGAGAUUUGCCUCCUCACAGAUGGGGUCAUCAGUCACAUUUAAUGGUGUCACUGUCAAAGUAUCACAUUCAGCUUUUGCCUACUUUUGUUACCAAUUGGAAAUGCUAAGUGUAAUGCCAAGUGUAGCUGUAGGCUCUGCUUUUUUCACUCCGAUGCCUCUGUGGACUGUGGCAUUUCAGCUAAUCCCUCUGAACUGCUGGAGGGGGGAAUAUGAGAUCACUGAGACAUACAAACACAUUAAUUACACCCAAACUUCAAAAUGCUACAUACUGAGCAGCUAGCAAAGACCAGUCACCCCUUUAUACAGUUUGUACAAGCAGGAAACACUAGCUACCUCUAAAGUUUCAGUGUUUCUUUAUUAAAGUCUGUAACACAAGAAAUGUACUCUAACAGGUAACCUUUGCAGUCAGGGAUCAUCUAUUUUUGGCCUCUAGGGGGCAGACAUAAAAACCCAAGAUUUGUUCUGAAAUGGUAUCAUACAAUCUGUUGAAUGACACCAGGUAAACUUAGUCCUCCUGUCUCCGUCCACAUGUUCAAUAUUCGCUCCAAAGUCCGUCCUGUUUUUAGCUUUACCAGCUAAACUCAGGGAAACACGUGGGGUAAGUAUUUUGGAAGCUAGCUUACCUCUGUUCUCUGCUCUAGCUAACUCUUUCUGAGGUCAGAUCAUGUGUCGGUGAUGCACAGUGUGUUUAUGUCAGGGUGUUUGCUGAAAUGAAACGCUCAGGGCAGCUGCAAACACAGCAGUUCAGAGCAGGAUAAGCAAUAAGAAAAGCGUGGCUGAUUUAUGUGCUGCUCGCUUAAACACUCUCGCCUUCAAUGCAGACGCUGAGUGAACAGGUCAGCAGCCACUCCUCUGAGGGUUGGAGCUUCUCCGUGUUAUCGUUGAAUUUAUUUAUUCUCACUGCACUAAUCUGUUUUAAUUAUGAUGAGUCAUGCUUUAGGUGUCAAUAAUACUAUCAGUGUACAGCGUCUGCGGGUGUACGAGCUGUGGAGAAGCAAACACGAGGAGUUUUUACUGACUCAAAGCAUCAAACUGUUUUAUUUGUAACUCUAACCAAAAAUGUACGGUGUCAUUAAAGAAUUUGCAAAGAAGAAACUGUAAAGGCAGAACUGAGUAGAAAAAAUCAGAGCUACUUGGGUUUGAAGUGCUUCAUGGGUCCAGUUUAAGGUGAACAUCUGACAACUUUUCAGUGACAAAGUAGCAUCAGGACAACAUUUUUUGUUUAGGUUCAGGGGAGUGGUGUUAGUAUGAUGUGUUAAAAUAGUGUACAAGCAGAAAGUGGAACCAUAUUAUGCAAGCAAAUAGAAAAGAUUGAGGUUUUCAUACUGAGAAUAAUCUAAAGUAGACCUCCAUAUGAGAAUUAUGUUAGAUAUAUUUGCCACAGAAAGUGAGUGAAACCAUGACAGAGAGUUGUUGCUUACACCUUUUGACUUAAAGUAUGCUGUGUUAACCUCUAUGACCUAUCAGGGAUGCCUGGCUUUCAUUGAGUGGUCACUUACUGGCAGGCUUAACCCAUACUAUCUUUACUUCCUAGUGUGUUGUCGGUUUAUCAGUAUUUUCAUCCACACUUGUGUGCCGUAAGUCAACCCAACAGUAAAAAGCUAAACUGAAUGGAUUAGGAGUAGUCACUCUUAAUGCUGUAGGUUCAUCCUACACAUGUGAGGGGGUGUAAGAUAGGCUGGGAGGGGUCAGUUGACGGACAAGAUCAGCUCAUGUUGGGCUUGUGGACAAGAAUCACACUGCUGAGGACAGACGUGGGAUGAUCUGGCUAAUUCAGGACAGUUGGGGAUGCCAAUAGGCGUAUGAUUCGAUAAUAACGCAGAUUGAGGUGUAGUUGCUGUGGUUUAUCCCUCCAUUUCACAUUAAGUAAGUCAGCACUCACAGCAAUAUCAGGAACAUUUACUUAUUCCAGAUCAUUUGACCCUCCAGUGGAAGCUUGAUCAAAAACUUGAGUGAAUUUUUACCAAAUCGUGGCAUAAUAAACACAGGAACCCAGAAAUCUGAAUUCAGUCAGUUCAAACUUAAGUUUUAGCCCAUGUGACAAUACCAGUGAUUGUUUAAUUAUAAACUCCAAUAUAUUAAAACUCAGUCAAUAUAAGACCUUUGUGGCCAUUUUUGCAGCCCAAAGCCUUUGACAUGACAGACACUUUGAAAUAGCCUCAGUUAAACUGGCAAAAUGUAGAUUAAAAUAUAGAUGACAAUAGAGUGUAUCUGAUUUUAUUAGUUUGUACUGUGAAUUUUCAACAUUAUUUGUGGAAAGAAAAAAUUAUCACCAGCAGGUUAGCCAUCUGAUUUUGUAAGAAAAGUAAUAAAAGGGUGGCUAUUGUAUGUUUUUUUGUCAUCCUUCUUCUACUGUAAGAAAAAGUACAUGUUCUGUUAACAAACACCAAAAUAAGCAAGUAACUGAAUAUAAAUGGAUCAAUACAUGAAUGAAUUAUAUCAUAGCUCUACUUUCAACAGGCCCUGGGUUCCUUCAGAAUAGAAGCUAGAAAGAUCAUUUGAUCACUGCUUGUGCAUUUUUAGUGCAGAAAACCCGUUUCACUUUACAUGUGAUCAUUUGAGUCAAUGGAAAAUAACCGGGGAGCAGCACAUUGUUUAUCUGACCCCUUUCCCUCUGAGAAUUUAUGUGCACAACUUUCCUCUUGUCAUGUAAAUGUGUUUGUGUUCUUCUUUUGUGCGCUGUAAUUGGAUUGUGUAGAAUUAGGUUAGGUUGGGACAGUCCAUUAUCUAUCAACCUAAAAAAACAAAACAAAACAAAAAAAAAAACAUUGAGCAUACUGGGUGAUCCUUUUGCAAAGUUCCUUCAAUGAAUGUACUUGGAAAUUAGACUUCAAAGUUUGUGGUUUAACAAUGAAAAGAUUUGAUGGAUAUCUAACUUAAGGUGUUCCAACCAACCAACAAGUCUAAAGGGAAGACAGCAGUUUCGAUUUGAGCGCUGAAUGCUGAUUUAACACAGGGCGUGGCUAGGGCUGGGCGAUAAAACUAUAACGAUAGAUGUUGAAAAUUAAUUUCCCUCAAUAUCAAUAUAAAACAUGGUCAAAAUGCUUUUUGAUAGUCGGCAUUCUGCCAUGUUUUGGUAGGCUAUACAAAUAGCCUAUAAAAAGCGUAAUAUCUGCGGGUCUGCUUCGCACUGAACCAAUUGUGCUGAUUUAGAACCAAGUAGCAAAAAACGGCGUAGUAGCAGGCUGCAGCUACAUGCAACCAUAGCACUUUAACACGUGAAGGUGACAACACUGUUGGCGAGAAAACAAGAAAAUGAGUCCCACCCCUGUCAAAAAUGCAGAUGACGGCUCAACAGAUGAUGACAUCGUCGACAACACUGGCACGAAAGCGUCGGUGGUUCGGAGGUAUUUUGGUUUUUUGAGGUUGGACAUGAAGCAGAACAAUGUGCACUGCAAAUUAUGACAAGUACAUGUUCUCGCAAAGUCCGGGAAUACCUCAAAUCUUUUUCACUACCUGAAGCAGUGCCACGCAGCAGAGCACGCGCAAUGCAAAAGGUUACAAACCCCGAGCGGAGUAAUGAGCCCAUGGCGCCUGUGCAGCCAUUACAGCUGACCAUUCUGUUUUCUCUGGUACAACGCCUUACGACAAACCAUCAAAGAGACACAAAGACCUCGCAGAUGCAGUAGGUUAUUGUAUUGCAAAAGACAUGCUACCAAUAAGCACUGUUAAAUUUCAUGUUUUAUAUUGUGAUAUAUCGAUAUCGACUGAUAUGAAAAAAGUAUAUCAUGAUAAACUUUUUCCCAUAUCGCCCAGCCCUAAACUUGGCUAAUCACGGUAUCCCAAAGUUGGUUGGCAGUGAUAUCAGGCUGGUUGAAUGUGAAAAACAAUAGCAGAGCUAGCACCACCUUACACGUUAAUGUCUACUUCUUGAGCUGGUGACACACAACUUUAUUUCCAUUUUCUUGCCAGAUCAUGCCAUGCUACAAGAUGCAAUCAUCAGCAUUUGGUCAGAGUAUAAUAUUACUGCAUUAUGACAGCCUUUAUAAACCAGAGCUAUGGUCCCAACUGAUACAGUAGAGCUUAGACACAACAAACGUAAGCCAUUUCAGGCCCCCAGUAAUAAUUUGUUUUAUUGACAUAAAGUUAUGGUGCAAACUAGCAAAAGCAUUGGUGUAUAGGUUAGUCGGUCAAAUAUUCACCCUGUACACAGCAGGGUAUCACAGAUGAUUACACCAACUGUCAUCCUAAAUCAAUGCACAGUUUCCUGCCGCAUGCUGACAUCUGUAUCAAUACUAGUAAAAUAUUCAAAGCAGUCUUAUUCACUGUGUUUCAGAGGGAAUAUUCUGAACAAGAAAAGUAUUAAACCAUUUUAAGACAAGCUCACAGCCAAGUUAGUACAUCAAAUGACCCCAUGUGGGGUCCCCAUGCAGCCUUAGGCAGAGAAAGUCUGUUUUUAGUGUAUAAGUGCUCUAAAACAUCAGCGACCCACUCCCAGUCUGAGCGCAGGCUUUUGAUUUUAAAUCUCAGUGACAUCAUAGAUUCAGGGACUCUCUCUCUCUCCGUCCUCAGAUUUGGUGGAGCAGGUUUGGAGCGAAGGCAGCGGUGACAGCAUCAGUGAAGCAUCAGGAGGAGCAGGGAGGGCUAAGCUGAGCUCAGAGAGCAUUUAAGGAAGUGUUCAACAGUUUUAGGAGUCGAUCUUAUUCAUCAGUAAUCAAGCUGUUGCAAGACCUUAAAAAAUAUUCUUCUGACAGAAUUUAAGAGCUGGUCUGAGUGUUUAUACUCUCAUCACAGUUGAAGAUAAUUUGAAUGACUCAAACUAAAACAGAGUGUGUUUGCAGACAGAGCGUGCUGAAAAUCGAAUACUAAGACACAUUUUCAAAGAUGGACAGAGCCUUUUUUUCCCUUGAGUAAGCAAGAUAUUCAGACACAACCAUAUAUUGGAAUUCAAUCAUUUUCAUGCGCACACACACGCACACACACUCAUAAAUCUAUAGCAUGUAGUGUUUGAUUUAUGCCCCUUACUCUGCGCAAAAGUCACCCCUUAAGUCCUCAAACGCUGUUCCCCACAGGCCGAUUCAUUAUUUCUCAGAUAAUCUGAGUGUGUAGCUCAGCUAGAGAGCGAACCCUGUGAACACACAAACACACUCACACACUCACACACACACAAACAAGGCCUUCAAAUAAACCACAGCUCAUACCCAGCUGUGGCAAACGUCUGUGUGAGCCUCAGAGUUUCCUCCCUUCCAUCCCUGAUGGAUAUCUUCUUCGCCUGUCCUCAGAGAUCGUCCCAGCAUGUGCGUGUGAUUUGUGUGAUGUGUGUCACAUCUUGCCCCUCUCAGCACUUUGUAACCUGCUGCAGAAAGAGAGAGAGAGAGAGAGAGAGAGAGAGAGAGAGAGAGAGAGAGAGGAAGGAGGUUCUUAAAUUAUGGAGCUGCUGGAUUAGAUGUUCAAUAUGUUGCUCCGUAAUAAUUGUGUUGCAUCAGUGCAGCAUGAAGCCCGAUAUACUGCACAGGAGGUUUGUAGCUCAGGAAUUAAAUUACAAGAAUGGAUGUCUUUGUUUUCUAUCGACCAAACAGACAAAUUUAACAUCCACUGCAGAAUUAGAGAGUUGUGGUUAAGACUGUGACUGUGGGUUUCUUUGGUGCAUGUGAAGGUCAAAUAUUCGUCCACAGGAGUAGAUCACGUACCUCAUGAUAAACGUACAUCUCAGUAAUGAUUUUGUCACCCAGGAGAUGGGCCUCUCCUUGACAGUGGACGUCAUCGUUAGUCACGGAGGGCGCCCAUUAAGCCGUAUGUGCGUGCUAAACACUGUCAUGCAAGUACAAAUGAGAAGAACGGCAGGAUAUCAAAUUUAAGAAGUGAGUGUGUAGAGAAGGAGACAAAAAAAGACAGCUUAGGUUUGAUAAGAAGAGACGGACUAAGAGUUAGACUCAAACAGAAGCAGGAGGAUUUUUUAUAUUUCAUUCACUUGUGCAAAAAUGUUUCAAACCUUGUUCCAGAAAAACUGAUAUCAAUACUCGUCAGUUCUUUUUUGAAGCAAAGAAUGACAGUAAGAGACUCGGACAUGUGGGCAUAGACUUAAAUUUGCACUUUAAAAAAAAUGGCAGUACAAAUGUUUUUGGAAAGCUAAAACACUCAUGGAGACAGAGAUGCAGAGCACAGGUUGGAGUUCAAAAACAUGGUUGAUCUUUGCUGACAAGACACACAAGAUACACACUUGAAAAGAGUCAAAGCAUCAAAAUCAGGUUCAGUAAAUAGUAAAAUAUCCAGAUAUGCUGGAAAACAAUGCACAAAGGAUGAAAAAUAGAAGGCAGCAACUGAGGAGAGAAAAAUCUGGAAAUAUUUAAUUUACAGCUCCUCUGUUUUUGAGGAAAUAUAAUACAGAAUGAAGUAAACAGUGAUGCAUUUCUAUGAUGUGCAAAAGCAAAAGGGAUUAUCACCAAAAAGAGCGACCAUUUAUAGUGUUGUUGUUUUAAAUGCAUGUAACUGCUGUGAAGGGGGUAGAUACACAGAUUAACUCUUUUACAGCCACCUCAUCUGACUCCCUCCCUCUAUCUAUCCGAAAACUCUCCUCCUCAUGCACCAGCUCAGGCUCCUACCCUGCCAGAGAGGUGACAGCCUUUGACUGGCCACCAAAUGCUUGCCCUCUAGAUCCACCCCCAGGCUUGGCUCUGUGACCCGCGUCCGGGCGAGGGAACUCUGAACUCUGAACCAUUUAUUGUAACUCAUCAUAGGAGUCUUGUGAGCUACACUUUGUCUACACCAGGAUUGCCCUGCAUGACCCUUCUAAGGACUUAAAGCUCCUGGGAUCAUUGGGACACAGAAACCCCUCCAGUCUGAUAAGGUGGUAGCUCGGGGAAGGGUGAUCUUACUAUGUUCAUUAUCGUAAUUGCAUGUUGUUGUGUUUCCCUUUUGGCACAGCAGAGUAAAGCCACAGCUGUGUCUCCCUGCUCCUUCUGCCACCAUAAUGGAAAAUAACAACAUCACUGUGCUUUUGAUUGGCAUAUUUCACUUUCUAAAAAACACCCAGACAGCUCAGUUGACAUGUUGACAGUGAUAUGCACUUUGUGUCAAACAGAAUUAAAAUAUCACUGAAGUAUUUUGAGUUUUGAGCUACCGCCCGGGAGCAGAUUGCAACAGACUUAUAGCUUGACUCAGGGGAAUGUCCUGAGGUUGGUUUGUCGAGACAUGUCAUUUGCCUUGAGAUGGCAGGGAACAAAAGUUUCACUCGUUCUGUACCUGUAUGAAAGAAAGAAAGUAACCAAACUGGGACUCCUGGAGAGGGCAAAUACUGCCACAUAAACUGGGGAUAACUGGACGCCCGAGAGUAAACAAAGUUGUCUAAAAAUAUUUGUGUACUGUAUUAUCUCUGAUUGGACAUUUUGGAGGUACACUCCUCUAUAACUCGUCAUGUGUAAUAGUUAUAUCCUGAAGUAAUAAAGCCACCAUGUUUGAUUGAUUAACCACUUUGAGGCUGCCUCCUACCUCUCAGUAGUGAUCUCAAACCAUACUGGUGUAGCAGUACAGCAUUUAUCUGAACAAUAAAUCUACAAGUUAGGAUUUCUAAGUAUAUUUUAUGACAUUACUCUAAACUCAAAAUGUUUUGAAGGUACAAGAAGAAUCAUUAUUUAUUUACUAUGAAAAUAUUGCAAUUAAUUUUUGAUCAACUGAGAAAAUAAAUUGACAGCCCCAGUUUUUCGUUUUUUUUUUCAAUCCAUUAUUUUCAAAGUGUUUUUUGACUUUUAAUUUCCUGCUUUAAUAUUAAAACUCUGAACUGCGAUACACAUAAGCUCAUACUGGAGUUGGACUUUUUUACAACUGAAAGCCCCUCUGAGGAGUUUUUUUGACUGCUUGUGAAACAGAUUGAAAUAAAAAUAACACCUCUACGGGAUCUGUGAAAGAAGAUAAGAUUACCAACAACAAGAUUCACUGUUAUGUUAUAAAUUUUGAUGCAUGUAGCCACUGCAGGAGUGUAGGUGUCAGAGGAGAUGAUUUAUAGCCAAAGAAACAUCUUUCUUUGCUCUCCCCAAAGCAAAUUAUCACAGUGUUUGAUACAUUGGACUAUCAGAGACAGUAGGAUGGGAUUCUUUUUUUGUUAGAAACAAAACCAGCAAAGUUGCAAGAGCUAUCUCUCUGUUUUUGUUUCCAGGCAACCUGUGAUUUUAUGAUUCUGUCCCAUCCCUUAUUUUUUAACCACCUCAAGCCCUCAUGGACUCACAUGCAGACCAAUAGUCAGUCUGUGAGGGCUUUAAGGUGGUUGAAAUUUGGCACACGUAAGGCCCAACAGUGGCAGUAGAGAUGAUGGAAAUGGCAACUCCAUGUAACGUCAGGAUUAUCAAGACACUGGCACAGAGGUUAGACUUUUGCUCACCUAUCAGUUAAAUCAGCAAUGACCCUAAUCAUACUCUACUAUGCCAAACUUUUAAACUCAAUACAAUCAAACAGACAAGUUUCAAAGAAUAUCCCCCUUUAAAAUAGUCAAGCAGAAAGAAAUGAUCAAAAUCUUUGUUAAAUUAAUCCUUUUUUAAAACAGGCUGUAAGCAUAUUUAAUUCUCAACUAAAGAUUGGCAUUGUGAUGCAGGCUCUUAUUGGGGUAGGGAUGGGUGAUAUGGGGCUAAAAAAAUUAUCACAAUAAGAUUUGCCAUUCUGACAACAACAAUAAAAGUCCCAAUAAAAAUGUUAUAAUUCCAGUCUAUAUUUUUGGCUCAUUUGUCUUGAGGACACCAGUUGGAGUAAUCAAAUCAUUUACUUAAUCAUAAGUUUGAGUGGUAUGUUAUGGAGAAAACUAAUGACAUCAAACAAGUCUCAAAUGUGAAAACAUUUUCAACAUUUGUUAAAAACUCUUAUCGCACAGAAUGAACAGCAGCAGAUCCACUGCCCAAUGUGAGGUAUACCUGAUUACACUCAUCUAAACCCCAAUCUUGAAGGAAAUCCCUCAUGUGGAGCCUCAUUUAGUAACGAGCUGCUCAGAAACGCUGUCUUCAUUACCUUCGGCCAUGUUUGUUAUUCUGCUCUGUGUGGGCUAUGCCUGCGAGUUCAUCGCUUGCGCUCACGUCAUUAACUUGCAUUUAUCAUAUUUAUGAUGAAAUGGCAAAUAUUUAUCAUGGAAGAUUUUUCUUGGAGCCAGCCUCAAAUGGUCACUGAAGGAGCUGUGGUUUCUGCUUUGACUUCAUCUUUAACAGCAGAGGUUGUAACUUGUCGUGUGCUGCUUUUGUCCUUGUGUCAUUGCAGAAACACAUCAGAAAAAACACCAUCAUUUGUCCUAUUUCUCAUUAUUACAGAGACCUGAUUAAAGAAGGUCUCUACCUUUUCCGACUGAAAAGAGGGCUCCUUUGGGAACGCCAAUCCUCUUAAUAGUAUCCGUCUGCCCAUCAUUAAACUCAUCUGGAUUAAAUCUGCAGCAGUACGUUGGGCCACUAUGAGUGCAUAUAAAAUCUUGAUCAAAAUCCAAAUGAGGACUGGUGAGGGUUGUAUUUAAUUAUGAAUUUCCUGCCAAAAAUAUCUGAAUUAGAAGACACUCUUAAUAGCAGAUGGCCUCAUCUCAACUCUGACACGUAGACAGUUUGCUUCAUUUGUACGCCCACGUCUUGAACCUGGUACAGCGGAGUGAGUUGAAUACUUUGAGUAGGCAUGCAUUCAGUGUUUUAAACAAUAUUUCAUUCUCUCUUUUUAUACUAUAACACUAUUAGUAACAGAGCUGUUGUGAGUUAAAUAUUGAAUGACUCAUACUUUUACAACCAGUCCAAGAUUUGACCAUUGGAUUUGCACAGAGAAGGUCUCAUUUUCAGGUUUUGCUGAAGGUUUUCUCUUGUAAGAUUUCCCCUCUCCAAUCCUACAGUUCCUUAUACGCCAUAAGUGAAGACUCCUUUUUCAUCUCCUACAACAAAAGAGAUCUGACUCUAUUUUAAUCAAAGGAUAGUGAUCCCUCUGAUAUGUACAAGCCUGAAUGAGGACAUUUAUUAUUUAUUAUCAAGCUUUUUUUGGUUUUGUCCAUUUGACCAAUCUAGAGCAGCCGCACAGGGUUUGUGAGUCAAGGCCAACAGCUUGCACGUAUAGUGUAUGGACAAAAAAAGAUGUCUUAUUAUGGUAUAGUUUAUAUGUGUUUCUGUAGAGUUGAGCAGGUCUUUGUUAGGCAAGUAUCUUAAUAUAAAAUGUCAAAGUAAAAGUGAGUUUGUGUUUAGGAAUUAAUUGAGCUGCUGAGCUGUGCAUGAAUCUAAAAAAAAAGUUUCUGACCCUGUCUCCCCAGACUUUAAUGUCAUCAUUUUCCAGAGGCUCAUCCACUCUGAAAUGCAAAUACCUCUCAGUGAUUAAAGGUAAAACUGUACGAGUCUGGAAAAAGUGACACAGUAAUAUCUUUUUGCUCUGCUGAAGGAGUGGACUUGUUACGUAACAUGAGAUGGACUCUUCUUGGAAAUGAGUUUUGUGUGGGGAAAACUUUGCAAAGUUUUUGUACCAAUCAGAAAAAAAGUGUUACAGCAUGGUGCGUGUCGCUUAUUUUCCUAACUUAGCAUCAUGUCUACGCUGAAACAACAUACAGGAUUGUAGAAAACUGGAUAAGGAGCAAGACUCAAAUAAGUAGAUCCAGUAUGAAUCAGGCUUAUUUAUGUUUGAUGGUUGCUUGAAUGAUUUAUUUCUCUAUCAUCUACUUUUAAUCCUUGAAAUAAAACUCCAUCCUGAAACAAAAUAUAUGGUCUGUGUAACCUCCUCCCUUAAAGCCUGACUUUUGUCUUUUAUUGCAGUUUGGCCUGGAGCAGCAGAGGACCUUAAACUAAAGGAGUGUUUUGUCCAUAAUACCACAAAUAGGCUCUGCUGAUGUCAGUUUUCUUGUUAACAUCAUCAAUCAUCAUGAAACAGGUUUUCUCUCAGUAUCACAAAUUCAGACUGACAUGUUUUUGCAGAUUCUGUCAAAGAAUUAGUUUUAUUUUUAUAACCUGCUGACUUUGGAUUACGUCUUAACAGAAUCUUUUUAAGGCUUUAUUUUUAGGCUUUUUUCCUUUAUUUGGAGAGGACAGAAAAUUGAACAGAGUAGGAAAUGGGGAGAAGGAGCAGGGGAGUGACACACUUUAAAGGAGCCACAGGCUAGAGGCGAACCGAGGACGACUGCUCGAGGCAUAAGCUCUGUACAUGUAAACCACUAGGCCAGUGGUGCCCCAAACAGAAUCUUUUAACCUGUCCACUGAGGAGCUGCCCCACGCUAAACUGUGAUGUCUCACUUCUACCUGCUCGCCAAACAUCCUCCUCUGCCAUGACUCUUCAUGUACUUUACAGACUUACCAGCCGUAUAUUUUUAACUUUCAAAUGACAUCCUCUUAGACAGGAAAAAAUGCCCCCAAAAUAUGAUAGACGAUGUGUCAUUGUCUACCUGCAGCUUGCAUACCUCUGCCCUGGUGAAAAUAUCUGCAGAACAAACUCACAGACACACUAAAGACAUGACAGGAGCGCCUUACCUUCCCAGGAGUUGCAGUGUGUCACAGUUUUGCAGCCCUGUGGUGUCGUGUUGAAUUGAGGAUGUGGUGCUGCCUAUGUCUGGGAGCUCAUCCAUCAUGCUACCUGCUGGAAGAGGUGCUGAUCUCUGUGUUUGUUUUGACUUUGUGCAGUGCCAGGGUUGAAUGUACAUCCACUGUGAUGUGAAGCAUGAACAGUGUUGAAGCUCAGACCUGUUUGACCUGGUAUGGAGCUCUGGUAAACAGCAAAAAUCAGUCAUGACUCUUCCCUCUCCUCCUCUUCUCUGUGUGUCCUAAUAUGCUCUGUACACUGUAAAAACUGUUUUACAAAAAUAAUAGGAGCAACAUUUUCUGUUUUAAGGGGGUAUUUUCGUUAAAUUAUUGUUAGUUACAGUUGGUAAAAGCGAAUAAUAUGCACAUUACUGUUAACAACAAAAUUGAGUCCACUUGAAACAGCCAAAAAACACCUUUAACCGAUAGUGUCAAAAAGGACAACAACAUCAGACUUGAUUAUAUUAAGAAACCUUCAUUGGUGUAAUUAAUAAGCAUCAACAUAGAUUAUUGAAUGAGGAAAGGAGAGUAGUUAUUUGUUUUGAACAAUACUUUUAAUAAGGUUUACAUUCUUGGAAGGGAGGAAACUACAGGAGUAGUCUGAUGUUGACUUUUACCUUCAGAUUAAGAUUGGCAGACACUAGCCAUGUUUAUGUGAGCAAAAUUUCUUGAUCAGAUUAAAAAUUUGAGGGAUUGGAUAAUCUGAAUCCACUGUUUAUAUAUGUGCAAACUCAAAUUUGUGUUUGAUAAAUAUACCCAGGUUUUGUUAAUGUGAAACUAAAAAAGAAUUAAAAGAAAGAAACUACAUUUAUUGUAGAAUAUAUGCUUUCUGAAAUACAGUUGAGAGAACAGUAUCAUUGAGGGGCUUUUGACAGUGUAGACAGGUGUGAUGUAAACCGUUGUCUGGUCUGGUGGAGAAAUAAGCUUUACUUUUUAAUUUGCAGUAAAAAAAAUACUGUUCCAUCCUGCAAGAACAAGUUAUAACCUUUUUAAUAAUUCUCUCUAGCACUUGCUGAACAUAAGCAGUGGUCAUUUUAUUGAAUAGAGGGUCUCAGUGUGUGGACUCACGCACCUUCAGAGAACUGGGAGCUGGGGCAGCAAAUGAAUAAUUUUACAGUAUGGAAGCUCACCACACCGGCCACAUAUGGUGGGAGUUAAUGUGAAUAUUUGGGACUGUAUUGAAAAUUGACCUUUUUUAUGGGGACAGUGGUGAGAGUGUUUAAAGCUAUAUAACGGGCUUGCUUUUGCUGGAUAACAUAUGCACUGUUGUCAAACAUUUUUCAAAUGUAUUCAGCAAAGCAUACAGUGAUACCACAGAAGUGAUACACUGAUAUUUUCCAGUUUGUUGUACUUUGGAAAUAAUAAGAUUUGAUUGAAACUAAUCACAUGAUCAACUCUGCUUAUAGAUCAAAUUAUUUAUUGUUUCCCUCAUCAAUUCCAGUGCAGAAAAAAAGUAUGACUAUGCAAGUUUUUAGUGUCCAUACAAUUUUGAUUUUGUGUUUCAUUACCAUUGUUGCUCUGCUGAGACAGGAAGCCUGACUUUUCAACUUGACUUUUAGUCAGCUGAUCACAGAUAGAGCCUCUGAUUGGUUUACAGACAAAAAAACAAACAAACAGGCACAUCUAUUUCUUAAAUCAGCAUCACAGAUUGGUUUUGUUUUUGAGGGAUUGGAUCAGGAUAGUCUUUGUGAGGAUGCUGGGAGAUAAAAGCCCCUGAGGCUCAGUGGCAGAGUUGAUUGUCUUUCAACCAGAAGGUCAGGGAUUCAAUCCCAGGUCCUGCUGUCCACCUGCUGAGGUGCCCUUUGGCAAAACACUUGACCUCACCUGCAACUGCUGGCACAGUGGUGUGUAAAUGGAUUUAGUCAAACCAGUGUGUGAAUGUGACAAAAAAGCACUUUGAGUGAUCAGAUGAUAUGAAGAAACAUUGUCCAUUUACCAUUUCUAAUAGUCUGACAAUAUUAAUUCACUCACCGAAAUUACAGAAGCUUUUGCAUUAGUCAAAAUGUUUAAGGUAAAAAUUAUUUUCCAUAAAAAGUAUCGGAAACAUCUUACAGCACUUUGUUGACGCAGAGGAUUGUCAGAAGUAUGUGUCAGGUCUCAGUGUUCCUCCAAAUUCACCAGCUUCAAAUAUCCAUCUCAAUAUAAAAAUCCAGGUGAGAUAGAGAGCCUUAUUUUUUCCCGCUGUUUGCUCAGGCUCCAUUGUGAUUGCAUUACAUACAUUUUGACAUUCUUGUGCUUGACUGGAGUGUGGAUUUCAGAGGGGAUCCUGGAGGCUUAACAGGCUUAUCCCACCUUGUUAUCCCUCAUUGUCCUCCUCCUCCCUCCAUCCCACUCCUGCCUGGGCUGACCUCUGCUGCACUGAAGCCAAUAAACACAGUCAGAGGCUGCUCACUAUCAAAGUGUUUGUUCAGGGGAUCCAGUGAGUUCAUUAGAUCAUCCGGGGUUUGCAAAAAUAAUCGUCAUCAAGACCAUUUUAAAACAUUUAUUAAUAUAUUUCUGCUCCAAAGAAAAUCAGAAGAAUUCAUGCCUUUAGAUGGAUAAUUAAUCUUAAUAAGGCAAACAAGAUGAAAUUAUGCCACCCUGCAUGUUUGAUCAAGUUCAAGUGUAAGAACAUUUCCCUAAUUGGUUUUUGCAGCAAAUAAUUGAGCAAUAUGUCUUUGUUAUGUCACUUAAAGGCGUGAACUCACCAUGGUUUGCUUAUUUUGCUUCCUGUUCAUGUUAAAACUCUCAGGGUGUAAUUUGGUUUGACAUGUGAGGCAUGAAUCAUGUAUUGCUGUGACAGAAUCACAGUCACCUUGUUAAUGCAGGAAAUGAAGGGAAAUCUUACUAGUAAUGGGUUUGACUUGAAAAACCUGAGGAGUGAGAUGCUAUUUUUAAAGAAUAACUUAAAAAUCAAUAUCGCUUCAUUAACGGUUUCACAAGUAAAAGCCAUGGGGAGUUGAGGCUGCCUGCAUUUCACUGGCACACCUUGCUGUUGGAAUUCUGAACAAUACAAUAAGAAAAAUUGUGCAGAGAAGCAGCACAUAAACUGUUGAUGUUUAUUCAUUAAUAGUGUUAUUAUUCGGUUGGCUUUCUCGGUGCUUAACAAAGAGAGGCAGGCCAGAGACAGGUAACAGGUUUCAACAUUUAAGACAGCAAACAACAGAAUUUUAUGAAAACUGAUGGUUUGCAUUUUCACAAGUACCAUUUAAGGGCAGAUUGUGAUAUGCAAGCUCUAAAAAAAGGCCACAUGUACCUUUAAGGUUGUUGCUAUGGGAAUACUAAGAGCUGACAUUUGUGCAGGAGGUGAGCGCAGGCCAUACAAGUCUGCCACUUGGCAGGAUGAGCUUUGACUUCCUCUGAAGUCUCUCUGAGGGCCCAAUUAGAAAGAGAGAGGAAAAGCCAUGGGAUCUCCCCAGCAGUGAGACCAGUGUUCUCAUGUUAAGUGUCUUUUUCCAGCCUCAGUCUGUCACAGGUGACCAAGAAGCUAUGCCACUUGUGUCUCUGUGAUGCACUAGUCUUUGGAAAGCAGGUUUCAGGGCUGCAGCCUGUGCAGAGGUCAGUCUGCAGGGACAAAUGACUGUUAUGCAAUUGAAAUGGUGGUUUUAUUUUUGUCCUGUAUUAUGUCAGGCUUGCUUGAAGUUUAACCUAGAUAUUUUGACCUCACUUUUGUGCCUUUUUCAUCACUUUAUUCCUUUGGGUUUUUCCUUUUCAUCUGAUCCUGACAAUUCUGUUGUCUAGUUACACCGCAGGUAAAAUCAACCCAGUUACAAGACCCUUGUACUCACAGAUGUUGCACUUAGUACAACUUUAAGAUUGCACUGAAACAAAACAGACUUAAAGCCCACAUAGUGAAAUGUAAAGAAUUCAGAGCCACAAAGUCAGUACAUCCAAAUCAAAUACACAGGGAGAGAGAGUCCAAACAUUCCUGUCCACAAAAGGAAAAGCAUUUUUGAAACGACACAAGAUGUUCCUCUUCUGGCUUUACUCCAUCUGACCUCUGCUUCUUCACAGUCCCAUCCUAUAAAUAUACUGAGUAUCACGUCAGACAGACAGCAGCAGCAGGAGGACAUUGUUUUUAUUUGGCAUCUGGGCUCCGACCUCGUCACUCCUCACAGAUUUAUUUUACAUGCAGACAUUUGAGAUUACAUAAUAUCUUAAACCACCAGUCAGAGCCCGUAGGUGGUAGCGGGGCUUAAGUAUGAGUACAAAACUGUGCAGGGCAGCAGCAGUGACUGCAGAGUACAGGGAGUGAACAGAUAUUUUGCAACUUAAAUCAACUACUAAGUUAGAAGAAUAUGUUGGUCAGGUAACUUUGAGAAGGACAUGUCGAGUUUUAAGCUUAACAUCUGGGAAUGUUCCUGAUGAGACGACAGUCUCUUGUGGGAUCUCUUCCCAAACCUGGGUCAGGGCAUCACUCAACUCCUGGAUAGCCUGUGUGCAACAUGGCAGAGUUUGAUGCAAUGUUACAUGAUGUCCCGGAGGUGCUGGAUUGGAUUCAGAUCAGGGGAAUUGUUGGGCCAGCCAAUAGCACCAAUGUUUUUGCUAUCCAGGAGCUGCUGACACACUCCAGCCACAUGAGACCAGGCAUUGUCAUGCACCAGAAUAUGAUCUGACAAUGAGUCUGUGGAUCUCAUCCAGGUACCAAACAGCAGUCAGGGUACCUCUGGCAAACCCAUGGGGGUCUGUAUGGCUUCCCAAGGAUAUGCCUCCCCAGACCAUCACUGAUACUGGUGUGUUUGAAACGGUAUCAGGGACAGUAACAGAAAUUUAAGUUUUACCGCUGACAUAUUGACUUGUAAUGUAAAUACAAUGAGUUUUCUCAGUUUUGCAGUGCAGUGAGUUAAACACGAAAAACACCUUCUUACAUACAUAGGAAUGGGGUAGAAAACAGCUACACCCUUACGUGAAUCCUCAUAACUAUGUAGGCACUCAGAGAAUAUUAUUUUUUCUAAGCUAACAUAUUAAAGGUUAAUUUGUUCAUUUAUAACUGAACACAUAAUGAAAUGUUUCUGAGAAAAUAAACACUAAAUACGGUAAACAAAAAUUCCAUUACUGCUGUUGCAGGGAAGAAACUAUGCUUCCAAUUCUGUGAUUGGUGCACCAGCAGUUAAAUUACUGACAGCCUUGUAACGUCAGCUCAAGGAGGGAACGAGUUCGAUUGAAAUGAGAUUGGCCAAUUAUGUACUCCUUUUAGCUGGCUGGGAUUUAUUUUUUUACUGUAACUAAUCACAAACUGGCUUUUGAUUUAUCAUAAAGUGACUUUUCUCCAGUCAGUUAUCAAUAUAUCCUGAUGAAGUUCCCUCUUACGUCUGUGUGAUAAUUGGAUUGUUUAUAUGGAGGAAUUUAAGCUUGAAAUAUGCUCUAUUUUAUUUGUGGAAACUUCAUCUCCUUAUGCUGCUUUAAUUGAACUGCCAAGGCUGGAUUUGGCUUCUUGAUAUAUGCCCUUUAAAAGUCAGACUUUUAAAGGGCAAUAUGCUGAGCUGGUGUGUUUUAAGUGUUUGGAGUAAAGGGGAUGUUACAGGCUCAAGGGUUAAGAAUUUUUCUUUUGAUAGAAUAUCAGGUAUGCAGAAAUGACAUGUGAACGAUUAAUUGUAUUUGCGAUUACAUCGUGAUACGAUAAAACGCAAUUUUGUAACCGCAAAGGCUGCGAUUUUGACAGGUCACAUGAUCUGGUCAUGUGACGUGAGAGCGAGCGUAGCGAAGCAGAGCAGGUAGAGAGAGAGGCGUCAACACAGCAUUCUGUGCACUAUGGGCUAAUUCCGCUACAGAAGCUACUGCAGAAAGUUUUGUACCAAAGAGGGGUCAAGCAAGGCAGUUGUGUGGAUUUAUUUUGGCAAGAAAAACGUGCUGCUGCGCAACAUGUGCAGAACCUGUCGUGCUACUGUUGCUACAUCAGGAGGUAACACUACAAACCUUUAUCAACACUUACAAAAAGUAACGAAGCCUUGUAGGAUAGUUGAAUGAAUGGCUAAAACACCAGUGACCAGCGCUUCAACUUCAAACCACGUCUGCGUAACGACGGAAAACGCAUCUUAUACAGUGAUGGCAGCACAGCUGAAUGAAUGGAAAGACUACACUGCUUUGGGCACCGAUUACAUCACGGUACGUAGAUAAGUAUCAUGACGUAUAUAAUGGCUCGUGCAUGUGUGUGCGCAACAGUGUGUGAGCUGAGAGAGCCUGUGUGUGUGUGUGUGUGUGUGUGUGUGUGAAAUGAUAAUUGCCAGAAAGAAUGAUUUAUGUAUUAUUCAUCUGAUAUUGUUAACAAUAAUACAAAUUGAUUUAUUGUUUGUGUUUGUUGAAAAGUUCAGUAGAAGAGGACCUAAGAGAAAUUGUGUAUUGAAUUGUAAAAUAAGCAAUAAUCUUGGAUGGGCUAUCAUUAGUUCAGUAUCUGCUCCAAAAACUGUUAUAUCUUGGUGGAUCCCUGAUGAUGAUAUAUUUUUAUAUUAUUUCAUAAAUAUAAAAUAUAUCAUGAACUAAAACGACACAGCUGUUGUGGUGCAGAAAAUGGCUGUGAUCCCCACAUGUUCUUGAUCAAAAAGAUCAUCAGUCAUUUAGUACUGCAGUAAAAGCAAAGACACUUGUUUCAAUUUUCUAGCAGAAGUCGUAGAUCUGCUGUCUUGAUGUUCGGGGAUAUUUUUAAAAUUACAUUUUAAGGGGUCGUGUGGAGUUUUCUUCAGAAAUCAUAGGGGUUCUGUUUACAUUUGCAGUGACUCACCAAAAUACAUCGCGUGUGUCCCUGCAAUCUGGGAAAAGUAAUGAAUAUAUUACUUUCCUCCAAAACAUUUUCAAAGGUGAACCUGAAAGUUUAGAAGAUCCUGUGUUGUUUACAUCCAUCCUUACAAGGUUGCACCCUUCCUCUUAUCCUGCCUGUGGUGCAUUGCAGCACAUCGUAGAGUAAUGUGUUACUGCCACCUGUAGAUCAGUGGAAUAAUGUGAAACCAUUGACAGGAUUGUGUUUAGAGACACCAAUGCAUGUCCUAAGGGGACCUUUACAGGAAAACAGUUUCUUUGUGCUACUUGAGGUCAAAUUCUCUUCAGGCGACUGUCUCCUUUAUUUAUAACCACACAUGUCUGUGGACAAAAAGCCCUCGCCUUUUAAUGACUUUAUCCUUUGAAAAUUAAGUCGAGCAAAUAUUUAGCCCAGGACCGAACCUUCAUCCGAACGCAGUGCACAGUCCCAUCAGCUGCCAUGUCUCUAUCUGAUGCCCUCCCUCGACCCCUACCCGUCAUCACACACCCACAGUCUGCCACGUCAGACAGCUCUUUAAUCCCCAGACCCAUCACAGCCCCAGCAUGCAGCUAAAAACUCUUCCUCUCCCUGAUCUGAUAUGCACGACCCGGGAGAUGUCCAUGCACCUCAGACUGAUACGCUCCCUUUUCUCUUUGUGUCUGAGUGUGUGUAAGGUUAUACCAGGACAAGAAGCACUUACUGAGAGGCAGAGGUUUGUAUAGUAUUCACUGUGCAUCUUAGUGUGCACAAUUUCAAUUAUAUAUACACAGACCUUAAGCUACAAUAUAGGUAGUUCAGUAAGAUCAGACAUGGUGUAAUUUUCAUGCUAUACUGUAUUUGUAAAAACAACAGAAUGAUAGAUUCCACCUGAAAACUUUGCUUAAAAAGAAACGUGAAUGCAGUCAUUAUAUUUCAUUUGUAUGACGCUCCCGUAGCAGGUCGGUAUGUGUAUUUACCUCUGCUUUUAUCUCUCCACCUGCACAUGCUCUCUCCUCUUUCUGCCUUGACAGCUGACAGGCCAGUGUUGCCUCUGGGCACGCUGCUGAAGUGAAAUAUGACUUACUUUUGGUGGUUUUAAUGGGACUGUGAUUGCCUGCAGUGCCGGACUGAGCUGUCUGACUCCCAGUCAUCUGUCUGCCUGAGCCAGGUUCAUCUGAUCGCUCCACGCAUCAAAGGGAUUUUCACUCUGAAAAUAUUCUUACAGUUUUAUAUACCAUGAAUCUGUAAUGAUCGGGAAUUUUUACGGGGUAUUUUGUGAUGAAACACUCUCACCCUCUCUCAACUCAAGCAGUUUAAAUCCAACUGAUAAUAAAGGUAGAUGUGGAAGAGAAACUUUAUUUGACCACAGAACUUAUUAUGAAUAUUUUGCUGGCUUUGACAAAUGGUACUCCUUUUGCUUGAUCAACACUUUAUUAGAGAUACUGGUGUUGUAAUUCAAACUCUCUUCCAUAUGCCGAAUGUCUUACAGUUCACUGAAUUUAAGACAUUAGUAAAUAACUUUUGCAAAUGUGUUUCCUUGUUAUGAAAAACAGAGUGUUUGGGCAACAAUGAUGAGAUGACUUCAAUUUGCACAUGCUGAUUGCUAUGUAUCUUGAUAAGGGUUUGCCUGACACCGCAAUAACAAUUGCUGACUGCAAAUUAUAUUAAGACAACAAGAGUUCAGCAAUCAUCAGUCAUCAGCAUUAGCUGGUAACUUUGCAAACCAAGACUCAGAGAGGUAUUAAACCUGUAAAUAACAGUGCAGCAGGACUCGUAGUCCUUCGGCAGCUAUGGCACUCUCUGCUCUGAUGAUGACCAUCAGCACAAAGACUGAAAUAAGAGUACUUUUACCUGCUCUGCUUCCCUCCUGGGGAAGUGGUGUUCUAGAUUUAAUAAAUCAAUCUGAGCAUUGCCUCAGACGUUUUUGAAAGAUUACGUUUGUACAACACAGACAACACUACAGAAACUGUGAGCUGAGCACGUGUGAGAUACAUCCAGACUGCUCAGUGUGUGUCAUUAGCUUUCUCCAUGCUGUUGGCUCUGCCUAGCAAAGUGCAUGAACUAGAGACUGUUUCCAAAUCCAGAGGCUGCAGCUUUUGAAGGACUCAGCCUUUGUAGUCGUUUUUGACAGUUCAGGCCAAGCUGUGUUUAGGCGGUCUGGUGCAUGAAAGAUUCAGUGUCACAUGGCACAGUUCCAGUCAGAGGUGGCUGAGUGUAUUACGUGAUUGUAUGUGAGCACGCCAUCAUGUUUAAAAUAGUGUGCAAAGAAUCAUGGGAUGAGUUUGGCCAUGAAGGAUUCACUCAGUACAGCCCUUGAAGCCGGAGACAGGACAAGACAUCUUUGAUGCAUUAUGUCCUCAGCCUUUCAAAGGCUGCAGCAUCCAGAUUGGGACGCAUCAGUAAAGGCCGGAUGUUGUUGUAAACUAGGGCUGGGCUGUAAACUAGGGUGACCAGAAGUCCCAGAUUUCCGGGGACAGUCCCCGAAUUGGAUGACCUGUCCCCGGCAAAAGCUGUCCCCGAAAAUGUCCCUGAUUUGAGCGUUUGAUUAAUGAGAACAAAAAUGGUUCCAUGCUAAGGGGCAUGUAGGCUAGUGAUUUAUAUACUAUAAACAAAAUACAUUCGGCUACUGUAAUAACCGUUGUUAUUACAGUAGCUGAAUGGGUAGGAAGCACAAGUAAGCAGCCCUAAACAACAGUUUUUACAGGGGUUAUUACAAGGGGUGUGCGCUGCUACUAAAUAGUACCGAGAUGUUGUCUAUGAUCAUGCAGCCCAGGGGACAAAUCCGGGAUGUCCCCGGAUUUCACGACAGAAAUCUGGUCACCUUACUGUAAAAUGAUAUUGAUAUUUAUCAAAAAUUAAUUUCCCUCUAUACGAUAUGAAACAUGGUCAAUAUGCUUUACGAUAGUCGGCAUUCUGCCAUGUUUUGGAAGACUAUGCGAGUUGCCAAUGAAAAGGGGAGUUGCUCGGGGUCUACGCCGUGCUGAACCAACCAUUCAGUCCGCUUUCUCUAGCGCAACACCUUACGACAAAACAUCAGAGAGAGACACAAAGACAUCAUAGUUGCAGUAGCUUAUUGUAUUGCAAAAGACAUGCUACCAGUAAGCACUGUUAAAUUUCAUUUAAGAGUAACAGCGAACAUUGAAGAUUGACAAGUGAUUUUUUUUAUAUCGUGAUAUAUAUCGAUAUCGACUGAUAUGAAAAAAUAUAUCAUGAUAAACUUUUUCCUGUAUUGCCCAGCCCUACUGUAAACACAGAAUAACAUUCAGCUGAAUCAAAUAGAUUGGUCACAUGACUUUCUCUUCACAGAUACCUAAUCAGUCAGCAGUACACCAAUAUCAGGAGUGGAUUUGUACAUCCCUACUCAACAGAAGUUAAGGCUGUCACUCAUUUGAUCUCCGGGGGAAAAUGUAUAUUUAAGCUGUAAUGACCUGUUUGAACUCAUAAUAAUUGAGUGUACCAGCACAUCAGGCCGCCUGAGGUUGUGAGGGAAGGACGCAGUGUGCAGCGGGGGGGUGGACAUCGGGAGAAUUAAACCUGAUGCUGAUGUUAAGUGCGAAAGUGACUGAGGUUGAGGGUUGCAGUGAUCCAUGCUGAAACGGCACACAGAGGAAGCAGAGAGGACAGAUUUAAAAUUUGGCAUCAGCAUGUUGAUUGGUUGAACUUGAAGGAGUUAAUGGAAAAGCCUGGUUAGUGAGUACUGUAGAGUAAGUGCUCAUGAGGGUGUUGAUAAAAGCAGGAGGAGGACCAUGGUGGGAUACAUGUUAGCCAACUUAGAUGCUGCAAUUAAAGAUAAAUCUGGAGCUGUUUUAAAGUUUUUACUUCAAGUUUGUUUGGGUCCUUUGAGAUCUCAUGGUGAUGUUGAACAGUGCACUACAAAGCAGAGAGUGAAGUAUCUUAUAUUAGUAACACUCAGUAGCCAUUGGCCAUCCAGCCCCCUCUUGUUAAGAGUCAAGCAGCUCUGUAUUUUAUCUGACUGCUAUGCUGAUGAAGCCAAUGUGCCGCUGUCUAUCUUGAAUUUAUGUUGAAUGAGCCACCCAGACGUUACACUCCCAAAGUCUGAGCUUCUUCAAAAGGUCUUUCAUCAAAGCUGCAAAUACAUACUAAAUUUACUUAGCCAGUUCAGUGCUAGAAACGUUAUUUCAGACUGCCUCAAGAGUUUCACUUUCAGAUUUAUUUAUCAGCAUCUCGAGGCUUUUCUUUGCUCUGACUUUUCAGUACUGAGUGUGGCAGAUUAGGGCACGCUUGUUCCUGUCAGUGGAAGAAUAGAAGUAGAAAGAAAACAAGACUUUUGACCAGCUAUAAAGGUCAUCCAUGCUUUUACACCAUAUCUAUUUAUUUUCAGUGUUUCUGGCUCCUUAAUCCUGCCAUAACAGCAUUGAGUGUGAUGGUUGAUUUUACAAGCCUUGUAGCAGAAUAGAGACACAGACUGAAACGCAUCUGAAACUUAUUAUUGUUUUGGUGUUGUCCUUGAAAAACACGAUUCCCUUAAAUGUCCCUAUUCCCUUGUUCAGCAUUAGUUUUACUGUGAGACCACAAUAGGUUUUUAACACAGUCUUUGAGAGCAUUUUGCAGUCAGGCAUACAGUGUAGUCUGCCCCAGAGUCAGCACUUUCAAAUCGAGCGCUUAAUGAAGCUUGGAGGGACAAUUAGUGAGGACCGGUUAGAGGACAAGAUUGAACCAAUGUGGCUGAAUGAUAAGCCUGUUUUUGUGCAACUUUUGAGAGAUAAAGUGAUAAGCGAUGUUUGUUCUUAUCAGACAAUAAGGGCUGGGAGUCAUUUCAUAGUGAGGGAGACACCGAUGGAAAAGCUGCUUUCUGUUCGUUGGUCAGCACAAUUGGUUCCACGCUAAGGGGCUAAAUCACAUGACUAUCUCUGUACAUAUCAAACGCUCUUGUUACUAUACUCUGGUUGCAUUUUGUUCCACUUAACCUCAUUAAUAUAAUACAGCAGCACUGUAAAAGUGUUGACUAUGUUAACACUAAAUCUCAUUUUCUUUUCCUGGAAUAGUGUAUUUGUCUUAACAAAGCUGUGUCCACAUACAAUGUGCACUGAAUUCUUGCAGCACCUUAAUUUCGGCAUUUACAUAAUAAGGCCUGAAAAUCAAUCAAGCUUGGCUGCUGUUUGUCUGAUUUGGGCCAAAAGGGUUUGAGCUUGCAGAUAUAUGAUCCCUGAUAUGAGAGUGGAUGGAAAGUGUCCCCUGUCACCUUCCAAAAAGCUCGCUAAAAGCCCUGAAUAAUGGCUCUCUGGUGUGUUUAACUGAGCCAGUGCCUGCAGAGGAGAACAAAGAGACACUCGAUAGGAACAUAAUCCUAAUGUACCCCUAUGUAUAGAGGGAUACACACAGAGCAAGAGCCCUGUGUAGUGCCAAGCUUUUAAGCACAAUGAAGCAGUUAUUUUUAGUCAGCAGACUUUUCCAUGUGAACUUGUUGACAAAUCUCGAUUGUCUCAUAUGUCACCCUAUUCUUCUGUCCAAAGCAGCUCAAGCACAGGGACAAGGACAGUGUAGAACAGCGUGGGUGAGCAGUAAUAGGAGUGGACAGGGUGCAACAAAAUAAGCCAUGACUACAGUGUCCUGAGCGGCUUCAGGACAGAAGUCAGUGUGUCGACAUGUCAUGCUGGAAUAGAUGAGCAUCAGUAGAUAGACUCACUGUUACUUGGAGUGAAGAGAAAAAGAAAGAGAGGGAGGACAGAGACAAAUAGGCAGGGAGAGAAGUGUUCAGCUUCUCUGAGUCAGUGCAAUGCCCCGAGCUGUUUUUCUUCCUUCAGGUAUUUGUUUUCUAUCAUUUUAUCAAUGAAAAGGGAAAGACUGCUUUGAUGUGGGAGCUGUUAGAAGCGCACUUUGGAUGAUAAACAAAAGGAUUUAUUAACAAGAAAGCACCCGCUGCAAUGAGUGCAUUCCUCCAUGAGGCUAUAAAAUCUGCAGAAUGUCCUCAUUAUAGAGGUAAUGAAAAUCUGACAAAUACACUGUGAAAGCUACCUGGUCUAACAGAAAUAUAUGUGAAAUGGCCAUGACCCUCUAACACCACAUUACUGGGUGGUGGAAAGUGCAGGGAUAAUACAACCUGCAUGUGACAUUAGAGAGGAGGAACGCCUGUCUAAUGCAAGGUUAAUGUUGUGUGAUGAUGGCUGCAGUUUUAAUAUGUUUGGACCAGAAAGAACUUGGUGUGGUGCCAAGGACCUGAACUCCAGUCUCCUGAGACAAAGUCUAUUUUUUUACCUAACACUGGCCUCCAGCUUUAACCCAAGUCUACUUAAUCAUAACAUUACCUGAGUCACUUUCAGAUGCUUAUAUUUAUCAUAAUUGACAUUAUAUUUGCAUACUUUCUCAUUAUGCUUACAACUAAUAUUGACACCCCUACUUUAAUUACUGUUAUGAGGUGUUAGUCUCUCCGCAAACAAACAUAGAUAAUGCCAGCCCAUAGAAAAUGAUAGCCAGCUAGGGGGGCGUGGGGGUGUGGCCCCCAAGAGAAAAAAUUUGGCGGUAAAAGCCCAGUUAAGUCAGGACCACUUUUGUCAAAACAAAGUAUUUAUUUGCAUGCAAUAAUUAUAUUUUGGUAAUACGGUUCUAUUGUUAGACCUCCCUGCCCCUCCACCUGCAUAUGUGGAAGGCCAAAGCCCGCAGUAGUAGCUGGUCAUUGUUAAGGAACUAUAGUCAACUGUAUGACUGAUACUUUUGUACUUGGUGCUUGCAUUAAGAUGUGGGGCAGGUACACAGUCCAUGGUUGGCGAGAAAGAAUUGUGUAAUUGGUUUUGUGUCAAAAGUUACCCUUUCAGCAAAAUACCCUAACAUCCAGAAACACAACAUACUUCAACACAAUCCACAGCUGUAGCUUGCUGAAAAGCAGUCAUAAUGGAAGUGAGUUACAAUUGAAAGAUGACUGUAAAUCAUGUAACUAUCACUUCACUGAGUAUUUAUGUUGAUAUCAUAAUUAGUCUACUCAAAGGUUUGCUUCCAUCAGCAAACAUUCACUGUCUUAAGCUAGGCAGACUAAGCAGGAAAACCUCAGUCUGUCGAAUAGAGUGUGUCAUUUUGCUUGUAAUAAGUCCCCCCCCCUUUCCUGAACUAUACACCUUAUUAAUGGAGAGACUGUAUCAGAAAUAAUGCUGUUAGUGUUCAUGUUAGAAUUCACGUUAGUUCCCAGGUAGCUAGCAGCUGGUAGCUGUAAGCUAAUGAGCCAAAGUUGCGAAUUGUCAUAGAUUUAAGUAGCUCUAAAAAGUCAUUUACCUCCAAUGCUGCUGCCUUAACUUACUUGUAACCGAGGCCUUAGUUAUCAUUAGGAGUAAACAAAUAAUGGUUUUUCGUUACAGAUCCCAAUUGUUAGUCGCUCAUCAGACUGAUAUUUGGAUUAGAUAUGUGAUGACAGUAAAAAUAAAAAACUUUCUGUCUGAGUUUUGAAUUUAAAAUUUUGUAAACUCCAGUUACACUUACUGUUCAUGUCAAGCCAAUCAGAUAGUGUCGGUGAAAGGGGGUUGUGUGAGAAAACAGACCCAGAGGGAAAAACACAUCAGCAGAGGAGUGUUCUUUUUUUUUUUUGUUUCAACUUUUUAGAUGGAUCAGUUUUACCUGUCAUUUGUAUAUGAAAAGACUGAUAAAGAUAAUAAGUUAGAUGCUAAAUAUCGGCCCUGUUUAUAUUCUGAGGCUGAUAGUCAGUCUGUCCAUAGUAAUCAUGUACAAUCAUUAUGUUAUGUGACUGUUUGUACAGUUGGACUAGUUUAGAAAAGAUCCAGUAGAUGCCCCAGCUGUUCACCCAGAAUGAUGACUUUAACAAUAAUGACUGUCUUGCAACCCUGCAGGCAAAUGUACCCAACCGCAGUUCAACCACAGAAAGUGUUUUUUUAUUUUUUUUUGUGUGCUAUUAUGAAAAUAUAUUUCAGAGGUCUUUCCUGCCUUUAUUUUGAGGAUAGGACAGUGGGUAGAGCAAGAGAGGAUGGCCGCAGGCUGGAUCAAACGUGGAAUGCCCGUGUGAGACAUAACCUCUGUGUCGGUCUGCUUCGACUGCCAGGCCAGUGGCGCCCUGACAAGUUUGAAGUGUUACUUUGAGUAUCUGUCACAAUAAUACUGAAAAAAUGACAAUGAAAAUAGACAUUUAAGUUAAAAUAAUGUCAAACUGCUGUUAUGUUAUUGCUCCUUGCAGAGCAACUAGACACCAACAGAAGAGUUUUUGUCUGAUGCUGCUCAGAUGUUUAUUUUUGUCGAAUUGUGACUUUGGUGUUUUAAAUGGUGUGAUUAUGUCUCAGUGAAGGGCUUUUGAAUAUCCUUUUUAGCUACGAAAAGAGGGCCCUUCAGAAAACAUUUGGGAACCACUGUGAAAGUAUCCCUGCAUUAUCCUGCAUUUCCUCAGGUCCUUUUCCCUCAGAUCCACUGACAAUAGAACUUCAGAAGUAUGCUUACAUUUGAGCACUAAAGGAAAUGGUCUUAUGUCCUCAAUUUUAAUACAUCAUUUUAAGAGGGAGGGGUAGUGUCCCAUUACCUCUUAAAAUGCUGGUGAUAGCUAAACGCUGAAAUCAACUGAAAGUGAAGCCAAAAUUUCACACAAGAAAUCAUGUAGAAUCAGACUGAGGUGGAAAAUCUGCCUCCCUGGAAUCAUGAUACAGAACUACAACAAGCUUUUUGGUUUGGCUCAGCUCUGCCUUAGAUAAAGAGUGAAGCGGGCUCAAAAACACACAGUCACCUCUCUGUCCGCAGUAAUAAAUAAGUGAAUGAAAUAAUGAACAUCUCUUUUAAUACCCUCUACAUGCCUGUGCGUGGUUGCGGGGUUAAGUGUCCGCUGGGCUGAGUUCCAGACAGCUGAUGCGUGUCAUAGCCUGCUGUGCUGUUAGAAAAAAAAUAGUGCUGCUGUCCGUACUGUCACAACAGCAGUGCUUGGCUUCACUGCUGCCUAGCCUCCCCCCCUCCUCCUUUUUCUCCCCCAUCCCUGCACAGACAUGACGCCUCCAUCCAUGGGCAGAAAACAGAAGGGUUUGUGCAUUAAAGAUACAAAUUCAAUCAAAAUUCUCUCCUCCCAGAGUUCCCUCCUCCUCAGUACAAACCUCUGAUUUAUAAUUUCAUACAUCAAAAACAGCUCUGAGCAGUUUAAUGUCCCGCCGCUUUCCAUAAACAGUCAGGAGGGAUUGGUGAGGCUCUUCGUCAGAAGCAGUUGACCAAGCUUCUCAAAUUUGUUUCCCUUCUCCCAGGCUUCAAUCCACCUCACUGUUGAAUUAUCCCCUCUUGUUUACCAUUUUCUGCACAUGAGAGAACAAAAACAGCUCAAAGCAAAAGGGGGGAGCAGUGUAUAAUAUGAGCAGAGCUGCAGGAGCCCCGGCAGUGUCAUGUCUGUGUCCUGGUAGCUCAAAGAUAGUGACGGCUGCAGAGAGGGAGAGGAAUUAGUGUGGAAUUGAGCUUUGCGGUUUAUACAUGCUGGUUGUCGAGGGUUAAAGAGACGAGUCAGAAUCAUGACGCUGUGACCGGAAUAUAGAAAUGUAUCUAAAUCAAAAGACUUUUUGGAUCAUACAUGCUUGGAGUAUCAAUUUCUUACCAGAGGAUGUGAUCUCAUGUUGUUAAACCACACUAACAAUCAGUUUCUACCUUUAAUUAACAAAUGCUGAGGUAAGAUUAUAAGAUUUUUAUGGUACGUGAUGGUCGCUGUGUCACAUUUAGGAACACAGAACCAGAAAUUUAUGCUGUACCCGACCAGUCAUCACGUCCGAUGUAAUGAUGUUGGAAAAAAGGCGAGACUGGAUGACUUUAAGAAAUGCUAACAGCAGUUAAUCACAGGGUUGCUGAAGACGAGUGUCUGUUUUUUUUUUUUUUUUGACGUUUUCCUUCCUUAAGUCCAUCAUGCUCAUCGCGUGAUGACACAUCAUAAAUGCAGGGGUGUUGCUAUUACAGCUUGAUAAACUUUUCCUCUGUCUGAUCGUCUUGCAGCACCAACUUCACAAUUCGUCGUUUGUAUGACCCUGUGAUGUUUGUGCGUGAGGGAUCUGCUCGCAUAUGUCAAUGUCAUUGAUGUGACCUGACAAACUGGAGAAACCAGGAGGAAAAAAAACAAACAUUUUACACUUCCUGUCAAGGAGGUUGAGGUAUCUCAGAUGUGGCCUUGAUUUUAGUUCACAGUCAAUCAGAAGGAUCAUCUGCCUGUGCUGGAUUGAGUUAUGGGGGGAUGGGGGGUCAAUUUCUCAACACCUCACCAUUUGAUCCAGUUUUAAUACCUGAAGCCAGGAUUUGACCCAAAAUUAAUUCUUGAUUCAGACCGGUUUGUGAUUCUCUUGUUGUUGCAUGGAGCUGCUUAUUACAGGACUUAUUUCAGACUGCUAAGGUUAAUCAUUAUAAGACGUCAAAGGAAAAUGAGUUUAAGUGUAUGCGGCUUUUAUAUUCUGAGUCUUUUUCACAUGAUUGGAAUAAUAAGACAAAGAGGGAACAUUUGUUUCAUGCUAAAAGAAGAAGAAAUAAAAGCUGAUUUUAGGACCGCAAAAUUGUCUCUGACUUCAACUAUAUAUGGUAAAAAAAAUAAAAGUCCAUGUCACACAAAUGAGAAAUAAACUUGAUCCAUUAUGUGAGACUUGGGCCAGCUGCCACUGUAUUUACUGGGGACUUAAUUGUAAUAAAUGUUUUUGAGCAUUUUACAUUUUUUAUGAUUAUUAAAACAAACGAUAGUACUCAGUACUUUAACUUGUUGUGAGGGAUGGAUCUGAUGAUAUAUGGAAGGUUUAUCAAAAUGAAUUGAAAUGAUAUUUGAUUUUCUUUUUGUCCAUUCAGAGUUGGCUUUGAGUUUUGAAGCACACCCAAAAGCUGGAUAUUGAUGAUUAUAGAUUGGACUGGCAAAAUGAAACUAAAAGAACUUUGAGAUUCAAUUUUUGGACUUUUUAAAAAUUAGUUCAAAAUGAUAUGAAUUUGGAAAACUCCAACUGUCUGUUUAAGCUACAAGAUGUUGAAACUGAGCAGAGUAAUUAAACUCCUCAUUUAAACUCUCAUAGUAGCAGCCUUCAUUUAAGAAGUUUGCAUGAAUUUGUCUCAAAGUCCCAAAAUUCAGCCCACAAUGAAAGGUAUUUCUGUCAACAGUGAAACGAAAAUUAGAUCUUAGACAAAGUUUAGUGGAUUUAACCAUCAAUCUCUGGCUGCACUGCUUAAGUUUGAAAUAAAGAGUGAUCCAUCAGUGUGUCAGUGGAGUUCAAGAGGCUAAAGAAAGUGUUGGUUUAAGCUCUCAUUUGCUUGCACUUCAGCAGUUAAUCAUUACUGUUAUGAUCCAUUAAUCUGGCAGUUCUCAAAGUGUCAAAAAUGGGAAUUACAAUUCCCUUUAACCCAAAGUUACACCAUGAAACCACCCCUCUGUCCAAAAGUGCGAAAAUAUUUUACACAAGUAAAAGAAGUUUGACUUUUAAUCAGCAGAGUUAUGGUUGGUUUAGUGAUUUAAGCUGAUUAUAAAAAGUGCUGUUGCCGAACUGUUAGUGAAGUCAUUUUCAGUUUUUGAUUUUUGUUUUCAGGCCACUCUCUUUAUAAAGCCAACGAAAUGAGCGACCUAAUAAAUAUAGUAAGGGAUACAACCUGUUAAUCUGCUUCUACAAUUCAGCUGUAUAGUGUGUGGAAAUGUUAAGAUAAGCUCAUCAUGCAGACCUGCAAAUUCAAUAAUGUCCUCUGUUUUGUACCACUCUUUCACCAAAUUGCAGCACUUAUCACUCUCUUCUAUGGAGCUUUCUUUUCACCCCACAUAGCAGAAUAAUCUCUCUCUGUCUCUAUCACUACCCCUUGUUUUAUUUGCACACCUUGUCCUCUGUUGUCCAUUGUUAAAAUUCUCCCAUAUGCUCUGCUCAGUCUGAGCAGGUGGCAAACUGCGGGUGUACUCCACACCUCCGUUCAUCCUGGCCUUGGUCCCUGCACCCAAUUUUGUGUUUCCUCUGGGCACGCUAAAGCGGGAGGGACAGGGGCCAGGAAGUUCUUUUAUUUCACAAUAAGGUGGUUUGACUACCUGACCUCUAGCGGCCUUGAAGUAGACAGAUAUCAAUUGUUAUCCCAGUGACUACAGAAAAACAUGUCUCCUCCUCCCACUCUUUACUUUAUAUAUCUGUUUUUAAAGAAUGGAUUUAAUGAUGCAGAGCAGCAUUUUUAUUAAUCACAUUGCAGUACAUAAGUGAUUUAUUUGAAGAAAAGGAAUUAGGUGGAAUCAUUUUAAUAGCAUGAAGAGACUAUCUUUAUGACAUGAAUUGUGCUGGCUAAUGGAAAAAGAGAUUUAUCCCUCUGAAAACAAAUUAAAAACAGCAUUAAUAUAAUUCCCUGGGGUAUUGGUGACAUUUAGGAACAUGUACGGGGUCAGUGACCUGCUGCUGUUACUGGAUUAAAUCCUAUUACAGUUUUCGUGUAAAGGCUGGAAAAUAUCUGAAGAUGGAAUAUGUGUUCAGAUAGCUUUACAGUGCCAGCUGUGUGAGCGCACACCGCCUCAGGCUAAUCAUUGUGUGUGUAAUUCAGAAAGCAUGGACUCAAGAGCCUCUGUGAUUUCCACAGUAUGAGCUGGACUAACCUCAGGAUCAUCUGCAUGUUUUCAGAUUAGAAUAUAGCAGUAUGAGGGAAUGUGAGUGACUGGAAUCCUUCUGUGCAUCCCAGGAAUCCUAAAUGUCCCACCACAUUCAGGAGGACUGUGUGUGAAUGUGUGUGUGUGUGUGUGUGUGUGAGUGUGUGGCUGGAUGCACUUCAGCAGGGGAAACAUACUGAGGAGGUGGAAGGUGUGACAGGACUGCAAAGCUUCAGAAAUGGAUAAAAGAAACCCCUAUAUGGAUGUGUUGGGGAUGUGUGGAGGAUAAAAGGAGAGGACAGGACUUGAAUUGAUGAGAGACACGGAUGUAUUGGUGCAUUAUUAACCCCUGGCUUCUUUGUCAAAGUAACUGUUCUGUAAACAUCCAUAUCUCUCUCUCUCUCUCUGCAGCGUCAUUUCUACACAGGCGGCAAACACUGUAACACGAGUCCAUUGUCUGUUUUUAGAAGUAGCGUUAUCUUCGCCAAACUUGUGCACACAGCCACCAUCUCUUGAAUAAUUCUAUUUGUUCCACUUUGAAGAUUUUCUCUUUUCCGCUCCUUUGGGAAAUACAUAAAAGUCUGCCCUUGGUGUACUGUCUGUAACUAUCAAAAAAAUAGCCUGCUGCGAGUGAAGUGUUUGUGAUUUGUUCUCUCACCUUGGCACAGGUCAAAAUAAGUACCACUCAGAAAUGACGGGUUUUAUUUGCAAGUCAUUAAAUUAUCAAUUCAUACUUUGACAGUGCAUUAAACACUGUCAGAAUUAAUUCCAACUAUACCAGCCAUCAGCAUCCAUACUGUUUGAAUUGUCUCUGACAUGCUGCUUUGACAUACCUGACUGUCUUUUUGUAAUGGCUUCAUCUGUCAUGUUCACUGAAACUAAUUCUGUACCGACGUGCUCCCUGAAGAAAUAUGCAUUCUGCUAAGGCCAUCAGAUUUUUCACACCCCCUUUUAAUGGGACUGCAACAACAUGUCAGUUUAGGCAGUUUUGGGCUAAUAAAUCAGUUCUGAGUCAUUAACAAGAGGAACAGCUCCAGGGAUUCAGGUUGGGUAAAAAAAAAAAGAGUAUUUGGCUGGUGUUUAUUGUCUUCUCCUGGAAUGAUGACUUUUUGUUUUGAAACCACUUUAAAGAAGACUCUUAAUGGGGAUUUCAACCACUUAACUUUCGGAAAGAGCUGUAGAGAAUCAGCCAAAAUGAAAUUAUUAACAUCUAAUCAACAUUCAUUGCUGCUAAUCUGAUGGGCUGUAGUUAAUGCUCUUUAUUCAAGUCUAAGGGAAAUAUUUUAAACUGAUCGUUACCCUAGUUUAGCUCUGUUUAUGUUGGUCUGAUGUCUUUCUUUCACAUUUUCAGUAUUUGCUCCAAGGACACUUUAAUAUAUAGACUUAAGGAGUCAGGGACUGGGCCGUUUAAUGAACACAGAAGAAAUGCAGUGACAAACAACAUGACAUGGCAUGCCAAAGAGAAGGCACGAUAAUGGCCAAGAUUGUAAGGCUAGCAGCUCUUCUUAUAUGGCUGCUGUUAAAGGAAACACCCACGGGAUGAAUUAAACACCUAUAUAUGUUGGUUACAUCCUUUACAGACAUGGUCAGAAACAUACCUCCUAAUGGUGAGCAUGCAGGAUCUUCAAGGACAUGAAACACUUUAAACCCACUCUCACAGUUUGCCUUUUGUUAUGACCCUGCUAUCAGGAAAGUUGUUUCAGAUAAUGUCGUUCAGCUGAUCCAUAAAGGAUUAAAAGACUGCUCGUAUAUCAUUAACAUGGCUAGUAGUUGUAAUAUAUGAGGGCAGAGUAAAGUGUACCUUGUAAGAAUCAUAAAUGGAUUUAUUUGAGAUGGGAUUAAGCUUCAGUUUUAUAUGUAGGCGUUUGUUGAAUGACCAUGAAUGUUAAUCUGUCUUCUGGCCUCUUUCUCCCCACAGAAAAACCCACCUAUGAUGCCUCUGGCUCCUCAUCUUUACCAAGCGACCAUGUGGUCACAGCUGCUUCUGCACAUCCAUUGGCUGACCUGUCUGUGGCAGAGGAGGUGCCUUUCUCAGUCGUUCAUCCCGAUGGUGGCUCGGAGUCUGAGGUGGAAGGUUUAUCAGGGCGGCCUGCCUUUUCUUCUGUCUUAACUGUCAUGGCAGGAACCGUCAAACAUCCAGUGAGCCUUGAUCAAAGUCGAACCUUGCCAACUAUCACUAGGGAUGACACCCACACCACCCAAUGGCCUUCACAUAGUUCCAGCCAGGGCUCAGAGAUGUCCUCUUUUUCCUCCUCAUCAGCGAGGGAAAGGACCCUCCUUGCCAGCUCAGGUUUGACCUCUAACACGUUUCACCAGCACACCGUUCCACCUCAAGUGUCUACCAUGGCAUCAGAAGUCUCUGGGCCAUCACAUGUGUCCUCCAUUAGAGGAAACAUGAAUAUCUCAUCAUCUCCAUCAUCAUUAGUAUCAUCUCUUUCAUUGCCAUCGUCAGUACCUCCACCUAGUCAAUCAACGUCUAUCCUACCAUCAGUUUUAUCCCUAUUUUUAACUCCUGAUGGGUGGAUUAAACAUGCUGCUUCAUCUCAAGAUGAAAGCCCAACCCAUCAAAGAGACACAGCAACACCAUCACCAGCAGGUUCUGUGGGCUGGACAGAUAGUCGAAGACCCACAGAGUCCACCACUUAUCCGUUGGUUGAUCUACCAGCUGUUGCAAAGGAACUGCAAAGCACUACACUGAAACCAUUAUACAGUCAGAGUGAAACCAGCAACGACGUAAGCAAUAAAGAGAAAAAAUAUUCAUUUUUCUCAUCAGCAGCAAUAACGCAUGGAGUGGGUGAGAAGUAUAAAUGGAGUACAAGCACAAAAGUCGACAAAACAGCAGCAACAAUCAAUGCCUAUACAUCAUACAAGGAUCCUGACCAUGGACAAAAUCUUCUAAAUAUUUUAGAUGGACCCACUCAAACACGGACACCCUCUAUGAACUCUGUAUCAGCCAAAAAUCUUGACAUUAGCACCUCCCAUCCUACACAUUCAGAGAGUCAAGCUGUUCAAAUGCAACAGGGAGCUUCUCUGAAUCCCAGAUCACCACUGCUGUCAGUCAUUCCUCAAGACUUCUCAGCUGCCACUCAAGUGACAGAACAGAUGUUGAACCUAACAGCAUAUGCAACAAAUGACAAGAAGAUGGUAGCAGAUAGUCGGUAUAAUGUUGGAGAAGCAAUCAUUUCAGCUCCUGGUUCAUAUGAUGUAAAUCCGACUGAAACACCAGCAGUGAGGCUCAAAACCACAGAAUUAUUCCUUUCCGUUCCCUCUCAGUCUCUCCUUGGUAAAACAUCUUUUACUGAAACUGCAAUCACUAAACUAACACAUAUUCCUUCUGGCACGUUAUCCUCAGUGCAUGCAUCUAAUCCUGGUGAUUUACUGAUGGCAGCAGGUCAAGGCAGCCCCAGAGAUCCUGCCAUCAAUAUAAAUUACAGCAGCAGAGAGGUAGCAGGAGCAGAGCUCAAAUCUAUUUUCACUCAGAUCCACCUGAAUAACUCACUUUCACCCACACAGACAAAGCCGGGGUCCACCUCUGGUUUCAUCAUAGAAUUGAUUACCAGAGCAGGAACAACCUCCUCCACAUCUGAGUCAGAUUCUUCUGAUUUGCCGAGUAACGGAGGCAUAUAUGUAAAAGACUUUGUAGCUGAAACAAGAUCUCCCAUAGGUAUGACUCAGAGGCCUGGGGCGUGGACGAUGCCGAGCAUUAUAUUUUCCCCCAAAAGUAGGAAAAUUACUGUUUCUGGUUCAACAAUUCCAGGAGGGUUUGCAAAGGAUAUGUCUCGAAAACCCAUGAGCACAAAUCUUACUCCCACUCAUCCCACAUACUCAUUACCCUUGACCAUCAGCGACAGCCCAAACCACAGCAAACCUAAUGAUAACACUGGCCUAUCUGAUCAACCCAAAGGCUUAUUGUUAUCCACAAUUACCCCUUCACAAAGACCCUUUCAGACAAGAUCUUUACUUAGCUUUCCCCACAGGUUGCAUCUCACUUCUGGUCGUACCUCAGCUCCCAAUAAAUCUCAGCCGACAGCUGAGAUCUCUGCUCAUAUCGGAGAAUCUCCAAAAGCUGGCAGCAGUAAAGCCUCCACUUUAGAGUUGGAUAUAAGUGCAGGAAACAUCAAAACACCACCAGCCUACAAUGUUCUCAUGACAGAAAAAGGGAUGCCUGCUGUGAGCUUUGAGAUAAAUGCUACAAAGAGUUCAGUUUCUUCCUCAUUAAAUGGAAAUGAAGAGCCUACUCUAAUCACACACACUAUGUUUUACAAUAAGGAUGCUCCAUUAGUGCGGCUAACAACACAGAUUUCUUCUUUUAAUACUGCACAAGACUCAUUAUUGUUUAAUAAAAGAUCUGAAGUCUCCUUCAGAGGAUCUCCUAUUGAAAUCCCUGUUUCUACGUUGGUUCUUGAUGCUACAUUAGAGCCUCUUACAACGCUUUCUCACAAGGAUGACAUGACUCGCAUGAGCCAUUAUGAGCGUCUCUCUCCCUCCUCCUGGUCAGAUAUCAUCCAAACACCAAGGACAAACUCUAUAUCUCACUCUCGAGGACCAGCCACUAGUGUAAGAGACGAUAAAUCAGAUUUUUAUUCAAGCAAACACACAACCAUUUCCUCAACUACUCCCUCUGUGAAAACUACUUCCUACAGUGAUCAACAAAACAGCAGAGAAACAUUUGGUGCUAUUUUCAGCUUUGGCACCAAACAGAUGGCACCAUAUACAAAGUGGAAAGCCACCAAGUCUGUGCCUUUUCAAAGCACUGCAGUCAAAUUGGAAACCACAUCCAUUGGCUUUGAUAGGGCGCAUACUAGUGCACAAGCAGAUGGACCAUGGUAUGAACAUCCAAAACUGGAGGAGAGACCAGAGCGUAAUGAGCAUGUGUUAACUUCAGCUGAUUCAGCUGAUGUUGUGACUGAUCCAUAUUCACUUUACCCAACUGAUGGAGAACAUACAUCCUUUGCAUAUACUAAAAAGCCAUCAGGAUUUGAAGAAACAAGUCUGAAUUUGUCCCCUGCUAAUCUAAGAUCUGCUUUGGCAGUGAGUAUUGAGGAAAGGGUCUCCGAUUCAGAUGACUCUCUGGCCUUCUUUCACACAACUGGCAUUGUACCAUCAUCACAAGAGCCCUCUCUGACACUGGUAUAUAAAGAUCAGCACAGUCCCUCUCUGGUAGAUGUCCACUCUGCUGAAUCUGCUCUUGAUACUGAAGAUAUCAAACACACAACUGCUUCUAAACUAAUAGAGCUGGUGCCAUCAUCUUCAGAGGCUCGGCCUUCAUCAAACAGUAGUGUCAAAGCUGCUCAGUUAUCCUCCUUACAGAUAUCAGUGUCUUCUUCAUCAUUGCCAUCCUCCUUGUCACUUCAUCCAACCCUGUACCCUGCCACAACAUCAUCAUCUGUGUCCGUCAAAGCUGCACCAGACACUGUCCCAUUCUCAUCACCAAGUCUGACCUUAUCAGUAGAUCCCGAUCCCUCUGGGGAAAUGACUCAGACCUUUGUUGUCCUUACAGAGGCAGGCACAGACGACUUGACCGCUGGAACAUCUCGAGCUGUUGCGCUCACUUUCCCCAAAGAAAAAGUGUCCAGUCUCGCCCCCUCUCAAUCAGUCAGAAUACCCCUUUCUGCUGGGCCCACCGAGAGGACAUCUCAGGUAUCACCUCUGCCCCCUCAACAGGACCCCAUAACAACCUCUGUAGAGGUCACCACCACAACUGUAGCUUCAACCACCAAAACAAAAGAGCCCACCACAGCCAUGCCUUCCCUCAGAGUCACCACACAGUCCACCACCACCACCACAACCACGCCACAGCCCACACCUGUGACCAAAAGAGCUUCAACUACCGCAACCAUCAGGACUCAGACCAGCAGGAGGAUCUUCACACCACCUGUCCCCAGAACCAGCCCUCCAAGGACAGUCACCACUGUCUUUGUUUCCCCCUUCACCACCACCACCGAAGCUCCACCACAGCAGUGCAACAUCACAGAGAGACUGUGGGUGAAAACAGGUGAAGCAUACGUUUGUCUCAGUCUCUCUCUUGUGUUACCAUUCUUCUUACAUUUGAUUUAAUGUUUUCUGGCUGUCUCUCUUUUCUUGUUACUUUGUCUCUCUGCUCUAGUCGUGUCCAUCUACGUGAGGAGAAACAGACUGGACAGCAUUCAGAGGCAGAACCUGAGAAGGGGAUUGAGUCAGGGUCUCCGCAAAGCUCUGAAUGAUAGUUCAGCUCAGGCUCAGGUCAGUCUGUUAAUUUGGUGAUUCAUCAAUAAAACAGCUGCUGAGAAAAGUCAAUAUAUGUGUGUAAGCAUGUAUUUAUCCAGAAAAACCAGGUGUGCAAUAUUGAGUUUGACUGAAAACUGUUGAUGUGUGAUUUUUUUUUCUUCAAACCACGAUCUCACUUGGAACAAAAUGAACAUGAUUGCACCUUUCUAACUAAAUUACCUUUCUUUUAUGAGCUUACUAAGCCAGUUUUAAAAAAAAAAAUGAAGGUCAAAUGGUUUGUAUUCAUUAGCAAAAUGAGGGUGAACCAACACAUGACUUCAUAAACUUUACAAAUAGAAACAGUUAAGUUGAAUGUCAUCAUACAGUACAUUUAAAACAUUUUUUUUUCAUAUUUAUAAUUCAUGACACAUCAGCAGCCCUGUGACAGAGAUUUCUUUGGAGAUUUCAUUGCCUCAUAAAACGAUUAUCUGUCAUGCGUUCACUUUGAUCAUUUUUCUGUCUUGCUUUGAGGUUGCAUUAUUUCCUGCAUUGUUUUGUCAAUCCUGAUAUACUUUGGCAGCCUUGUGAUGUACCAUUGCAUGAUAGUCUUGUAAUAUAUUGACGGUAGAAUUGUGAAAAUUGCGGGCAGUGUAGUGUUUUAUAAUAUAUAAUGAGUCACCUGUAGUUUCUACCUACAUUAUUCACAGUUAUAUAGCCACCAUGUGCAUAAAUGAUAUUCCAAAUAUACACUACUUUACUUUUGGAAACAUCACUCCCUAGCACUACCAGAUGAAAACUAAGCUAAGUACCUUAAAGACAUGCAAAUUCCAAACUAGUUUUAAAACAAGAAGGCAUUUUCUUUUUAUACACAUAAUAAUAAUAGUAAAAUAAAAUUAAAGCUGAAGAGUUUGUUACUGAAUUAUUUCUUUCAAAACUGCUGGGGUGACUUAUGUUGCUUCCAAGUCAGAGAUACUACAAUUAUCAAUACUUAUUAUGUUGAAUUUGUGACUGUAUUGGUCAUGUCUUUGUAAUUUACACACUUUUUUAUUAUAUUGUAAAAGCCAAUUCAGCCACAAAUGUAAUCUAAAAAAUGAAAAAAAAAGCCUUAACUGAAUGCAGACAGAGAAACAAAAGGCCUUUUAAUCUGCAUUGUUUGGAAAUUGCUAAAUGGUCUAGUUUUCCCUUGAAGUAGUGUGUUACUAUGACUUGUUCAUUGACAGAUUCCUUCAUAUUGACACUAACUGUUGCUUGGCCCUGGGCUAAGGCCUAAUGAUCAACAAUUUUCUGACUAGUGAACUCUGAUUGGUGGCUAAUUGUGCUCUGACACAAAAUCUGGAGGUACAUUAGCAUCAAGUGAGUAAUGCACUUCUGCCAAGGACCCUCAUGUAGGCUAUGAGAGAAGAGAUGAGGACUAAUAUAGAAAUUGGGUUGACUGACUGUGUCCCAGAAGGCAGCGGGUGAUGUCACAUAUUUGAGUAACUGUACCAACACUGAAACAAGAUGUAGAUGAGGUGCUGUAGAGAAGUGUCUCUCCACUUGCCUCGUAUUUACAAGAGAGAGGCUUUUAUUUACAGCCAGAGAAUCUCUCCACACUUCACCAAAAUGUAAUCUCAUCAGAGCAGUGGACUCACUGGAUUUGGUGUAACAGGAAAAAGCAGGAGGAAGACAGUCUUAACAUUUCCCUUCAAUUGUCAUACAAACCAUCCAGUGCACACACAAUGAUUUUUGUGUCUAUGGAUUAGCCGUUUGUGGAACCAAUCGGGGUUCCCACUGUGCCAAAACCAUUCACUCUCCGGUAAGCCUCUAAAACCUCAGCUCAGUGUGACUUUGUAUCAGGAGCACCUUUUGGAGCAAUGUAGAACUGUUUGAAUCACUACACCAGUGAGAUAAAAGUACACACAAUAGAGGCAUGAGAACAUUUUUCUAGCUUUGACAAACAUACUCUCUGCUAACUCUUUAAUCUACCUCUAACCUGACUACUGUUUAGCGGCUAGCUAGAUAUCAGAUCUAACUCGCCUCUUAAACAAUACAUGACACCCUGUUUAUGGGCAGUACUGGGGCAUAUCUUAGCUCCUUUUGCAUUGCAUGUUCAAGAUGGGAUUUUUACACCUCUGUUCUGCCACAGUGAAACCACACACCGGUGGAAUAGUGUGGUAAACGUCCCGCUGCUUAAUGGACAUCAAAGAUUGUAAAACAAUUACAGAAGGAAAAAACAAAAAAGAAAUACUUGAAAAGCCCUCGGAGGAAACCGAAUUUUUCACUCUGUUAGUGAACAUGUCAUACAUGUUCAGUAACAGAGGUAAUCGCACAUGCAUAGACAGGGUUGCAAAGACAUGCAGUCAUGGGAAAGGUGAGGGGGCUGCACACAAAAGGCUUCCCAGGUCCUGAUGGUUGGAUGCCUUGCUUAAGCUUACCUGGGCAGUGCUUGUAAAGUGAACUUGCUUCUUUCCAGCUAUCAAGCUAUCAAAUUUUGAGUUAUUAAUCAGCCCUGAAUCGGUCAACUUCUGGUCUUCAAGCCAAAUCAUUACAGACUGAGAGGUGCAACAGAGACAAAACAUUGUGAAUAUAAACAACAAAGUCAGCAGGACAGAAUUUGGCUCAGUGACUAACAUUAAUGAGUUUUGGGCUGGUAGCAAAAAUGACGACUAGUCACUUUUAUUUCUCACUGGCUUGGAUGCCAAAAGUGAAGAUGUCCCCUUUUCUGGACUGCUCAGGAUGUUUUAUACAUUGAAUGUAUGCCAAGAGGGCUAAGAGAUACAUGUCAAUCAGAGCAGUUCUGCAUAUUUGUGUUUGAGACCCACUAUGAGACCUGUGGCCUUCUUGUACCACCUGUUAAGUGAUCCAGACCAUUCGGCUUAGUGUAACGCAAAAAUGACGAUGUCAGAGAAAGCAGACUUUGACUUGAGUUGAUGGAUUAAUAGACAUGUGCCCAGCUCAGUCCCCAAGCUGCUACACGACUACACCGACAACAUUUCACCCGUCUUUACCUGUGUAUUUCAGUGAAUCAGGGUGAAGCCAAUCAAUCAAGUGUCUUGAUAACACAGACAACUUUAAAACUUGUUUACAUCUCAGACUGGGAUUUGCUGUUAAAGGAAAAUAUUCUUGAGCUUCUGUAUCACUAAAAACCACACACUAGAACACCGAUAUCAAGCUGUUGUAGUGUUUGAUGUAAAAGCUCAAAGACGUGAUGACUUGGCUGCAGCAGAAUCUCCAUGUAAAAAGAGCCUUGGACAACAAAAACAGUACCUGUACUGGCACCAGAAUUGGGCAAAGGAGCAAUAUUUGCUAGUUGGUGAAGUGAUGUCUGUUUUUAGUGCAAAUGCCGACCUUGUGAAAUAACUCGUAGCAGCUGGAAUAAAAAUUGGUUGUAAUAAACACUCUGCAGGUUGCAUGAAAUAAAUGGAAUACAUCCCGCACAUAAAAUGUCUUUCCUCUCACUCUCCACUGGGCUGAAGUGCCUGUAGAGUGUUGCAAUUUUAAGCAAGUGUGAAGUGUGAAAGUGUGUGCAUAUUCAGUGUAUGUGUGUGCUUAUGUGUGUGUGUGUUUACUGGGACAUCUGCAGCCCCGUUAAAUGUCUUGGGUUUAAUAUUUCUUGAAGUCAAAGUAUCAGAUAAUUGAGAGGGAGGCCUGUGUAUCCGUCCUGUCCAUGUGAAGGUCAGUGCUCUCACAUGCUCACUCUCUCUCCUGGUAAAGUCUCAGGAGAUGCCUUGCUUCGGUGCACUCCUGUCACCCAUUUUAACAUUGCUCGGGCUCCUUUUAGUAGCACUGUGCUCUCAUCCAAUGGGAAGCAAGCUGUUGGCAAGGGAAAUUGCUUCUGUGUUUAAUUAUAGGGUAUAAACGGUUGGGAGGAGAGCGAUGUGCAGUGCUGAUGUUAAAAAGAUGAUGAGAGAUAGGCUAAAUGGAUUAAAGUAUUUGAAUCUUUGGAAUAACACACACAUCCACAUUUUUGGGCUUCUACAGUGAGUGUGAACUUUCAGAAAUGAGUCCGAUCGUUGGGGUUAAUCUUUUGGCUGCCCUUCACUCUCUUUGAGACAGAGUUAGUGGGUGUGUUUCCUCUCUCUGGUUUGCUGGAAAUGCAAUCUCUUAAUAACACCUUCACAUGGGUGAAGCCUGAGAGGAUGAAGUGAUAAUAAAGGGCUCUUUUCACAGAGCUGGUUACAAGGCUCAAUUGUGAGCAGACAGCGCUGUGACUCUCAGCUACAGAGACUGUAGGCUCUCAGUGUUUGGGCCAGCAGAUCUCCAUGUCAGCACUGGCUUUCAGAUAGGUUUAGAUAACUAACCUGAAUGGUUUCACCUCUACUUUACACACAUACACACCUGGUUUCAUUCCAUCCAUCAUCAGUCUUUUUUGUGUUUCCACGUGAGCACACAGUUCACCAGAAAGUCAAACUCUCUGAUGAAGAAACACGUCAGCAUCUGUAAAUAUCUUCGACACAUGGUUAUGAAACACACAGUCUGACUGUGUCUUUAUCAGAAUGAGAGCACUGUGAUACCUGUCCUCUAGGGUAGGAAGUGAAGGAACAUAAGCCUCUUUGUCCUAAACUCACUGUUUAAUAGUCCUCUCCACGUCCUGCUCAUCUGUACUCUCCUCUCUCUCUCUUCCCUGCAGCCCUCUAGUCCUUCACACUUCUCCCUACAAAUCUCUGUUCAGUAAUCACUCGCAUUUCUGUUUCUUUUGUUUGUAAGUGAGCGGAUUGAAAACUCUUUGAGUUCCCCGUCAAUUUAAAACUCAACAACACAUGCCUCAAUAACAAAAACUUAAUUUAUUCCAAAUCAUUAAAAAAACUGAAGAUUUGCUUUGAAAGUGCAUUGUAAAUUUGCCUGCACUGUUCUGCAAUAACAUGCUAAAAUACACAUAUUUGUUAAUAAGGCUUAUAUUUCUCUAUCUGUAUCUUAGUGAAUGCUGAACUGAAUGGCUGUAAGUGCAACUCAUGCACAGAAACAUGAGCGAAGUUCACUCUGGAGACAUUAAACCAAAGCUCACAUUCCAGGCGGAUCAGAGGAGUGUCGCAAGUUACAAAGAGUAACCAAGCACUGAGUUUUACUGUAGCUUAAGUUGGAUUUACAGCACUUAGCAUACGUUCAGCACGGCAUAUUCUGCUAAUAGCUUCGAUGUAGUUUGAUGAUGAAGCAAAGGGAAUGAAAUCCACAGGCAGGUGUGGUUUGAGACAGGUGCAGCUUUUAUAGAAGGAGACAUUUUUUGUGUAAAUAUUUCUUUGCCUUUAGCGCCUUUAUUUCAGUAAACCACCCACAUCACUUUUACAAAGCAGAUCUUCCCUGAGUGUUCGACUGUUAAAGUUAAGUCCUCUGGCCAAGUAGUUGGAAACAACAAAAAAUAAGCUUUCAAAGCUGCAGUUUUUCAAUCAGUAAAGCAUUCUCCAAAGAUAUUUUUUUGUUUUUCAAACUAAGCAUUUGUCUAUGAUUUAACAAAAAUCAUACAGUAAUUCAUUUAGUUUAGAAAGUGUCAAUAUUUGAAGGUUACAGAUUGAAGCUUGGGAGGCUCUGCUGACAAAAAAAGGUUCUUAUGUAGUGGAUGAACAUUUUUCUAAUCUGAAAUAUUUAAACAAUGAAGUAGAACAAUUUCAUUUUUUUGGUGUGAACUUAACUCUUGCCAUCCGUGUGUGAACAUCUUCUUGAGGCUCUUUUGUAAUGGCAGGAACAUACUAAACCAAGGACUUGAGACUGUAGACCAGGUUUCAUGUUUCUUUCUCUGUAAACACACCACCUUUGAACCUGAUCACACCUUAUUUGAAAUCUUACAUGCCCACUGCUGUUAGUGUGGGCUCCAGUAAAUUUGCUGCAUUGAACUGUGACAGGGAGAAGGUAGUAGAGACACCCACACUGCGUAUUAAGGUUAUUUGUACCAGGUGUACAAUAUGACCUUAAUUGUGCUUUGUCUUAAAAGACUGGUUGAAUUGUUGAUAGUCUUGAAUACACACAAGCUCUGCAGCUGAGUGUAGGAGAGCUGUUUUGACUUUGUUUGGAUGUUAACAAUUGGUAACAUUGUUUGAUGUCAAAAACUUGCUGUUUGAGUGUUAUUAUUUCCUGUGUUCUGAAUGGGAGCACUUUAAUAUGCAUGUAUUUAUGAAUGAAUCAUUUGAACAUGAAUAUUCAUUGACUUUUUAAUGUACUGCAGCAAAAACAAACUAACAGUUUACUUUGCUUCCCUUCAAAAAAGAGUUUCACAGGUGAAUUUAUAUGAAAAAUAUUUACUUAUUCCAUGAGGGGAAAUGAUUGAAAAGGUUGGGGCAUAACUUAAGCUCUGUUGGUAGUGCAGACGCCUCACAUAAGACACGUUUACAUGUGCAAAAUUUCUUAAUCCGCUAAAAAAUUUGAGGGAUCAGAUGAUCUGAAUUCACGGCCUAUAUGGGGGCAAAACCAAAUAAUCCAAUCAUGACAUGUGUAUACAUGCACCAGGUUUUAUUCAGAUUAGAAGCAUUUGGACAUGCGCAGAGUUGUCUAACUUUGCUAAAACAACCGCAGAAGAAGGGCUGUAUUUACACCUUUGCUGUCAACAAACCAACAAAUGCGGUAGUACUUAUUUUACUGUUCUGUCAAAGGUUGCUCUACGCAUGCAGAUGUGACGUCAUUACGCUGUAUGUGCGCCUUGUUAUGUUAUUGGAGGAGCAGACACAGUACCUGUGGUUGUGUUUUAUGCCAGAGUGUUAAAAAUGAAACCUCCUGUACUAGCCUCAAUAAAUAAGCCAAAGGCUAAAGAGUGAAGAUCGAGUCAGGUAAAAGAGUCACAACUGGAAUAAAUGUUUGACAUGGACGCGUUUUGGAAUAACAAUCAGCAUAAACCACCCCUCUUGAUCGGAAUACAAUUUCUAUCCGAUUGAGAGGAAUUGGAUCAAAAUCUUCCAAUCGACAUGUUUACAUGACGCAUUUUUAUUCCGAUCAGGCAUUUACUCCGAUUUUUUUGUGCCUUUGUAAAUGCAGCUAUAGAGAGGCUAAAACUCUUGAUACAUCUGUCUAUGCAUGUUUACCUCACUCUCUACUCACUGCUUUUCCUGUCUGUUCCUGUCUCUGUUUAUUCUUCACAAUAAAGGCAAAAGAGUCCAAAAGUAAAUCGUUAGAAAGGGAAGUGUUUGAAAAGUUGCUCAAACAGAAAAUUAAAAAUGAAAUGCUUCCUAAAAGACAUCCUUCUUUUUCCUCUCUCAGGUGGAGACAGUAUUUGGAUCACCUAACAUGACAGUGGCUUAUCAUGUGACUGGAGGGGACAUGGUUUAUGUUCCCUCUGUUGUGCUGGAAGGCUUGGACUUGUACGGCCGUGAUAAGUUGAUAGCAGAUCUGCGACAGUACCUCCCCAUGGUCACAGCCCUGCCUCUCCCGGUGACAUUAUGGAGAUCCAUCCCAGCCAGGGGCUUUCAGCUGAAAACAGGUCAGCCGGUGUUUAGAAAAAACAAGUCAGAGGAGGUCAUCUGGAGAAUUGCUGUUGUUUGUUCUCGUUGGAGGGAUUUCAAUGAAUUUUAGAUAAUUAAACAAUAGUAUUAAAUGAAAUAAAACAAAUAGUAUUUUGUACCUGGACUAAUACAAAUAUCCUUUUCAGAGUGUUUUUAAAAUACAGACAGCCAGAAUAGCAACAAGUUCAUGCUGUAGCAGCCUGAAGAAAGCUAAAAACCGCAUGUGUAGUCCUGCUUGUGUGGAGUUUUGUGAGCUCAUAUUGCGUUUCUGUUUCAGUGCUGCAGUUUGUGGGAGUAGGAGAUGAUCCCCGGUCCUGUCGCUUCUCUCAAAUGAUGGAGCAGAGGCUGGAAAAGGUGUUUUCUGAAGCGCAGGUCAAAGUGCUCAACGUCAACAGCAGGCUCUCUGUUCAGGUACUGCGCUGUCACUGUUUUGGCUUUUUAGCACCCGAAGCACCGUGUGGGUGUCCCUCUUAAUGUUACAGUUGUGAUGCUAGGAUUUUUAAACAACACUAAGCUACACUUAGAGAGAGAGAAACCUGGUUGGGUGUAUUUAACAGGGGUCAAACUACUGUGGAUUUUUCUAGUUUUCUUUAUUAAAUUUGCUGCACACAAGAAAAGAUUUUACUAUCACAGUUUUGUCUCCUGUUACACAUCAACUUUUACAAUCCAGUUUAGUUAAUUUGGCAGCUACAAACAUGCAAAUUGUUUGCAAUUGUGCAAAAUUGUACCUCUGUGUAUCAGGCUUUUUUCCUCUUAAAGCAGAGCCGCUUCAGAGAUGCAAAUUAAUUAUGUUUGGGGAGGCAAGGAUUGUAUUAAUUUUAAUGAGCUGCCACAUUUAAGUGCAAACUAUUUUGAGCCAAUUAAAUGUUUUUUGCUUGGAUAGAAAAUACAGACUGCAGUAUUUCUGCACACCCUGAUGCUUUGACAGUUCCCCAGCAGACUUACUGCUUGAAGAUUUUUUAUAUUUAUUGAUUAAGGCAAUGGCAGAUUUUAACAUGUUUUCAUUUGUACCUGGCAUCUUGUAAAAAUGUGUGCUUCAGUCGUGUAAUCUUUAACACUUUAUGCAGAUUUACCCAGGUUCCUCUGUGUCUCUUUCCUACUUUGAGCCUGUGCUUCCUGUUCAUUUCACAGAUGCUGAGUGUGUCCCAGGCUGCAGGCUCUCCGACUGUGUCAUUGGUCUACACUGUGAAGAAUGGGACUGUCUUCCUUAAUGGCACCACUGCCUCAAACCUCCUCGGUCAGCUGUCAGCUGAGCUGGUGGGCUACUUCCUCCUCUAUCCACCACUUAUCAUUGCUGAGCGUAAGUUACAAUUUGCACUCACAAUUACAUCUGUUGGUUAGCGGCGAUUCAACAGCAGUACGAGACACCAGAAGUGGUUCUUGUGUUCUCUCUGGAAUAUUAAGCUCUCCAAAUACUGAUAGAUUUACGCACAAAGCAUAAUAGAGUCAGGCUUUUUCCUCCCAUUAAAGACUGGAGGAGAUUGGACUGUCUUGUUGGUCUGCACGUUCAGGGCCUGUAUAAACAAAAACAUCAAAGAUACAGAUUGUUCCGUAGGAAUCAAAAAGUGACCAAACAUGAAGAUCUUAUGUAGCCUGGUGGUGCCAGAUUCAUCAGCCAGCUUAUAUUCAUUUAUCUUGUGGAUGGGUCUAAACCUGCUGUCGAUCUCAAUCAUCUCCCCUCUGUGUCAUGUAUAGACAAACCCGACGAGCGCUUUGUGUGUUGUGCCAUCUUAUGUAGAAGUCAUCACUGUGGUGGCCACUCAGCAUCUGCUGCUGUCUGCAGCACGGUUGGCUGGAUUAAAAACGCUACACAGCUGCUGAUGGAGGAACCUUUAUCACACAAGUUUAGCAUCAUUAAAAGUUAUCACAUUAGAUAUCGGAUAAAACAACAGUGUGAUCAAACCGGGAGGAAAAGAGUUGACUAUGUCUGCUGUGUAUUUUUGAUGCAGUGCUUUGUGAUGGAACAUUAUUCUAUCUCUUGUUCUGAAUUUUAUUAUCAUUGACAAGUUAUAUUAGCAAAUAUGUCUUUUUAUGAAACAAUGUUUUAUGAGCAUAUUUUGUCAUCUGUCAUUGUUCAUUUCUUGCAGUUAUGAUAGGCUGUGGUGAUUACAUGCAUCUUCUUGAUUAACAUGCGAGCUAGAGGAGGAACUAUGAGAUCACUUAUCACCUGAUGUGGUGUGAAAAUAUACAAUCAAUAGGUCACUCAGUGAAGGGCAAAAAUGACUUAAAAUAAUGAAAUUCUUGAUUCUUCUUUAGAGAAAAGUCCUUUAUCUUAGAAUUUAUUGUUGUAAAAGAUGAUGAAACAGGAGCGCAGAACCAAGAUGGCAGCUUCUUGUCUGUUAUGGUCAUUGUAACCUCUUUUAACAAACUGGAUUCAUGAAAACAAGACUGAACACCUGCAUGUACCGCAUUCAUUGGUGAGAAAGGUUUGUUUCUGUCCGCUGCCUGCUGACAUUACUGUUGCUAUGCAUUGCCUCACGUUAUUAUACAUGGCUGUAGGUCUGGACAACGAGUUCCUGAGCACCUCUGUAAAAGACUGAAGCUAACACCCUUUUUUAAAAAGGAAAUGACAUGAAUGGUUCCAGACCCAUCCACCGUGGUGACUCCAGCUUAGGUCUCACUAUAAUUAAAACUGAAGGUAGAACUGCCGUCUCUUUAUGACCUGAAAAAGCAAAAGGACAUUCGAGGACAAGAUUAAUUGUUUCUAUAUGGUAAUUUUUGAUUGCCUGAAACCAUAGCCGCAGGGAAGGUGUUAGAUGAGGAGAUUAACUUCACGCAGCGGAAACAGUCUUUGUUUGCAUUUUUCACAGCAAAAAUUCCAGGAAAGAGAGCCAGAUUAAUUUUAUUUUUGGAGGGGGGCAACAUUGUACAGGACAAGAUUGACAAAAUGAUAAGAGGCACUGCUACCAUGGGCUCACACAAACCAGUUCCUUACAGAAGCCUUUAUAAAAUGCAGUCAAUAUAAUGAAGUGAGUCUUUUUUACUAUAAUUAAUGCACUUGAAUGUAGUCUGCUAGACAAACUGGGCUCAGGACUUCAAUCCCCAAGUCUGACUGAUGUCCAUUUCUCAGUAAUUGGAUGUUUUUUUGACUCCUAUCCUACUUGAACAAUCAAAGCCCCUUUCUAAUGACUGAGCCACUUCUAUAGUUGAUGAUAUAAAGAUAAGACCAAGCCCAUGCGCUUAAUCUCAGCGUGCUUUGAGGACAUCUUCAGCCCAGCACUCCAUCUGUGGUCGAGAUGUACUCAGAGAAAGACAAAUUAAGAGUGACGAGGACUCAGCAGGCGUCUAAACAGCGAUCUUAGUGGUGUUCCAGUCUGCAUCUUUCAGUAAAAGUGAGGAAUGAUUUGUUGACUGCUCAGCAGAGGGAGAUACAGCAGAUGCAGAAGUCUGAGAUAUAAUGAGAUACAUCACUGUUUAUGGUACUUUAUUGAUCCCUGAAGAAUGGGUUCACUGCUUUGCUUCAUCUUGUAAGCAGUUGAUUUUGAAUACACAGUAGGUUAAGCAGGGGAACUGACCACCUGCAGCUCAUUCAAGGACUCAAGCUUCUUUUGGACACACACGUAUGCAGAAAACACCAGAAGGAAAUAGACUCAAUAUUCUGGUUUCAUGCUCCCCUUGUUUUGGUAGUUUAAUAAAGUCAAAAGUUGGACCCUGAAUGAAACCUGAAAAGAGACAUCUUCCAUAAUAUUAUAUAUAGUCAUUGCACCAGAUGUGAAACAUUGUACCUGAAAAUUCAAAUAAUACCCUAGAAAUGAUCAAAUUCCUACAGCUUUCCGUUUCCUUUGACAACAUGCUGAAGAUGGAAAUCUCAGACACUAGUUUGGUGUAUUGGUAUUGGUACAUUAUUUAAAUGACAGCUAUCUGAAAAUCCUCAUUUCACAGCUUUAUAUUGACCGGACACAAAACAUAUAUUGAGGAGUGUCCGUUAGGGGAGCAUAAAGUUGUACUUUUGUUAAACAAAUAACAUCAGCAUUCAGCCUCCUAUCUGUUGUUAGUGGUUGAUCUAUUAGCAAGAGAGACAUUAGAGAGGGCAUUAACUCCUGGUUGCAAGGACCACGCUAUCCACAGGAUGCAAUUUGACAGCUGUUCAUUGAUUUUUUAUUGGAUGAGUGAUUCUGAAUUUGGCAUUGACCUUCUUGUUGCUGCCAGUUUGGGUAAGCUUAUUAGGGAUCCACCAUAGCUCCUGAGUACCAUAACCCCUACAGAUAGGGCUCUAAGGAGGAGGAAAGAAAGACAGAAAGUAAAAGCUCACACAAUAUUAAGGCAUGUCUGCACUGCAGGUGUUUAACCAACACUUUUAGUCCUGCAAGGGUCUAACAGAAAAAGUUGCAGGUUUUAUUAGGCUUCAGGUUUAUUUAUAUUUCUAUCUGUUAUUUACUUAUAUCUACCAUGAUUGUGUGCUGGCCUGUAAACACUGUCAAAUUCAGCUGACCUGCUCUCUGUGAAUGUAAACUGUGUCAGCAGUGACAGGGACUGAACAGCUGCUCUGCAUAUUGCUCAUACUACACAGAGUAUGAAGUGUUACAGGUUUAUAAAGGUAUAAAAAGUGUCUUGUAAAUCAAAAUUUUGUGUAACCAAACCCAGAUGAGUAUUUCCAGUGAAUACAAACAAAUAACAGGUUUGAGGAGACUUUACGCAUUCAGAAGCAGCCAUGAGAUUAUGGAUUCAAAGAGACUGGAGUCUCACGCCUACACCCCUGGUUAUGUUUCUGUUCCAGCUGAAAUACGUCUUGCCAGAUUAAUUUUGAUGGAGCUUGAGUUUUUACAGACUUUGGUCAGUUUGACAUGACAGAGCUCUGGCUGUACAGGAUCACACUCAGAAACCCAGCAGAUUCGAUGUAUGAGCCAGGAAUUAGGCCAGGGGCUUUCCUGCAUUACCAUCUAUCUGACCCUAAUCCUGAGGACACUCUUUUUUUCUCUCUCCACCUUCUCCUGAGCAGAGUCGGUAAAUGGGCUACAGAUAUUUUCUAACCAUAAGAGAACACAAAGCUCGGGUUUAUUGAGGAGAAUUCAGAAAAGCAUACACUCUGUUUCUUAAAACUGGGGCUGUCCUUUCUUUUGGAUGUGAGAGCUGACUGAAAAUGUGCAUCCUAUCUCGAAUAGAAGUUUAAACCACACAGAGGCAGAAAGUAGAGUUGUAUUUGUGCUCUCUUUUACUAUUUAAAACAACACAAAGUCACUAUCUCCUUUAAAUUUCUUUUAACUGUGGUGUGUGUAAAAUUUAAAGUUUUGCUCAGUUUUUACAAGCUCUCUAACAGGUCAUGUGAUCCACUGCAUUUAACUUACUUCAUUCUCUCUGCCCAAGACCUGAUGUUGGAGGUUUACGUGUUUCCAGGCAGCAUUACAGAACGAAGAGCUGCAUUUUUGCUGUGUUGGGUUUUGAUGAUGAUCUGUUAACCCUACUGUCUGCUAAAUAAUAGAAGGUCAUGUAAUUUCCUUCUAAUUUAACAGCUGUAUAGAACACCUCAAUGAACUUUUAUAGGAAUGCCACCUCUGAUACGAGUUACACAACAUAGAGGGCAAACAAAGUAUGGGUAUCACUUCUUGAUUCUACAGUAAAAGUUUUUUCCCUUCCAACAGCAUGCACUCAUUUAUUCCCAAGAUCACAAAAUCAAAUCAGAGAAAUUAGAUGACAUACAAUUUGUAAAAUUACACAAUAAAAACAGUGUGUAAACAGAACAACAAAGUGACAGCGGGUUACAGGUUACGUUCUGAGGUUAAUUUGCCGGUCAUUUGGGUAUUACUGUGGUAUUUCUUUAGCCUCUAAAAUGAGUAGAUCUGCUCAGCUCUGUUCAGGACACCUACUGUGUGGAAACAGACUCAGUUAAUAUUUUCAGCAGAAAGACAUUUCUGCGACAUACCAUUACAUUUCCUGAUGACACACAAAAAUUGAUGACGAGGUGCAGAUCAGCUCCAAAGGGCAGACAGAACGUGGCUUACAUGCUUGAGGUGGAAUCAAUAAUAAUUUGGAUGUUUUAUCUUCAUUAAAAUGCAAUGAGAGGAACCUUUUCAAAAAAAAAUAAAAAAAGAAUAGGGCUGUCGAAGAAUUAAUUUUUUAAUUCACAAAUAAUUGCAGAAUUUCAACUGUCUGUCAAGAUUAAUCGCAUUUUUAAUCACCUGUUUAAAAUUCCAUUAUUUUACAUUUCAAAGCAUUUUUUAAGCCCACAUUAACAAUGUUAAUAAAUUCUUAUCAGUGUCUUGACUUUGGACUCGAGUGCAAUAAAAUGUACUUUAUGAUCUUGACUUUUACAUUUAUUAAUCAAAUAAAGGGUGCACUGCUUCAUCAUUGUGGUUUAAAGCUCUGACUCAGAGGUAGGAUACAGCUUCACAAUACUUGUUCUGUCUUUACAGUUUUUUUUUUUUUUUUUUUUAACUCUUUUUUAGAAGGAAAAAGAUUCAAAAGUCUUACCUAGAUAUACCAAGAUAUUGUGUGUGGGGAUCGAUUUUCCAGUGGACUGAGACUGGCAUAAGCGUUCUGAGUGUGCUACACAGUUCAUAUGUCAGGCCAUGACCUGGAAGUUAGACAGCAUGCACGUGUCUCUAGGAAGCCAGGGUAGAAUUUUAAAAGAAGAUGAAGCCGUUGUAUCCUACAUAUGAUACAAUGGUUCAGAGCUGUUAAAGUCGUCAGUGUUUUUAUCAUUUGACAUACAGCCUGUUAGCCUCUUGCUCUUUGUCAGUUCUUUUGGUACGUGGCUGAAUGUUGCUGUAGCAGAGGUGGCCAUACGUCUGUCUAUGAAUACCUUCUCACCAGGUGCGCAUGAACUGGGACAAUGACAGUAGUAGGGGUGUCCAAAUACAACUUGAUUGCCUCCGAUACAAUACCAACAUUGUAGCCUUCAGUAUUGGCUGAUACCGAUAUUGACCCAGUAUUAUCACAAACUUGUGCAUGACAUGUUUUGCACUCAGCUGCAAUGUCUUUUUCGGACUUAAAUGAAAAAUACUGCCACACGGCCGACAUCACUCCUACUCCUUGCUACUUUGUUAGUACCUUAGUACACACUGUUGUUGUGAUCACAUGGGCUCUGCAUGCUGGAUCCAAGACCAUCUAGAUCUAUAGGUGCUAGCGUGGAGUCUGGAAAGGACUGCUUGAAUCAGAGUACUGAUAUCAGAGGUUUUGGAUGCAGGCGGAUAUUUGUUUUAUAUAUUUGACCGAUAUCAUUAUCGGGUCAGGACACUCCCAGACAGCUGUCCAAGUAGAUUACCUAAUCAAGCUAUAAUAGCAGCUGGACUUAACUGUGCAUGUGAACAUGUUUGUGUUGACUGACAUCCACUGAUCACCAAUCUAUGUGGCUGCAUUUGCAUUUGCAGUUUGGUAAGUAGCUAAAACUCAGAGUGCUCCAGUGAUACUUUAGUUUUUUUUUUACACAAAAUGUACAUUGCCUCUGACUUGACUUGUUAAGCUGGCUUGGAGGUUGGCUUUAUUAUGAAAUGUGCUGUUUAAAGGCACAAUGGUGUUGUUACUUUGCGUCAGAGUGGCAGUAGCAGCAGCAAAGUAACUAUAGUGUUCUGACAGGGACAAAGAAAGUGCCCAAUUAAGAAAAAGCCUACAGAUUUAUCACAAGUAACAUGUCGACACUGACAACCCUGACUAAAAAACAGAGUGAAACAAACAAGUCCCGAAAAGUCCUCAAAGAUUACUGCCUUAGUGCUAUUUAGGCAGAUCAGAUGUUAAUAGGUUCCUGUUAGUGACUGUUCAACUAUAACUGGCUUUGCGUUGGGACUGAAUCAAGUAAAAUUAGUGACAGGCAGGAUGAAUCAGCCGGGAAAGAGAGAAAAGAGGUUCGCUGGUAGAAAGACUGGGAGCGAGCAGACGCUGACACGGAGGAAAACUGAGUGAGACAGGAGAGUAAAGAAAGAGUGAGAGAGUGUGACAGGGAUUUUGCUCUGUUUGUUUUGCAGCCUCGCCAUUAGUGAUAUUACACUGUUCACAGGAGGUGUGAGCAUAUGCUAGCAGCGGCUGCCUCCUCACUUCAAAGCCAAUUAUCCCAGUAAAUAAUUAACAGUGGGGGAUUCUGGUUCCACCUUGGGCUCUGCUCUGACAGAAAAGGCCCGCCAGCUCACACCACUCCAAAGUGCAGGUUUGUGGCACAGGGUACCCUUUGGUUCUUGUGGCGUGUUUGGGACUGUACAGCCAUGCUCGCUCUUUUACUCCCUUGCUCUAUCUCAGGUGAAAGAUAAGUGGAGCUGUUUCCAAAAUGUCUCUUUUAGGCCGUAAUAAUCGCUGAAAACUAUUACCCAAGCACUGGUGUAAAAAGUGAAAUAUUGUCUCAAUAAUAGCCCCCCUGUUGGUGGAUUUGAAGUUCUUGGAAUGACUUAAAAAUGCUUUUAAAGCUUGUAUCCCCGGGGCUCUCAUUAAGCCAAACCAUAAUGUUCCACAUGAUUCAAACUUAUGGACAAUGAUGGGCGGAUUUUGCUGACAGUUCUGCAUCCGUUAACAAAGUCACAGCCCCUUACUUUUUCUCUCAACCUGCUAUCCUAACCAACCCCUCCACACCUGUCUUCUGUCAUGCCGGAGUGAACAUUUCUGUUUCCAAUCUGCUCUCACAGGCCAGUGAUACAGCAUCCUCAAAAAGCCUGCAGCAGCCUACAGCAGUGAAGCCUAAUCAAGCAGGAAAUACAUGACGAGAUCACAGGGACGACCAGAGCUCAGGCAGCUGAACGCUCUCCUGCUUCAUUGUUUGACAUGAAGUGAUAAUGAGGAUUUAACCUGAGAUUUCAAACACAAACACUUCACUGCACAGAGAGCACUUGUUGAAAUAAAGGCAGCCCAAUACUAGCAGUGAAAAUAAAUCAUACUCAGAGUUGUUGUUGAUAUUUUUGUGCAUUUUUUUCAUACAAAAGACUGUUGGUUUAGAUUUGUAGAGAACAGCGUCCUUCUGUUCUCCAAAGGCUUAAAACUUUAUGUAACUGGCAUGUAAAUGGAAAAAAAAAGACGCUAUUACUCUGGUUACAUCUUUGUGUUCACUGUGUUUUUCUCUGUUUUACAUCUACAAAUACACUUCUUUUCUCUCUCUCUUUCGGGUACAUUUUUAAAGCUGCAGUGUUGAACUUUUGUAUUGUGUCAGUUUGUUUAAUGUUUGAGAUACACGUCUCAAGACUACAUGGAGCUCCUCCUAUAUAUGCUUAGGUGAUGUUUUCUGUCAAAAAUCUGCCCCUUGCUCUUUUUUUUUACCAACCAAAUGUGUCAGUCACUACAAAUAUUAAUAGACAAAGGCUGUUAAUCAUCACAUCUGAAACCAACCUCCUUACAACACUUCCACGAAUUCAAAAUUAUAACACAAGUUUAAUCAGUCUUGUUGCUGACGAUCUGGUUUGCUUUUGUAGGUAAUAGAGAGGCACUGGAAUCAAUUAAAGUGUGUUCAACAAGAAGAUAAAAACUCCUCUCAGUGGCUUCACCAUACAAACUUCUAACUUUUGGUUCACUUUUAUGUUAUUACAGGUUACAUUGUUGUCAUCUGCAUUGCCAUUACAGUGUAAAUCAAAGAAUUUAACUUAAUUGAAAAUCUAACUAAAGUUUAAUGUUUUUAUGUCUUUACAGCUAUGGAGUAUCACAACCUGAACACCUCUGUUGCUACCAGAGACUUCUGGGUAAUAACAGGUAGGGUUAUUUCAGUUUUUAAUCUGUAAAGACUUUCUUGGUGAAAAAGUUGGGGAAAUGUAAGUUUCUAUUUUGCAGCCAUUACAAUGAAAAUGUUUGGAUUGAGUGUCUGAAUCUAGUCAAUAUACAUCUUUGUUUUUAUGAGUUUGUUUCUGUCAUGUCUCUGUUGGGACGGCAGUGGUAGUUCUGGUCUAAGUCUUGUGAGUUGAGGAUGGGACUUUAUAAAGCUUUGGUUACAGACUGGUAAUAAUGAGACGAGGGUUGUGAGAGGCAAAGUAAAUGAACAAGGGUCCUCAAAUAUAUAUAUAGGCUAUAAUGCAUAACUCCUACAGAUAUCAUCAUGAUAUUUGUGCAAUGAGAUAUCAAACACAAAGUCAAACUUUCCUCUGUAUCUUUGCCAUAUCAACUAUACCCACAGAUUGUGCAAAAAUGGAACAAAAAAACCUAAAAAGCCGUUGUAGCGUAACUGAACCUCUGUCUUGUUGGCAGGAGUCUAAACUCUGCAUGAAGAGGGUGGUGAGGCUCUUCAUCAUCAAGAGAAUUUAAUGAGAAAAUCCUUUUAUCUGAGUGUAAAUAAAGUUAAGUUUGAAUUCAAAGGAUCUGACUGUUCUGCAUUUGAAUCUAUUGGUUCAUUAAGUAUCAUGUGAUAACUUCUAUUCUGUUGUGUAUAAAAAAAGUCCUGAGAAGGAUGGAUGAAAAAAUACACUUCACUCGGCACUAUUGAAAGAAACUCAAAGACAUGAUGCAUCUUAUUAUAUUCACAAUCCUUUGACUGGAUCUGUAAGAUGUGCCUGACCUUUGGACUGCUUGUUGUUUUGUUUUUUCUCAGUUGACUCCAUUAAUCAACGUACCUCACGGUGUUCAAGGGCAGCCUCACUGCUCUGCUUUGUAAUGGAUGGCCCUUCAGAUCGGCCUAUGUGGCUCUUAACCCUGCACUCACUGCCAGGAGAGGCCGAGUCAGUCCAAGGUCACUGCGUACAUAAUGGGAUUUAUUCAAACUGAACAAGAUGUACAACCAGCAUCAGUGUCUCUAAACAGAAAAUAAAAAGGACCAAAUUAAAGGUGCAUUUUGGGAUGUUUGACCACUAGAGGGCAGGGCGCUAAGUUUCCAGGAAACAGGCCUGAUUGAGUAUUAGCUUGGUCAUGACUGAUGACAAACUUGUCAACAGAAGAAUCCUGCAGAGGUCUUGUUGCAACAUGGUGCAUGUUUAUCGCUGCACAGCCUUUUCUAAUUAUACCUCUGUCUCUUCUUUCUUUGUGCUCAUCUCUUUCCUCACCAACAAUUUAUUGCAUCUCUCGACCACCAUCUGGCCAUUUUCUUUCUAUCCUCUAUCCUCUGUGCUCGCAGUGAUCCAGGACGUGGAUAAUGCCAGCCUGGAGGGACAGUACCAAAGCUUUGCUAGUCUAAUGGAGCAGCGGCUGGCAGAGCUUUUUGUGUUGGCGGGGCAGCAGGGCACUCGUUUUAGACGAGCUACUGCUGUAGACAGCUACACUGUCCAGGUAAGUACAGGAGAGGACCUGGUCUGAACUGUUUCAGUAAGAGCUAACAGUCAACAAGGCACAGGGUUAGAGGGUGGAAAGUCUUGUGUUUUAGGUUUCUGUUGGGAUGUUUUGUUUGGGACCUAGAAGAAAGAAGUUAGCCUUUUUGUUCCAGCAUGAGUAUGUCAUGGGAUGCACACUUUGUUACACACUCCUGCACACCCUUGUAUGUUACCUGGUGGUCAGCUUUUGGUAAUAAAGGAGCUUCUCAGCUCAUCAUCUGCUAUUUGCUCUUCCAAACAAGCCAGAGGUGUAAGGUUUUAUAAAACAAGUACUCUCUUCUACCAACUUAGUUUUUCUCCACACCUACAUGCAUGCCUUUUUUCAGAGCUGAAGUUCUCCAUUAUCAGCAGAUACUGGGUGUGCUAUAGUUAGAAUAAACAUGUGUCAUCACUCUUCUUUCCCUGUCAGAUGGUGAGCAUCCGCAGGGUGUCAGGAAUAAAGAAUCCAGCAGAGAUGACCUACUACGUCCAGCACAAUGGCAUUCCUUUAUCCGGUACAUCAGCUGCCAAGGUUCUGAACACAGUGGACUCUCAGACCAUGGCGCUUACCCUUGGCUACUUUGUCCAGCUGCAGGCAGAACGUGAGCACAGCAUCCUUCUAGCAUUUGACAAGCAGCCAAACAGACAGAAACACAGACAGACAUGCAACCUAAAACACAUGACUCAUGCUGAGUAUAGAUAGAAAAGCUGCAGUGAGGGGAGUAGAGAAAGCUUUUUGCUCUCUAAUGUCUCUGCAAGGCUCCUGGCAGGACAGUGUUUGUUUGGGCUGUACUCCACUGCUAAGAGAAGAUAAAAGCAAAGAGAAGGAUGGUUGGUACAGAGAGGAGCUGCAGGGUGUUAUACAGGGGGGUUAUGAGGGUGUUAUGAAGGGUGUUAUAAAAGGUGUUUAUAAAGGGUAUUAAGAAUGGUGUUAUAAAAACUGUUAGAAAGGUUUGGAUUAGCGGUGUUAUAAAGGUGUUAUAGAGGUUGUUCUUAAGGGUGUUAUGAAGGUCGUGGUAAAGGAUGUAAUUAGGUGUGUAAAAAGGGUGCUUUAAUGUAUGUGUGUAAAGGAAGGCUUUUAUUAAGGAUGUUAUAAAGUGUGUUAUGAAGCGUUUUGAAAAAAAGCAUGAUGUUUAAAAGGUUUUAUAAAUAUUGUGACAAAGAAUGUUAUGAAGGCUGUAAUGAAGAAUGGUGUUCUAAGAAGUGUUAUGAAGGAUUUUAUGAAUGUUGCCAUGAUUGGUGUUAUAAAAGGUGUUAUGAGAGGUUUUAUAAAAGCUGUAAGGAAGGGUGUUAUGAAGGACAUCAUAAGGGUUGUCAUGUACAGUGAUAUAAAGGGUGUUAGAAGAGAUGUUAUGGAGGGAUUUAUGAAGGUUUUGUGAGUGGUGUUAUAAGGUUGUUAUGAAGAGUGUUAUAAAGGGUCUAAUGAAGGUUAUAUGAGGUGUUAAGAGGGAUGUUAUAGAAGGUGUUAUGAAUGGUGACGUUAAGGUUAUCAUAAAGAGUGUUAAGACAGUUGUUAUGAAGGGUGCUAUGAAAACUGUAAACAAGGUUACUGUAAGGGGGCGGGGUUUAAAAAGUUACCAUGAAGAAUGUGUUUAAGGACUAUUAUGAAGAGUGUUAAGAAGGGUAUUACAAAGAGUGUUAUGAAGGUUGUUAGGAAGUGUGUUAAAAGGGUGUUGUAUAAGGCAUUAGGUUGUUAUGAAGGGAUUUACUAAGGGUAUUAUGAAUAAUAACACAAUACAAUACUGACGUGUGACAUGGUUGAAGUCUCCUGGUAUUAUUACAACCAGAUGUUGAGUCAGUAUCCUGGCAACAGCAUCAAUGUUGUGAAUACAUGUAUGCAACUAUUGUUACGAUAUGACUGAACUCUCCUGGAACAUAAUAUGGCUGAAGAACAACUGCCAACAGCUCAAUAUGUAUCUGGCCAUCGCAACUUCUCCUUUAAAGUUACGUAUGUGUAAAGAGUUACACCAUCUCUGGUUGACAAAUAAAGCCAGAUUUCCUCCUUUCUUCUUGCCGCUAGCUUUAGCAUCUCUGUUUGACCUUAUGAGAGUGAGGCCAGGUCGAUCCACACUGGAGUCCCAGUUGUUUUAAUUCAACCAGGUUUUAGUAAAACACAGGAGACUGCACUCACGGUAUGCUUCCUCAGUCUUCACCAAUAUUUCCAGUUCGUCGCUUUUGUUGGGCAGAGAGUUGACAUUUCCCAUGAUGACUGAUGGAAGAAAGGGUUAAUAUCUCCACCUCCAAGCAUUCAACCUUGCCUUCACCUUUGCACCAGUAUGGCAACCAUGAAAACACCUCCAGGUGUCCGCUGGAAUUGGAUGUUGUCGUCCAGAUCUGCUCUGUCUCAAUGAAAGAAGCACUUCUCUUGAGUUAACUCUUUUCCCAGCAGAAAUAUCCACCAGCAGCCGUCAAAACACAACAAAAAUCUGAAAAAACUAGAGCAAAAAUUGGGAUAGACCAGACUUGCUGCUCCUCGGUUGAGUGCAGGUUGUGGAAUGAUAUAAAGGGUGUUAUGAAGUGUGUUGUGGAGAGUUUGAUGUAGGGCAAUAUGCAGGGUGUGGUAAAGGUUGAUAUAAAGGCUGUCAAAACGGAUGUUAUGAAAAGAGUUGCGAAGAGUGUUAUGAAGAGUUCUAUGAAUGGUAUUAAGUGGGAUGAGUCUUUUGGAUCACAUGUAAUGGAGUGUUGAUGCUAAAAAAACUCUUUCCCUUUUUUUCCAGCUGUGGUGAAAAAUCCUCCCAAUAACCUUUGGAUACUUGCUGCAGUGUUGGCCCCCAUCGCAGUGGUAACACUCAUUAUCAUCAUCAUCACUGCUGUGCUGUGCAGGAAGAAUAAAAAUGACUUUAAAGCUGAUGCCAUCGGCAACCUCAAUCCCCGAGCUAAGGUAUCUGCCUCUCGUUUUGCACGUGUUUCUCUCUGUGUAAAAGCAAAACUGCAGCUGGAACCGUUUUUAGACACAGACAGGACACAUUUUUAAAAAAAUCUGAAUUUAUCAAAGUCAAUUUUGCAGGAGUGUUUAAUUUCUGCACUGUCAUCAUUAUGUAAGUCCUGUCAAAACAUGUUGACAUCAUGCUGAGUAAGCUUAUUACUGAUAAGUGAAAUUUAGUAUUUUCCAAAAAGCAUAGUUUUUGAAAUAUAAUUUUUAUGCCAUCAUAUCCAUGCUGGGACCUGCAGUCAUGCGUUGCAGGUCAACCAGCAAUGAUCAGUGUGUCAGAGCUUGAGAAGAGAGGAAUCAGUAAGAGAGGGUUUAGAUUUUAGAAGCAAGGAUUUGUUAGAAAAAAACUAAGACACAUCCCAGAAAGUGUUAUUUUACUUUUUCACAUGAAAUGUGUGGAGAAGAGAGCAGAGGAAAACAUGCAGCUAAGUGUUGAAGGCAGCAGCGAGUCAGACCUGUGACAGCUGCAAUGAGGACUAUGGGGAGCAACCUUGAAGGGAACCAAACCAGCCCCCAGCAGAAUACAGGUUUUGAUGCUUGAGAAAAUUCAGAGUUCAUAGGAAAGACCACAAAAUACAAGGAUAUAGUAAGGAGAAACAUGGAUUAACCAUUAGUAUAGCCAUAUGUUCAAUUUUCCUCUUUUUGAGAAUGUGAAAGGUCAAAGAGAGGAGUUAUCGUAUGCACGGGUAAACAGUAUUUGUGAUUUUCUCCCUGCUGAAAAUGGGAGAUAAAACUUCCACGCUGCAGAUUUAAUGAAUAACUUUGAAAAUAAUCUGUAGAUUAAUCAGUAAAGAAAACAAUCAUUAUUUGCAGGCCUGGGAUUAUUUUUUUCUGUCACAGGUUGCUGUGCUUAAAUGUGUUUCAGGGAGUAAUGCACGUUUUUUCGUGUUUGUACACAGACUACAAAAAGUUUCAUGUCCUGUAUUCUGUAUGUGGCAUCUAAAUAUCCCGUAUUGAUAUAUUUGAAGAAACCCAGCCAGGAUCUUUAACCUAAAAACACACAUGCCUGAAAACUCUCUCUUUCUUCCUCUCUGUUUUCAGAUGGCGUACCGCAGAGAUGUGGGCUAUUAUCACCAGGUAUCUGCCUCUUUGUAUUUCCUCUCAUUACCAAUCCAUGUUUUCAUCUUCAGGGCUCAACUGUGCUGGCAGAGGGAUUUGAAUGGAUUCAGAGCAUACGUCACCUGUAAUACAUUUCUGUAAAUCCUGCUGUGCUGAUGAAAACUAAGAAUACAACAGCACUUUAGCUGAACAAACCUUUUACAAUAAGGUUUUCGAGGAUGAAAAGCCGGUGUUUCUUGUUCUUCUUACAGAUGACAGCCGAUGGCAAAUUUGAAAGAGUGAGCUUUACAAAGAACAGCUAUUAUGGAAAUGAGCUUUUGGAGCAGAAUGAGCGUGUAUUCGCACUUUAUUUUGUGAAAACUGUUUCAAUUAUAGUUGCAUCGGAGAUGUCACAGUGUUUUAAUCCAAGUUAUGUCUCUACUUAAAUGUCUGAUUUUCCCUGAGCACAGUGGGUUUCUCUCUCUUUCUCCCUCUUUUUUAAAAAAAAUCAGUGUAAAUGAAAAUGCAGAGUGAAAAACGCGACAUAUCCCGCUGCUUUAUUUAUGGAAUUUCAUAAAGAAAGAGAAAGUAAUAAAAUCUUUGUUUAAUAUUAAACUGUGAGAGCCACUGCGCUGCAGCUCUCAGAGUAGUUCUCAUUGUGUAACAUCCUGCAGGUCUCAUCAUGUAAAAAACUUAACAACCUUAAUUCCGUCAGAUAUGAAUUAGUUUUAGGUUGCUCCAACAAACGUUCACAUUCUUGGCAGGAUAUUAAGCCAGCUCUUUCCACUAAGUCAUAUUUAAGAAAUGGGGGGAAUACGAAAUAGUCAAAAAUCUUAGUAAUUUAAGAGGCUGUUGUGCUUUCCUCUCAAUAUGAAUAUCUCGGUCUGCAAACCAAACCUUUUCAACUUGUUACAUUUGUACUUUAAGUUUGUAAGAAAAGUGGAUCCAGAGGGAAAUCUUUACUUUCUAUGUUCUUGUGGGUGUGUGUGCUACAGAAAUAGAGGAUGCAUGUUUCUCACUCAGGGGAGUAUCACAUAUUGAUUUUGCACCAUGGCUCGGCUGCACUGAGGCAAUGAUGUGUGUCUGACGAUUUAUGACACUGCCAUGGGAGUGGUCUUUAAUAUUUCAGUGUGGGCUUGAACUCCUUUAGUCCUUCUCUCUAAACAUGUGGACAUCAUGAAUCCCCCUCCCUUUAGUCCUCUGAUCCGUGGGGAAGCUUAACUUUACUUCUAUAUUUCUGUAAAAGUCUCCAGAUCUCAUCUUGUCACCGCCUACUGUGAGUUAUCUCUUUGACAAGAAUUUGGAAGCAGAUAAGAAAGGGCCUCAGUUAAAUCAGUGCUUAUCUAUUUCAAGGCACCACAGCCCAGUAAUCCUACUCCUGUUCCUUAAAUCCUCUGGACAUCUCUUAAAAGGACACACUUCUGAGCUAUUUAGAUCUGUCUGUUUAAGUAGCACUUUUAAUGUAUGGCCAGUGCAUAUCUCCUUGUUCCUCCUGUGGAUCACUCUAUACAACGAAAGGUAUUUAAAGGGAAUUAUCCUAACCUAUGAUGUUUCUUUUUUGUCCUGCUUCAUUUUCCAAUUCUGUCCAUCAGCCAGUUCAGGGCUUUGACUAUGCCAAGCAGCACCUGGGCCAACAGGGAGGGGAUGAGGAGACCCUGCCCGCCAGCCAGGAUACCUUAGUGAUGUCUCUACAAAUUCGGGACACACCGCUCUCUCUAGAAAAAGCCCUACAGCAAGACGGAACAGCCAGCAAGAAGAGCCUCACCUCUGAUAAACACAAAAGGUAUCAAAUGCCUGAAUCCAUAACAUCACAAAAUGUGAAAAACAACUCAAAAAAAAAAUCUGAAUCACUGUCACCAUGUUGAAGGUGGUUAAAUUAAAGAAAAAUCAGAACUUGACCAGUCUGAUCCAAAUUAUAUUGUCCUUAAUGCUAAAGUUCACCCAGACUGCCUAGAUAAAGCCACAUCCUUUUGAUAUUCAGCAGCAACCACUAAGGAUUUGAUUUAUUUAUAUUUGCAAGUAGGAUUAAACCCUGCAUCAUUUUAAUUCACAAAAUCAUAAUGACAGUAUCAAUUAAAAGUCUGUUUACAAAACAGUUUUAAAAACAUAUUCAUUAGGGACUUUGUAAUGAACUUAACAAGGACAAAUAAACUAUAAAAGCACAAGGAGAUGAGAUUUAGACAGAAGAAUUUGUGGACAUAUUGUAUUUUAUAUGUGUAUGGAAUAAAUAACACAUAUUACUCAAAUAACUCAGGAUGAAGCGCCUCUCAUAAGAUAGUGUAAAACUAAAACUGUUUUUUUAGGGACAUGUCAUGUUUUAGCUCCGUUUGAAAGGCUCAUAUAUUUAUGUAAAUUAAAAUUUAAUUAUAUCUCAAAGCCAACAUGAACUACCCCAAUGUGGCCCUCAUAUUAUUUUAAACUUUGAAAAAUGUAACUGGUGUAAUUUGCUUACAUUUGUUUUGCUGGAGGGCUGCAUAUAGGGCCUGUAUCCACUAAUGACAGCGUCUAAUUUUUAUUUAAAAGUAAACAAACCUUAAAGCAAUGCAUCUAAACUUUUCCAUCUAGAGCACAAAAGCAACCUAAAGAUCAACAGUCUUCUGUUGCCUUGAUACAACAUUUUCAGUUAAAAGUCUCACUGUUGCAUCACUACUGCUAAUAUAUACUACUAAUUUAUGAUCGGUCAAAAUGAAGAAGGAGCAAGACUUCUGAUAUUAACCUUAAAAAAGCAGUGGUUCACCUGGCGGAGAAACAAACCAUGCUUGAUUUUCAUCAAUUUAAACUUAAUAUGAAGGAAACAGAGCAUUUUAAAAUGACCUCUAGGACACUACCGAAGAAAUGUGCCAAACGAUCAUUUCCAUAACCUAGUGAGAGCAAAUGCCAGUAAAAAGCCCGCUGACACUCAGGUUGUGGGUGCUGCAUGGGGGAACAAUGUUUGCAGUGGACACAGGUCCUUAAACUGCUUAGUAACCAUAGGAUUUACAAUAUCAGUUAUCUGUCCUCUUUCUCCCUGGUUACUCUUUUUUUCACCUCAAAGUUUAUGAGACUCAGCCAAAAGUAACAAUUAAAAGACAUGGCUGUAUUUGUCUUGGUUAGUAUGUGAGAAAACAAAAAAAACAUGCCUCCAUCUUAACCAGAUCAAAAUCAGCUGAAACAUUUCAACCUAUUCAGAAAUACUCAACAAUCUUACCUUAGCUAAGGCUCAACAUAAGGGUGGAGUGCUUUUACAUCCCUGCUGUGUCAUGAAGCUCCUGAAUCAUAAAAAGAAAGACAGGAGGAUAAAACACACAGAUCCCUCCGGCCCCAUUUCCUCCCUUAUUUUACCCAGAUGCUGAAUAAUAUAGACAGUCAUUAACAAAGAUCUCUGUAUAGCCAGGUGAAAUUGACCAUUUUCCUCAUCUGACAGUCACUGCCACCCACUUGGAAAUUAAUUGCUAUGUUAAAUCAUCCUUAAUGAUCUAAUAGAAGAAUGCAAAAGGGCAAAAUUUUUCAAAGCUGUGCAGCAAAAUGAGAUGAGAUAAAAAUUUAUGGGAUGGAGGAGGAAAUCUAUAGACUGAAGGUCCUGCGGUGAUGGCUGUGGUGACUCCUGAGACAGCAGAAGUUUUGCAUUUCUCUAUCAGUGACCUAUGUUAAAAAUGUAUAACAUCUGAAGGAGUUACAUGAAAUAUGUGCAAAGAGGAGGUUUGACUUUUAGCAUUUGAUUUCAUUGGAUAGAAGAUGGAAGGAAUUUGGUAUUUGAAGAAAAAUCGUAACAUUUUCCACUCUUAUCUACUCUGAGGGAAAAGCAGGUUUACAUUUAGACCAGGAUAUCAGAAAAGCACAUGGUCCUGUGGUUUUGCUUUUUUGCCACAUUGCAAGAUGUGCUACAGUAUGGAGCCAGAUCAGGCUCAAAAGUAUUGAAAAAGUAGUGUAAGUGAAAAAAUAAAAAGUGAAGUGAAAAAAUAAGAUUUGAACCUGAAAAAAAUAAAAUGGUACCUGAAAGUCUUGAAUUUCAAAAUUGAACUUUGAAAAAUCCCAGAAUGCAUGAAAAAAAUCUGUUCAAAUGUAACUUUGAUUCUGUUUUUUAAUACUUUUGAAUAAAUUACUUAUUUCUAUUUUUCACUUCAAUGUAUAUUUCGAUCUUUGAGUACUUUUUUUUUUCGAUUGAAUUUUAUUUAUUUAUUUCAGAUUCAGAUCUUAUUUUUACGGAUUCAAAACUUUUUUUUCGGUUUCAGAUUUUUUUUUUUCAGAUUCAGAUCUUCUUUUUUUAGAUUCAACUUGAAAAGUUUCAGGUUGACUUUUGAGCCUGUUUUUCCGUGGGGGCGGGCCUCGACUGAGAGGGGCGCGGUCUGCCAUGAGUGACAGGCCUCCCCCUCCUUCCCCACCCCAUCACCCUGCGUUCAGGAAGUGGCAUGAAUACACAUUAGUUUAGCCUACAAUUAGGCUGUAUUGGCUGAAUGAGAUCGUGUUGGUUCGUUCCACUUUAGUGGUGCAAUAUAAACUGUGAUUCAUUAAAAAGCUCUAUUGAUAGUAAGUACUAAAAAAAAUAUACCUACUCAUAACAUCCUGUCGAUUUUUAGUAAUCAGUGUUUCGGUGUCGAACUAUUUCCCCUCUGCGGCGUUCUCGACUUUACAAGGACACGUCGGGAAACUUACAGAACUAGUAUUAGAAAGUGGCUUUCUCUACAGGGUGAGACAAAGGACCUUGCAGAAACUUUGCGUUGAUAUCGACUUUGACAAUGUUCCUGAUGACACUGGGUUUCACAUAACAUGCUACAAGCGAUUUAUUUGCAAAAGGGGUUUGAGAAACAAGAACGUGAUGCAGCCGCGGGUCAGUCAAACCCUUAACGCAGCAUCGCCGAUGCAUCCACGUCCACGGCAUCUGAAACUCCGCGAAAGAAACUUCGCUCGAGGUUUUAGGCUGUAUUGGGACAAAGGAAAAAGUGCCUAGAAAGUGAAUUUCGUUCAAAUACGCUGGUGCUACUUGUUCAAUGCAUUUUUGCAUAGACAAUACCAUUCAUCCAUACCAUCCGCGACUGCAUCACGUUAUUGUUUCUCAAACCCCUUUUGCAAAUAAAUCGCUUGUAGCAUGUUAUGUGCAACCCAGUGUCAUCAGGAACAUUGUCAAAGUCGAUAUCAACGCAAAGUUUAUAAGUUUCUGCAAGGUUCUUUGUCUCACCCUGUAGAGAAAGCCACUUUCUAAUACUAGUUCUGUAAGUUUCCCGACGUGUCCUUGUAAAGUCGAGAACGUCUUUACUCUGGACAGAUGAUAGAUGCAUAUAACAUCGUUUCGCUCCUUUUUAUGCACUUUUGAAGGCUGUUUUCUUUUGUGCCUUUUCUUUUCUUCCUCUUCGCUUGUCUCGCUGCGAGAUGCGGUCGUCGCCAUGUUUGUGUAUUUCUGAUACUAUGGCAACGAGACUCGGCUCCUAUUGGUCCACGUGACAAAAAUCGCUUCACCCCUGCAUAUUUGAUUGCGCGUGUGCAAGUAUUACUACGCCGCAGAGGGGAAAUAGUUCGACACCGAAACACUGAUUACUAAAAAUCGACAGGAUGACAUGAGUAGAUAUAUUUUUUUAGUACUUACUAUCAAUAGAGCUUUUUAAUGAAUCACAGUUUGUAUUGCACCACUAAAGUGGAACGAACCAACACGAUCUCAUUCAGCCAAUACAGCCUAAUUGUAGGCUAAGCUAAUGUGUAUUCAUGCCACUUGGGGAAGGAGGGGGAGGCCUGUCACUCAUGGCAGACCGCGCCCCUCUCAGUCGAGGCCCGCCCCCACGGAAAAACAGGCUCAAAAGUCAACCUGAAACUUUUCAAGUUGAAUCUGAAAAAAGAUCUGAAUCUGAAAAAAAAAAAAUCUGAAACCGAAAAAAAAGUUUUGAAUCCGUAAAAAUAAGAUCUGAAUCUGAAAUAAAUAAAUAAAAUUCAAUCGAAAAAAAAAAAGUACUCAAAGAUCGAAAUAUACAUUGAAGUGAAAAAUAGAAAUAAGUAAUUUAUUCAAAAGUAUUAAAAAACAGAAUCAAAGUUACAUUUGAACAGAUUUUUUUCAUGCAUUCUGGGAUUUUUCAAAGUUCAAUUUCGAAAUUCAAGACUUUCAGGUACCAUUUUAUUUUUUUCAGGUUCAAAUCUUAUUUUUUCACUUCACUUUUUAUUUUUUCACUUACACUACUUUUUCAAUACUUUUGAGCCUGAUCUGGCUCCAUACUACAGCUAGCAGAAGAGAAACCAUGCUGCAAGUGGAGCACAGUUUUAGCGCUUUCUGGUUGCACUGACAGGCUGUGAAUACUGUCUCAAAUUUUUGUUUUUUUCCAAAAUGCUUGUUAAAUCCUGCCAGACAAACACAAACUUGUUGUCUUUUGCUGUCGGGCUACAUUUUCACAAGUUAAUAGUUCAAGACAGUGUUGCAUGUAUGCGUGCUGGAUACAAACAAAUCUACAAACACGCACACAGGCACGCUGAAGACAAUUACCUCUAAUUGGCGUCUUCCUCUCUUAAGUCAUCCCCUCAUUUGUGCCAAGGUCACACAACUGCUUGCCUUGCAGGACCAAAUAAACAGUCCUUUGAAGCAGCUAAUACAAAUGUAUUUUUUACACCUCAUGUAAUUAUUACACAAAACACGUCUUUGCGGAGCCUGUGAUGGUUGCAUGGAGGAAGCUCUCUGCAGCUCUGCCUCGAUGAGAGCAGGGAGGGCAGCCACUGUUCUUCUGCCUCUCUCUCUCUCUGCUGUUAUCAUUUUUACCAGACAAUUAGGGGAUAGACCACGGAGCUUUGAUGUCACUGUCAGCCUCGUGGUCCUCUGUGCCGACACUUGAUCAGCUCUAAUUCCAACCAUGUAGCGGCAUUCAAAGCUUGUGAAACUAGAGUUGGAACGAACAUUUGUUUGUGUAAGAAACCAGUUCUUUGCUUUAGUCUGGUCAUAGAUGCGUGUUAGAUUUGAACCAUACAUGAGGCAUUAUGAAAAAUAAAUCCAUGAUACAAAAGUGGAAGAGCCACACAAAUAUGUGCACAUUAACUGAUAAAAUAAUGGGGAUAAAUGUACCGAACAAAAAUGCAUUUAAAUGCAGACAAGCAUUUGAAGCAUUUUUCCAGGAUAAUGAGCGAUUUUAAAAGCAUUUUCUUUAUUUUUCUUGAUUAUUAAGACCCAGAGGACUAAUUAGUGUUAUUUUACUGAUACCCCUCAAAGCAGCAGUAUGCAGUGUUGGUUUUAACACUGAGAAUGCAUUUUUCAUCAUGCAAGUUAUAGUAUAAUAAUGAUACAUUAUGUUUACUCAAGAGGGAAGGGGAAGGUGGGGUUGUUAAAGAGAGGGAUGACAUAACCUGGCUACGAGCCCAGCUUCCGGAGAGCUCACCGCCUUUCCUGUUGCUAUGGUUACUUGCAGCAAGUUGCCGAGCGAGGAUGGUUCCGUCAUCAGCAACGAAUCAGAGAAGCUGAAUUCCGACAGGGCCUUGACGGUGCUGAAAGUCACAGCGCAGCAGAAACUGACAAAGGAGGAGACGCGCAAGAGGGACGGUGAGAGUCACAUUCUGAAACAUAAUACGAAUCAUUUUCUCUGCAGCUUCUGUGCAGACAAGGUCAGGCAUGUCACAAAUGCCAGAAAUCGGUCCCCUCCGUAUCCCCCUGUGAGAAAGACACCUCAUGCACACAGGUACCGUGAAGGAAACACUCUACCACUGCAGCUUUUUUUUUUUUUUUUUACAGCCAUAAAAGUAGCCACUCAGCAGAAAGCACAGAUUGACCGGAUGAAUAUGCAUGAGGCAGACACUCUGCUGACAUGAUACAGUAUGUCAGAGCAGAGGAUGCUGUGACACACUGGCAAGAACAGGUACACACAUAUUAUUCUAUGUAAAUAAUGAACUCAUAAAGUCUCACUUUUGGCUGCAGAAUGAGUGAAAUAAGAGCCGUUUAGACGUUGAACUAUCCCCUGUUCUAUUCUUGUUCUCUGAAGCUAAAUGUUCACAUGUGGAUGUUGAGAGCUAAAUAAAUCUAAUUCAGACUCUCCGCCUGCAAAUUGCAUGGGGUUCUCUAGAUUAUGAUUUUCUUAAUGGCUGGAUUUGAAUAAUUCAGCAGCUGAGUUAAGGGAAACUAGAACUGAAUCAAGUUUGUCUGAUGUCUCAUAAGGAAUGAAAGUGCAGAGUCAGUUUCUUUCAUCUAUCACAAAGAUGCAUAGGCACAAGCUUUGAAGCCAACUCUAUCUUUAUGAUCUAUUGUCUCCGUCCACCACUUCAUUUGCUGACACAAGCGACUGAUGUUUGACAUCACUGCACAGCCACAGAGAGACGGGGUGAUGAGACGGAGAGACACCGAGGGAGAGUGACUGACAGUGUAAUGAUUAGAGGUGUUUGUAGUCUCUUUGUGAGUGAACUCCCUCUCUGUUCUUCAGAUCCAUAUGACACCUCCUCUGGCUCCCUGCAGCUCAUCUCCAUAAAGCCUAUGGCGGCUCAGCCCAACUACUCACACCCUGCGACGUCUGACCGCAGCCACGAGUCGGCCGUCGUCAACGGAGAGGUGACGCACAUGCAUGCAUUUGUUAACGGCACAUAUAAAUCUCUCUCCCUGUCAGUUUGCAGGGUUUAAGUGCUCCCCUAGCACAACUACUAAGACUACUCCUGCUUUAUAUAAAUUUCUCUAUAUCUUAUUCCUGGUACUGCACAUGAAUGAUAUUUCAGGUAUAGUUGAUGGUGGACAAAGCUGAAGAGUCUUGCCUCAACUUGGGGAGUCCCCUCACCACAACAAUCUUCUUAAAAUAUAUUAUUCUGCUUAUGACAUGGCUUUUUACCUAAUAUAUCAAGAGUUACACACCAAAUAAUGAUUUUAGAUGAUACUUUGGGAACACUUGAUUUGACGCCUAUCUCUAUAAUGCAUUAUAAAUAUAUGUAUAAUGCGUUAUAAUCAUGUUAUAAUACUGUAUAACUGUAGUUAUAAACAUUCAUAAAUGAUCAUAAUGCUUUAUGGCAAUAAUCAUAACACAUUAUAAAGCAUUUUAUCAUGACUUACAAGGUCAGGUAUUAUAAUGUGUUAUAACUGUUAAUAACAGUUGCAUUGCAUUAUCUAUGUGGGUAUUGUCAGUGAGUUGUUAACAGUUAUAACACAUUAUAAUACUUGACCUUGUAAGUCAUGAUCAAAUGCUUUAUAAUGUGUUAUAGUUAUUGUUAUAAAGCAUUAUGAUCAUCUGAGUGUUUAUAACUAUAGUUAUACAGUGUUAUAACAUGAUUAUAACGCAUUAUUGUGUAUUUAUAAUGCGUUAUAGAGAUAGGCGUCAAGUCGAGUGUUACCAUAUUUCAAUUAAAAAAUAGUCCAUGGUAAAAGUGAACUCUGUAGUUCGCAUUUUGAUGUUACUGACUCAGCUGUCAGUACUCACAUCAAACUAAGUACCACAUGGAUCACCACUGCACCUGAUCAAGUUUAUCUACCUCCUCAUAGUCAGUGACUGUGACAUUUUGAUUUUCAUCCAUCAAUCCUUAAACUCUGUGGUUUCCUGAGAUUUUUUAUAUGUUACGUCCAAGUGCUAUCAUUACUUUUGUAGAAGUCUCCACUGUAGCCUCCAGUGUUUGAGUUUUAAAUUACCUUACCCUUACCCUUUCUCUGCCUUUUGUCUUGGGUUUUCAAUCACAAACAAAUAGUGGUAUGCCUUUCAUAACAGCAGUCCACUAUCAGAAAAUAACAUGUUGCUAUGUAUUAACAGGUGUAAAUACAUGUACAUGUUGUUUUGGUCUUGUUACUGGUUUAUAUCAGAAGAUGGACAAUUUGUUGCAUAUUUCUAUUUACCAGGAAGAGUUUUACAAAAAUAAUUGAAAAGCAAAACAUGUUUGUUUUUGUUUGCUUGUGUUUUUGUCACAGCUGUCAAUUUAAAAUCUAAUUAAACCAAAACCCCAACUGCAGUCCUGAUGAGCUGAAUCUUUAAUAAAUGAUAAGCCCACGUUUCAACCUGAAUAUUUGAUGUAACAGAGGAAGACUUAAAGAGAUGUUCUCCUCUGAUGCCAAUUAAUUGAAGUAAUAUCUCUAUCUUUAAUGGGAGAAAAUUCUCAGUAUUUUUAAAUGAGACCUCAGAGUUUUGACCUCUGAUGGCAGCAGUUGGUUUAGUAGCCUUGGUAGAGUGUAGCUGUAAUGAGCAUUUUCUUACAUUAUUUUAAUUUGAUUAAUCUCCUCUGUUUUACUAUUUUUAACUGUUUUAUGAAUAGUUUUAUUCCCCCCAAAAGUUUGGUGAUGCAGUCUCUACAGUAAGUUAUAGUUUAAAACAGUUGGUUCAGUAAAGUGACCCAACACACCUUACCUUUUUUUAAAAUCUUGUAUUUCCUUCUCUUUCAUUUCCUUUUUAGUUAACAUGUUACAGACUGAACAAAAAUAAAAUGAACCUUUCCAGAGUCUUUAUAAUCUUUACUGAACAACAGUAUCAUUUUCAGAGCCUUUUUAUUACCAUGACCACCCCUGGUCUCUCACCUUCAUGUUCAUAGAAGCAGAAUUAUGAAUCAUAGAGCAGGAACAACCAUUUACCUGCUUUUAAUCUGAUCUCCAUGUGUGUCUUUGCUUUCUACACUCUCUUUCCUCUGCAGGUGAACUUGGCUCUGAAGCAGAAGUCAGACAUUGAGCACUACAGAAACAAGCUGAGGCUAAAGGCUAAGAGGAAAGGCUACUACGAUUUCCCCUCCACUGACGGCAGCAGCAGUGGCAGAGCCCUGGCCCAGAGACAGCGGCACAGCCAUGAGAGGGUAGCCGGUGAGCAUGGCAGACCUCUGGAGCCCGAUGAUGAGCGAGGCUCCACUUUUGUCAAAUCUCACAGGAGGUAAGGGAAGAGGGGAAACAACAAGUGGAAACAGGGUUUUAAGACAAAAUCAAUGCUUCCUUAAGGGGCUGUGAGGAUAUACUCGGAGCUGAUACAAAGUUCUGCAGAGGGCAGGCCAUUUCAUAUUGGUAGAUGGAGCUUCUUUCUCUGGAGGAGGAAAAACGGUUUGAAGGUUGACACCAAAGUAAAAGUGCUGUGAGCCUGAUAGUGGGGUACAGCUGCAUGGUCUGCAAGAGUAGGCCAGUCAUACCAAAACAGAUGACUAAUUGGUUAAUUAACUUAAGGACUGAUUGAAUGAUUAAUGGAUUAGUUGAUUUGACUGAACUGUCUGACAAAGUCUUACACCAGUCUUUUAUUACAGCUGCUCUAUUUGCAACAUAAACAUUUGAGGAAGUUUAAAACACACUAAUGUACCUUAACAAUUGAAGCACUGAACAGGAUUUGAGACCCCUCAAUAUACAUUUGAUCUGGUAUAAAACUGCUCCAAGGGUGCUUGAGUCUAACAUUAAACUGUGUAUCUCAGGUUCAGUUAUUGUCGAUUCUUCUUGUUCAGAGCGUGGUUAGAGUCAGUAACAAUGCUGUAAGCCAGCCUUGACAUGUUUUUGUUGUAGACCUAUUAUCUCUCUGAGUGUCUGACCUCCAAUCUCUUCUUACUACUUUAUUACGUCAGUUGACAUUGUCAGUGCAUAAAGUUUAGUUCUUGUCCUUUUAAAUUAUUCUAAAUCAUUUUUUCCUUAUAAUCAGAAAAAGACAAAAAGGAGAAGAUAAAAAUAACAGAAAAUGCUGAAAUAACUCUUGAGGCUUUAAUAUUUCAUAUGCCAGUCUAGGCCCCCUUUUUUUUUACUGCUGCUCAUUAAAGUAUCACCCAAAUUAUCUCCCCCAGAGUAUUUCUUUUCAGCUUUCCUCGACAUAAAACGUUCACACAAUUGUUUAUUUCAGUUUUGGAUAACAUUUAGUUCAUUCAUGCUCUGUCCUUCAUAUAAAAAGGACCCCUUUUUUCAAGCCAUUUUUCAUUUUGGUUACAUAAGUUACCUUCACUCUUUCUGACCACUUGUUUACCUGCAAAGGUUCGACUUCUUUUCAGCUUCUUUAUUAUUUGCCUUAGAGCUGUUAUUCCAAAAGAAUCCGAAAGAGAUUUAAUCCACUUAUAAGAGCUUUAGGGUGUGUUCCCAAGAGUGUAUUUUGUUUUCCUACGCUGCUUUACUUAAUAUCUGUUCUAUUUCGUUUAAGACAUCUGAAAAAGGUUUGAAGUUAACUGCAUGUAUAGAGCUGACCUUGAAUCUUUGGACAGGUUUUCAUCUGCUGGAGUGAACGUUAAAGUCACAGAAAUAGAAAACAAAGAAAGCAUUUGUCUAUGUGUCCCCCCAAAAGGAUAAGUAAGCAGGGAAAAGAAGUGUGGUCCUCCCAGGACAACAAAUAGGUGGUUGUGUCACCUAAUUAUUUAUAAAAAGAGAUUGUUUUGUCAUUGUUAUUUAUAGAAGCUUACAAGAGUCAACAGUCUUGCAUGUUUUCUUUGUAUUUAUCUAUAUAGAGUAUUAGAGUCACUCCACUCCACCUCCUUGUUUAUGGUAUGCUGGUGCAGCCCAGGCUCUGAGGUGGUUUACUUAACUAAGAUAUCAGAAGUGUUAUUAUCAGAAUACUUUAAAAUGCAUUGAUUCAGUGUUAAUAUAGAUGACAGCAAAGUGAAUUGCACGGCUCAACUCAGCACUGGAGAGCUCCGUCAUGAAAUGUGAUGGCAGAGGAGAGUUUUAUUGACCUUGACAAUCUGGACUCUGAGAAAAUCACACUUUUUCCCAGUAGAUUAAAUACCUCCAUAAACAUUUCUUAAUGAGUCAGUGGUCUCAGUGGCUGGUUUCAAGUCUUUUUCAAUACAUCAUUAAGGUUUAUUGUAAUUUAUGGUCCUCUCUGGUGAAGGAUCAAUGAUAAAGCAGGAAACACUUAAUGAUGGGUCUACUUUUGUGUGGCUGUCUGCAAACAUAGCAGCCCCUAAAUCAUGACAGGGACUGAAGAGUGCAUAUCCAACCUGCUCACAAAUGAAGCAUGUUUAGUUUGUUGGAGUGUCAAAAAGAGAGAACAGACAAACAAGCUGAGAUACAUAAUCAAAUGUUUACAGACAAUGACAAACAAUAAGCAAGAGGAUGUUGAGCAUGAGGAUGUUUAAUUAGCCUAAAAACAGGAUUAUCUGAAAAAAAGGGUUUAUUAAUAAAUGGUUGACUUCCAUCUCUUCUUUACAGUCAAUUAGGCCUGGACGAUUUGGCCAAAAAGAUGAUCACGAUAUACUUUGUCAUAUUGUCCGAUAUCCCGAUUUUUUUAAAACUGCCAGUUUUAAAGCAUCUGUACUUAAAACUAAAAAAUGAAUAGAUAAAUACUAAACAAGACGUUAAAUAACUUUUCUUCUCAACAAUAACAUCUUUGGAGGAUGACUCAAAGUCAUAGCUGACAUCUAUUUUACUGCCCUCAGCUCCAUGCUAGGUUACUCUUUUUACUUGUCCAGCAAAUUACAGAAGUGAGCAGGAAAAGCUCGACUCUGAUUGGCUGCUGUGAUGCACAUUUUCCACCAUCUUUGAUCGAGUAAAUGAGCUCACAGCUGAUCACCGUGAUCGAACUGAAGUUUAUCACGAUCAUUAAUCACAAUCAUAUAAUCGCCCAGUCCUACAGUCAGUACAGUCCAGAAACUACAAGGUGCCAGAUCCCCCCGGCCUGUUUGAUGGUCAUGUCUGGCCCAUGUAUUUAAAACACAAGAACAAUAUAUAUGAACUGUUUCAUUGAAUGGUAUCAAUAUUGUGUCUGUGAAGGCACUGAGAGACACCCACCAGGUCCAUCAAAGUCUAAACCUCCAAAAUAAAAGGAAAGGGUGUUGACUGUUUACUAAAUGCUAAUUCUGAAUCCAAGAUGAUGACAGACUCAGGUCAAAUGGGUAAACAGCCUCUUCCACAUGAGAUAAACAUCAGACUUGAUGCAUUUAGAGCGGAAAGCGACAUUCGGAUUUUGGCUGGUUUGUUGACUUAGUGAAGGGUUGGAUGGACUUGCUAUUUUUAUAUCCCACCAUGAUGAGUAAGAUCAGGUUAGAAGCACCAGUUUUCAGAGUGACAUUAUAAUGAGGUUGAACAGAGACUCCAACCACAUGCUGUUCUGGAUUAUUUUUCAUUCAUACUGAUUGUAAAGAGUUGUUUUGUUUUACCAGAGGCCUUAAAAGCAUGCAUUUGCUGUUUAAGGAUAUCAUCAUGCCUGACAUCAUUACUAUGUAAUCUGCUGAUUCAGUUCAUUAACUCGAUGUCCUAAUGAGAGAUCCAAGCAUACUGUAUGUUUGGUCUGCAUUGAUUUUUAUCAAUGAUUUUCUAUGGUCUCCAUAAGCUCCACUUCACACCCAUCUUUCACUGCACACAUUCUGCAAACAUACACAGAAAGGAGUUCAUUUCAUAACAACUUCCCUCCAGCUAUGAUGUGCACUGAAGCCACUCUUUCUUCUGAUUGGCAGGCACACCCAGGUAGGACAGACGGCCUACCGCAGCAGACAGAGUCUGAGCAGUCCCAGUCCUGGAGGAACAGAGAUGGACCUGCUUGUAAUGAGAGAGAGACCCAGAAGAGGCAUUCGCAACAGCGGAUAUGAUGUGAGUCACAUGUCAUCACAAACUGACCCUGUCUACUAAACAGAUGCCACUUAUGUAAUAUGUACCAUCAGGGGAAAGGAAGCACCUCUUCUAACUCUGGGCUCUCCAGAGCAACACUCUGUUAGUUGAUUUACUGUGAAUAUAAUGCUUAUAUGCUUGUAAACAAAUCAACAUGAGAGGAAAAAAGUCACUUAAUUACUCCACUUUGGUAAAAAUAGGAGAGAUAAUUAUCAAUCUGAGUUGAAUCAGUGCUAAAUCUGUGCUUUAUUGCCCCAUUUAAGACCUUACUCACCCACUGCGCUAAAAAUUAGACACCCUCUCCUUCCCAGGUGCUUUUUCAAGUGUGCCACAGAAAGCUGCGAGAAGAAAAGUGGUUCAUUCAUAAUUAAAAGAAAAGAUUUAUAAGCGCCUGUCAUCUUGAUAUGUGGUGUGUCUCAGGAUGGCUGCUUUAUGCCUCGGCUCUUUCAUUGUUCCAUUAUGGCUCUGUGUACAACUCUUUCUGUCAUGAAGUCAGAAUACUACCAAGUGAGCUCCUGCGAGUAAUGGAGCUCACCAUUCCUAAAAGGUGUUUUUCAUUCAGAGCCGUCCUUUUGUAAAAUAUAUGAGCACUGAUAGAAAUAUUUCACUGAACUGCUGCUGACCUGGCAGCCUCUUUGACCAGCCACAGCUGCAAAAACACAGGUGGUCUGGUCCUUCUGUGCUGGCUCGCUAGGACACACUUAUGGAUAAAAGGGGAAACUGCAGCUUCUACCGUAGACAGUCAAAUACAAUGUGAUUAUUGUUGCAUUUUAGUGCAAGCAUUUUAUUCUAUAUUAGGCUCGAGGGACAACAGAGGGAUGCCAGUCUUUUUUUCUUAAAGGCAGAUCCAACUUUUAUUAUGUCUCUUGGUUUUGGUUGGUUUUAACCAAGGACUGCAUGAAACAUGGACUUAUCAGUUCCCAAAGCCCUCAUAACAUGGCUCAUUGAGUGGGAAACACCAACCUAACCUAAGGUCAACUUUGCAAUUUGGCAGGUAUGGAGUCAAAGCCAAAUCUAGCUGCCUGUCAGACAACUAUUGUGACCUACAUGUCAGUCCCAUCAUCCACAUCCUUAAUUGAACAUAAUUAUGCAGAACUAUAAGGAUAAUGCACCAUGUCCCAAAGCUCAAAUCAUCUCAGACUGGUUUCUUGAUCAUGACUAUAAGUUCGCUGAAUACCAUCAUGGAUGUGGUGACUGCAGUACAAUCCCCAUAGAUCAUAAUCAAAUACAUCAGCAUAUCUUUAACACAGAUGAGUACAGAAAGUUAACCGCUACAUGAUUGACAUGAAUACAAAAAUGGCAUAUAGAGAAUUAUGUUAAUCUUCUUUAAAAAUGGGCUGCAGUGGGUUUUCUCAAGUGGUGUCAAAAAAUGAAACCAAUGCUGAAGUGCAAAAGCUGCAUUUCCUCAAAGUCUCCACUUAGGGCUGGUACCAAAUGCCAGGGAAUCUCCAUUAGGGGAUUAGGUCCUGUGUUAAAAUUCUCCUUUAUACAUUUAAAUUCAACGUUUACAGGAUUUUGUAAUAAUACAUCCAUCAAGAUGUUUUACAGUGUCUACGGGGUUUUUGUGGCUUUAGGACUCAGCCUCCGGUUGUCAAUCUAGGAACUUUGCUAUGCUCUGUUUUUAACAUCAAGAGUUGCCACUUGGUAUUCACAGAGUAAAGCUGACUGCUCAUCUCAGUUUGAUAUAUUACAGAGUAGCAUUUACAAGCUACACGACCCUUUUUCUGAAAUCUUGGCCUGUUGAUUAGGAUGGGACUAGUGAAGCUGCAGGCUGCAUCGCUGCAGAUGCAAAACCAUGUUGCUGGGGGACUGAUUUAUGAGGUGCACUACACUGGGUCUCCUGUGGCUCACUUCAAUUCACACAGGAAGUAGGGCAGCCUCAACUCAUAUUCAUUUAUCACUGAAUAUAAGGACCGGGUAGAUGGAAACAGAGGCUCGGGGAGAGAGCAGAGGGUAUGAAAAGAUGAGGGGACUUGUGGGAAGAAUGAGGAAGAGGAUGGAAAAGAUGGAGUGGGGAAUGUAUUGGAUCCUGUGGAAUUGGUUACACAGAGUAGACAGGUUGAUUACAUAUACUACAUAUGGUGUAGAUUAGAAAAGACAUUGUUUGCGCCAUAAAUAACCCACUACUGACAAAUUGUUAGAAGUAUAGAAAAGUACAGCUUAGCUCUGACUGAAACAAACUGGCUGCUUCUGCUGCUGAACCUUCUGUGACCAAGCAGUAACACUGCUGGUUCAAAGCCUUCCUGCUGACAUGUCUCCAAAACUCGGAGAAACAUUAAACAGUCUCUUCAAACUCAGCCGGCAUCUUGUCAAUAACCCACUGAGAGAAUGACAGGAGACAUUAUUGAACUUGUAACUGUUCGUCUUCCUCAGGGUGCCUCUGUUGAUACCCUGUUUAUUCAAUGAGGAGAGGCUUCAUUUGAAAAGGUUUUAAAUCAGGUGUAAAUCAGAACAUGCCUCCUGGGGUGUCUACAUAUUCAGCCACAUAAGCCCUCAGCACAACUCAAACUUGGGCACUUGACUCACAAUUGUGCCCUAGUUUAACAGAAUGACUUUGUUUAAAUGAAACAAUGAAGGUCUAAUAAGCUUUCAGUCACUAAAUUAAACAUUCAAGAAUCUAUCCACUCCCCCUCCCAAGUCUCAGACCCUGUCUGUCCUGGUAUGUAGGACACAUGCCUUGUGUUUGCAUUCUUGGACACAAACAGAGACUUCCAGGCAGCAUAUGUUUACAUUGCAUCUGUAACUCCAUCACUCAAAAUGCAGAAACAAAUGCACAUCAGCCCAGCAUGGCCAGAUAUUACAGGACAUCUUUGGUCUGCUGAUUUCAAAUGUCAUAAACAUUCUCACUUAUUAAGUGUGAAUACAUUUCUGCAAACACUGCAACCCUAAAACACCCAGACAAUAUUCUCCACACUCACAGUUUACAUUGCUACAUAAUUGUAUUGUCUCUUGGCUUUUUUCAUGUAUACUGAAUCAUUUCAACUCUUGAAAAACCUGAGCAGCCUGGGUACAUGUCUGUCAUUGCUGUUUACUGGAUACAAGUUUGUACCCCUGCCCUCAAAAGACCCCUAAAUUGGUGCCUAUGUGAGCUGUCAGACUGCAACCAAAAUAUUUCAGCUUAAUGCUACUGGUGCUCAUGCAUAAAAACAAAUCAAACUUAAAGCUCCUGUGAGUAACUUUAGGUCUGUGUUAGUCAUGGCGCCCCCUGUUGAGCUGGUAGUACCUCUUAUGUGUUUGCUGAUUUUUGCCUGUAAAUGUGUAAGCAGGGUAAUCUCAUUCUGUUUUGUAAAAAUAUUCAAAUGCAUCACUUAUUAAGGAUCUCUGUGGUGAAAAUGUAAGAAGGGCUAUUUUGGAAGUGUGUAGUUAAUUAUUCCUUAUGAUACCUACCCCCCGGCAGCAUUUUCAGGCUUGAAAAAUAACUAUUGAAAGGAUUAUGCAUGGUAAAGCAGUAGCUAUGGCAAUUAGACUAAUGUCACCUGAAGGGAUUCUGAUUUCCAUAAAUACCUGUUCACCAUGCAUUAUACAAUUUACUACCUGGCUUCUGACUAAAGUCGUAAAUACAUUCACACUAAGUAUGGAUUUAAUGACGUCUUUAUUGAUUUCAGAAUGAAAUACCUUAAAACCUUAAUUAAAGACAUUUAUUUAAUCUUUGGCCGGGAUCCUAACAAUAACCAGGAUUAUAAGCUUGAUGAGUGAAUAAAAGCCUGCUUUUAAUUACUUGCCAGGACAGAUUAAUAAUUUUGAACAUGGAAAACAAUUUACCAGUGAAUUCACAAUGAUCACCCACAUCCAUCCAACCAUCCUAUAAAAUUAGGGUAUAACCACAUCAGACUCUAGCUGUCUAUGGUAGUCCUGGACACAUUAUUGGAACACUGGAAAGCCUGUUUCAGCUCAGUCUGUAUGUGGGAAGUUGAACCAAAGACGGACCCAGACUGAUUUAGCAUUCGUGGUAAAUUACUAUAGCAGUGUCAACAUCAUGUGGAUAAACUUAAAUAUGGAUUUAUUUUUGGGUUAUUCAGAGUAGUAAUUUUUGACCUUGUCACCAACAGUUUAGUGUGAUGAUUCUUAUUAAUCUCAACAGGUGGAAAAAUGUCAUGCUGUUGGAUUGGGGGUUUUUGCAAUAACACUGGUUUAUAGAGAGUGAGGUGUCAUUUGCUCUAAAUGAAGACAUAAUUAACCAUACAAACUGAUGUCAACAGUCACACAGGUAUAUUAAACCCUUUGUCCAUCCAUCCAUCCAUCCAUCCAUCCAUCCAUCCAUCCAUCCAUCCAUCCAUCCAUCCAUCCAUCCAUCCAUCCAUCCAUCCAUCCAUCCAUCCAUCCAUCCAUCCAUCCAUCCAUCCAUUUUCCUGUGCUUAUGCGGGAUCAGGUGGUGGAGCAGCAGUCUCAGCAAGUCAUCCCUCUCUUUCCAGUUCUCCAAGUGGAAUCCCAAGGCGCUCCCGGGCCAGAUGGCCUAUGUGCUUUGUGAAUAAUGCAAUGUCUUUUCGAGUUAGUGAAUCAGACCCUGACUCUGUGUAAAAUAUGAAUUGUAAUAAUUUUCUGGGACUGAGAGAAUUUGAUAUGAAGGCCUGUCUCAAACAAAGGCCUGCUUCAUAGAAAGGCCUGGUACCUAAGGCAGUAAAAACAAAUGAAAGACCUAAAUUUAAAUGUAGUACAGAUAAAACAAAAUAGUCCCUCUGAUAUUACAUCAGGUAGUGCUUCUGUACGACAUUCUAUAAUCCUUCAGUCAUCAAAGUAAACAUAACUAAUCCUCAAGUACAAACAUGAGCACCCUUAAAUUAUUAUUAUGCAACUGACCAUUUCCACUGCAGGUCACGCAAAAAAGGGCCAUCUGUAGGCACAUUUGCAGUCUGUUUAUUUGUUAUUGUUUACAAUUAUAUUGGACAUUUCUGUUGACAGUUAUGUUAAACACCACCAACAGGUCCUCUGCAAGAAAAUCACUGUUGACUUUGGUCGUCUUUAACUUUCGUUCUUCUCAGAGCUUUGCAGUUGGCAUGCCAUUAAAGAUAAAUGAGGCAAAUUAAAAACCCUCAACCCUGUCGUAUAAUCAAUAUCCCCUUUUCUCUGCGUAGAUAUAUCCUCAUCAGCUCUUCUGUCCUUACCUGGAUUGUAGGAUCUGUUGUUAAAACAUCUUGAUUGUUUAGCCUUCCAAUCAAGUAUGCUAACAGCAACUAAUGUUUUUGCCACAGUGUCAACAAAACUACUUUCUGCGGAUUGUGUCGACAUGAUGGGUGUGAUGUACUUGUCUCUGGUACUCUUGUUAUCCAGAGUUGAUGUUGUCAAGAGUUUAAACCAAUGAGAAUCAAGUAUUAAACACAGUAGAGUAGUAAGUAAGUAAAGCUGGUAUUAAAUAUAAAUAAUUUGUCUCUGUGCUGAUGGUCUGGUUUGCAUUUGUAGGACAUUGGAAGCAUUAAUAUUAGUUUCAGGCUAUUUUAUAACCAGCAAAAAGUCAUUGUUGGUCCCACACUGUUGCUCUGAAGUUCAGAAAGGUGUAACUGUAUUAUCUGUGUUUCAGACUGAGCCAGAGUUGAUCGAAGAGACAAAUGUAGACCGUCUGGUGGGGCCCCGGGGGUACAUGUAUGGCCGGGGUUUGAAAGGCCACUCAGAGACAUCCACUCUGAGCUCACAGCCGUCCAUUGAUGAAGUGCGACAGCAGAUGCACCUGCUGCUGGAGGAGGCAUUCAGCCUGGCGUCAGGGGGGCAGUCCACAUCCGGACGACACUCCCAUCACCACCACCCGCCUCCUGACCACUACAGCCCUGGACCGCCUCCCCUCCCCUACGCAGAUGUUGUAACCAGUGCUCCUGGUACAAUGACCAGUGGACAUGGGGGCCUACAGUGGGUACCAUCCUACGGCUCAGAUGUGUAUCAGUGCAGCCUGCCUAAACCGGUAAGAUGAGAUCAUUCCCCCUCACUGAGGUACAAUGGUUGUGUUUAUAUAACCUCAAAUGUCUCUCCCUUUCUCUUAAAGGCCUUUCACUUCACUCAGCUUCCUGAGAUGGCCAUGGGUUCUCCUCCCCCUUUACCACCUCGCACUGGUCCUCCUCCUGGGACCUCUUUAAGACGGUAAGGCUGAAUUAAGCACAGACAUACACUCAGUGUCUGUAGAUUCCCAAAGUCCAUCUGAUAGUCCACAUUUAUUCACAUUCAUAUUCAGGGACCAGAUAUUCUCUUGGUAAUGUGCUGUGGCCAGGGUGAUUUUAGGCCUUGUAUAAAUUUGAAUAUGGAACUAGUGCAUUGAGAGAUGGUAAGAAUGUUAAUGAGCUGCUCACUCCUUCACAUGGAGUGUAGCUGCCAUCUAGUGGUGCUGAUCAGGUAUUUCAGGUACACUCAGUGUUUAUUCCUCCUCUAUCUCUAUUUAACAGUUCCACCUCCGACUUGGGGCCUAAGGGAAGGAGCUCAGAGACAUCUGUCACUGAAAUGCAGAGUCAACAUGACAACAACCCGUAUGGGCCAACGACCAGAGCAGCACUUCCAUCUAUCACUGCAGAGCAGCCUGUGUCCAAAUACUCAGGUGAUAAACCAAGAGGUCACAACUUUGCUUUUCAAUAGUGACCAGUUAUCUGCUUUGCUUCUGCCAACAAAUGUUUUUAUACUUGAAAAUGAAGCUACUAAAGUUUCCAAUACUGAAUGCCUGCCCCCCCCCCCCCCCCUCUUGUCUACUCUCCAUAGGAAACCCAAUAACAGCCGUCUACGCCAUCCCAGCCAGCAGGCCCGGCUACUCAGAGUACUUUGUCUCCACCCCUCCCACCUCCUACCACAGUCCCUCCUGGAUGUCCUAUCCUCCAGAGCCUGAGGAUGUGCCUCCACAGUGGGCAGACUCUGUAAGAAGGCCUGUGUUUCUUUCUCAGGCAGCAUCCUAUUCUGUUCGACACUUUGCCAGAUGUUUAGUCAAACUAGGACACUCCCAGCUCUGAUUCAUCUGUCACAGUGCUCCCAUAGUGUUGUUCCCUCUUCGAGAGCUUUUUAAUUUGUAAAGGUUUAACGUUGUAUGUAGCUUUUGAGAAAUAUCUUGCAGAGUUAAGCCUUCAUCUGGAGAGCAAGCAAGUUAGGAAAAAGGGCUUUUUGUUUGUGGGCUCAGUCAGAUAGUAAUGAUUAAAGUAAAAUUUUUUAAUAAAUAUCAACUAAAUACAGCUCUAAACUGAUAAAAGGACAUUUUUAACCCCAUUAGCUUUGCAGUGAUUGAAGUGGGUAUGCUAUGACAAUGAGGUGCUAUGCUGGCUGGCUGCCUGAAUUUUUUCUGAGGGGGGGUUGGGUUGAGGUUGGGCACAGACCAGUGAAGACAGAUUCAGGCCUUUGGUGUGGUCCAUUAGAAGUCUCAGAAGUUGGUUGUGAGAGCUGGGAAUUACGUCACACCUUUAUUGACUGAAAUUCAGUUAUGAGUUGAAAACUACUGCUAAAGGAGGCGGUUUUAUUGUUCGCAAUGUUAGCCACACCAAGCAAUAACACUAGGCCUUGGUUGCAUCCCUGAGGCACUACUCCUUACAUAGUGAGUUGGAUGUAGUGGGCUGUGAAGUGAGGUCUGAAGUGAGCAUAAUGAAAUCAUUUCAGACACUACUUGCCCUCCCGCUGAACUCUGAAUAAUGAUGCCGUUGAUUGUUUAGACAUACUGUUCAACGCCAGCUAGUGAUAAGUGAAGCAUUAUAUUAGCCAAAACAAGUAGAAUAGCAAAAAAUAAUGUUUUGAUAUGACAAUGAAAUCCUUAAUUUAAUAUAGUUGACUGAGGAAAAACACAUUUUUUUCCCCAAAGAAAGUCUUUUAUCCCUGAAAGCAGCUUUAAUGCUGCCACAAUAGUUCUCUUUCAUCUCAUUUUAUUUACUGUAUUUUAUUCUGUUUUAUAAUUAUUUGCUAAUUUAUUUGUAUGGUUAUUUUACCGUCAGUUUUUUAAUGUAAAUAUGCUGCUUGAAAUUUGUGAAAUGCUCAACAGUUUUAACUCCUGUGUGGGGAAAAAAAAGCUCUCAUCUGUCUGCUGUUUUCAUUUAUCCAGCAAUGCAUGAUGGGAUAUAUUGCUUGGUUAGUGACCAUAGAUUGUACGCUACUUUUACAACUCAUUGUGUGAAAGUUCACACUAAGAGUGCCCAUAAAUGUUUCUCAGAAUUUGGACAGCACUACAAAAUGGUUUAUCCAGAUACAGUGAGUUGUGAGUGACGUAAAAGCAACAUAAAAACCUGUCUACAGGUAGAACUUGCACAGUGCUGUACUAUGAUAAGGAACACCACUGAAAAUACUGUUUUCCUGUUGAUGGAGGGAGAAACCAUCUUGGGUUUCAAGCUCAGGACACCUGAAGUUACUUUAAAAGGAUAUUCCGGUGUAAAAUUAAGUUGGGGUCAAACACACCAUAACACUGAGUUAGACACCCCAUCGAGAAGUUAAUAUUGCAGACCGCUUGCUUCUCUAGUUAUACCAACUUGAGUAACGACCGCAGAUAGCAAAACAGAGCGGUCCCAGGAGCCACACACCCAGCCAAAAAGCCACUCUAUAGCCACAAAUAAUGCUCAGAACAGCACCUAAAUUCAUCAACAGUACAUAUAAGGUCCCAGCCAUGGUACUAGCCACCAAACAUCUUUUUAACUUUGCCUGAUUUCUUUAGCAAAGAGAUUAAACACAACUCACCUACUCUCUUCCAGCAGCCGCUUGUUGGUACGGAGACCUCAGGUGAGUCCAUUACGGCUGCAGGGUGACGCAGCUCUAGGAAGAACACUUAUGAUUAUUUCUUCAUUAAAAUACAAUCAGAUUGAGAUGCUAAGGCAGAAGAUCUACCGCGUCUGCAGUGCAAAAUGAUUAAUAUGAUGAUUAUUACUUCAAGGAAAUGAUAAAGAAAUGAUCAUAAAUGUUCUUUCUUGAGCUGCGUCACCCCGCAGCGGUAAUGGACUCACCUGAGGUCUCUGUACAAACAAGCGGCUGCUGGAAGAGAGUAGGUGAGUUGUGUUUGGUCUCUUUGCUAAAGACAUUAGGCAAAGCUUAAAAGAUGUUUGGUAGCUAGUUCCUUAACUUAAUUUUACGCCGGAAUAUCCCUUUAAGUCUCUCCAUGUCAGAAUUCUAACUUCAGGGGGUGUCCUGGGUGAUAUAUCGAGCAGGCAUCUUGGAAUUUCUGACCUCCGAGAUCAAAUGCAACACACCAGUGGCCAAAAGGAAGUUCUGAUUUAAGUCUAGCUUUUCUCAGCAUUUUUGCUCUUUACACAGACUAAUAUAGAGUUGUAAGUCACUGAAAACAGAGGUUUUCAAAAAUGCCUUGAAGGUGGAGAUUUUUAAAAACGGUUCUCUGCCUGUUCAUGAGGAUAUCACACUGACACUAACAUCGGUUGCUUCCUUCAAGGGAAAUCUGUCUUUCAUCAUUGUACCAUGGUGUGAGGGCAAAUGAAUAUACUGUAUAAGUAUGGAGAUGCACAAUGCUGCUUCCCCACAGUCAUCACGGUCCUCUAUGUUGUUUGUUGUGUCAGACUGAUUACACGUUAUCACCGCCACCUGGUCUGGCAUGUUUUGUGAUCAUUUUCAAUUGUUCCUGUGGUGUGAAUAGGAUUUCUUUUAACACAUCUUUGUUUCCAAAAAGAUUCACUUAUGUGUGGACUUGGCCUUAGAGCAGAGAGACUGUUGUAAACCCAGCCUGUACUGGCCAAUAAAGCUGCUGCAUUGUGGAGAUCUGUGAGCUGAUCAUAAGGGGAGGAAGUGAGAUGUAGGACACUAACAGAUGCAAAUCAUGCUUUGAAUCAUGUUUCCAACCUAUUUUUAUUAUAUUGUCAGUGUGGUACCUGAAAUGCUACAUCUAAUACUGUUGUACAUGCCACAAGAAUAAAUCCAAGCAAAAAAAAAAGGAACUAACCAGACUUAUUUUAGUUAAGCUUUUGCAUUCUCAGAGUUGCCAAGCUGGAAGAAAACCUUAAGGUAUAAAAUGGCCCAUUCCCUCAUAUAGGACGUUAAGCUCCUAGUUGUUUUCCUUAUAUCUCAUGGCACUGUGAUAGUUGAUGAAGAAUUGAGUCGGGAUAAAACAGAAAAAGUUUAAAACUCUGGAUGGUAAAAUAGAUAUGUAUUCUAGCAGUAAGGUGUGCAUAAAACUGCCGCUCUGUUACAACAAAAAAGUCUGCAGAGCAUCCUCUGUCCUUAUCUACCCUUGAACAGACCCCAUUAAGCAUUUCUUUUCAAGCAUCCACCUACCUUCUCCUCUUUUUUUUCUAAAAAAUAAGAUGGGAUCCAUUUGUCUUGUCAUAUCUGUUGUUACCCAUGUAACCCUCCCCUCCCCUGCACAGGACUCACCUUGUUUGUAUUGGAUGUUCUCUUUUUGCUUGUCUGUUUGCCUGUUUCAGCCGGUUGUCUUCACACAGUGUCUUUUUGCAGAACCAGUGUCAUUUAGAAACCAUUUGCUGAUCUGAAUUAAUGGCUGCCGUUGAGUGGACACAACAAAACACCAGGGUAGAUGAGCACAUUUCCUAAAAGAACACUUAUUUUCUUUUUUGUCAUUUUGUCGUAUUAAUCUGACACCUGUAAGGAGUUUUGGUACCAGCAUUGAAAAGUAGUCCAUCUGUGAGUUCAAACACUGUUUGAACCAAAAACCAUCUUAGUGAACAGUAGCUCUAAGUCUCCACCAUCUUUAUGUUCCCCGUCAUUUCACCCUAUCAUCCAUUUGAUUCUUUUAAAAUAAUGGUGCACACGAAAACAUUCAAACCUCGCUCAUAUACUGUAUUCUUUCAAUGACAUGAUUUGCAGCCAUACUUUUUGUUGUGAGUAGUAAACAGUUAAGUGACUUUUUUGCUGAUUUCCUGACUCAUCUUUUUUCUAGUUGCCCCUGCCGGGGUAUGUGGAGGCCUUUCCUCAUCCUCGGUAUCCACAGGGAAGCCCAACCAGGCUGCCCCUGGAGUACAGCCCAGCACUGGAGCCCCCGCCUGCCGCCCCCAGCACAGCGUCCAAACAAAGCCUGCCGCAGGUGGUGAAGGACAUGGACAGCAUGCCCCUGAGCAGCCUCUCCACCUCUGCACUGGUGCAGGCUAUCCGGCAGGAGGUGGCAAAGCUGGCUAAGAAGCAGAACGACAUGUUUGAGUUCUAGUUUUAAUUCUGCCCUAUGGUGUGCAGGAGAUGGUCUUCAACAGUGGCGCCCAGAGGUGAUGCACCUGCAGACUGAUUUUUGAUGUUUGUACUGUAAAACAGACUGAUCUUCUCUACCCACCAAUAACCCACUGAUUGGUUUCUUUCAUAUGCCAUUGGUGAUUUGGAGCUCCUUAAUUCAAGGAAUAGAAAAGAUUUUUUUAAGAAAAAAAAUCCAUCCUCUAUCGAUGAUGUCCCAAGUAACUACAUGCAUUUCUUCUUUGUAGAUAUGUCAAUAUGAUUCACUAACUAUGGAAAAUCAGAGCUUUUUUCCUGGGUUAGGCAUUUUUUCGUGAAUCAAAAUUUAACUGAGAGGAGAGAAAAAGUAGCAUUAUUGUCUGUACUGAGAGGACCAAAAACUUCCUGUCAGAUGGUUAACCACAGUGUAUAUGAGCAUGUACAGUAUUAGGACAUCAUGUGUCUUAUAUCCUUUACAGACCGUUUGCUUCUUAAAGAAUGGCCGGGUCGGAAGCAGUGAAUUAUACGAUCUGCACCAUCUCACUUUACCACUUUUCUUUUCACUGACUCCUCUGUGCAUUUAUCCGAUAGACACCACUAAAGUAACAGCGAUCACUGACCAUUAGCUGUUUUUCCUAAUAUAAUCAGAGAUUUAAAGUGAUGGACCCUUUGACUAAACUGAUUAUUUAUGACUAAACCUUUUUCCAUUAAAGCCUUCUAAUUAAUUAAGCAGCUGUUAAGAUGAUGUAAUGCAGAGAUGGAAAUGAAUCUGAAAUAGAGAGAAGCAUUUAUUUUGAUCAUAUUUUGGUUCGCAGAAGCUUUGGCUUAAAGGUACAGUGUGUAGAGGCAGAAAUAUUUCCCAAUAACCAGCGGUCAGGUCCAGAUUGAGGCCUUGUCCAUAUGUAAGUGGGUAUUUUUGAAAAUGGAGGUUUUUCCUGUUCUGUUGAAUAAAAAAAUCAUUUCCCACAACCAUGCAAAAAAGAUUUCAAUUGCCAACAUAAGCAUACCAGGCCAGUUGGUGGUGAUAAUGUGUAAUCAGUCUGUCACAUAAAACACAGUAGAAGACAUGUAAUGAGCGCCUACAGCAAAUGUAAACAGUGAUCUUUAAACUGUGUGCUGUAUUCGCCUCUGCACUCUGAUAUAAUGACGAAGAAAAGGCAGUUUUCCCUGUAAACAUGCAAUCAGACUGAGAAGCACGUAAAUGUAUGUUGGCAGGCCGCCAACUUGAUGGAUGCACAAUACAGAUAGACAAGCAUUGUCAUGUGUGCAUUGAGGUUAUGACAUCAGCGUUUUUUUUUUUUUUGCUGUACUCAUGAACAUGGACAAAAAGGUUUUCACCACCUCGGAAAGUGUUGUUGAGCACCUUUGGUUUGAGAGUCCCAAAGCUCUGUCUGCUUGUGUACAAAAAGGGGCAAUAAAGCACAGGAAAAGCUACAAUUUAAAAAAUACUCAUCUGGACUAAAUGUAAAACACUCUCUUGCUCACCCUUUCCAAUGAAAUGGUGGUACCUUUAGGGGACAACAAGCUCCUGUGAUGCAUAAUAAGUAUAAUUUCCCAUAAGUCAAGUUUUAACCAUCAAAAACUAUCAGUACAAACAAAGAGUGUAUGUUACUAGCUUGUCUGUUCUGUGCAAUUGUAGAAACUUGGCGUUUCAAGAGGGCGGCCUCUGCGAAAGGAGACCCACUCCUUUUGUAGAUACAGCUAAAGACUUAUUCUAUAUGAACAAAAAUAUUUUUUUUAUGUUCAAGUGAUUAUAAGCCAAUUUAAACCUACUUAUGAAUUUUCUAAUCUAUUUCUGACCAGUUUGUUCUGCUAAAUGCCAACACAUUUUACAUACUGUACCUUUAUGUUUCUUUUUAUUAGAUUUAAGUUAAAAAAAACUCAAUCAUCAGACUUAAGUUACUUUAUCCCUGCUGCUAGACUGACAUAAAGUUGAGUUAGGAUGCCACAAUGAGCUAAUGCACAAAGAACCCUGAAAAACUCACAGUGAACACUGAACCCUUUCACUCCAUUUUCCCUCUGACCUCAUUCAGAGAGUGGGGACCUUAAAGGCUGUUGUGAUUUUAUUCCACUUUGUUUCAGGUCUACUCAAUUAAGGGAAUCUCAAAUAUCUAAUUUGGUCUUAAAAAAUCAGUACCUCACAAGUCAUUUGGUAAAACCGCAUUUUAAGAUAGAACAUGACAAGAUCAUUUAUCAGGAAACAAACCACUUCAUAAGUAGCUGUACUUUCUUGUUUAAAGUCUGAACAUUGACACUAAUGUUAGCGAGUAUACAAUUGAAUCUUAACAUUAGUUAUUGCUAAACAUCAGCUGAUGAGAUAUUGAACAUUUUUUUGCCUAAAGCUCCUGUCAGUAAUGUUUAGUUUUUUUCAUAUUUGGCGCCCCCCUGUGGACAAAGCAGGCUUUGCUGAUAUUGUCCUCUGCAUGCUUAAGUAAUUUCCUCUGAGAAAAAAAGAAGAAAAAAAAAAACUCAUCCUGCUGACUUUUCGUGUACUGUGAAUAUUUGAGGGUGAAUAUACAAAAUUACACUGAUUUUAGAUAUUUAGAACUGAAGAAUGAAAAUAGUCAGUCUUGUUCCUGAUGGACAUGUUUGCUUCUAAAUAUCAUAGAGGCUUUAAAUCUGAAUUUAGUACAGUUUCAAAAAUGUCAAAGACUUCACAUAGAAACUUUAAAUAAUUUAUUGUUCACUGGAUUUUUCUAUAUUGAAGUAGAUUAAGUCAAAUAUGAUGAAAUGCAGUUUUUUAACUUUUAUAAAACUUGCAUCCUGAAACAAAGCAGAACAAAACUACAACAGCAAGUGAACUUUUCACCCUGAGAGGAAAAUAAUUGCCAUGUGAGUUUGAUAAAUUUUCAUGGUAACUGAGCGAAAGUUUGUCGACUUUCAUAAGAAAGCCUGGUUUUGUUUCAGGCUUUUAAAGGUAUUAUUUGGUGCAUUUCAUGGACAAAAAGUCCAUGUGAACUUUUGACCGCGUGAGAGGUCUUAUAUGAGAACUCCUGUUCAGAAAAGCCAUCAGUACACAAACCUCACUGUGUUUGUGUGACAUUGUUGAGUCUCACUGAGUGUUUGGAAGUGCUGUGUUUAGUAUGAAUAUAUCAAUGUGGUGCAUCUGAAAUCACCCUGUUUGUGACAGACCUGUUUACGGAGCAACACUCACAGUUACAUGAAAACCCCAUUAAAAUUAAGAUGUAAAAAAAGUGACCGCUAUGAAUGCAAGCUGAAUGCACAUAACAAGACUGAACGUAAACAAAUACCAAAAGUUAUUGAAGUUAUUGAAUCAUGGCACAUCAUUUUUCUUGGACAGAGUCGUACUCAUAUUUCACUGUGGUGUAAAGUCAUCAGGAGAGUAUGAUGAACUUCCACUGCAGAAGGUUGGCUUGGUUAUGGAGAGUCAGACUGAUGGCAGAGUAAUCUAUGAAGGUUAUACUGCAAAGUUGUUGAAACGUGUUUGCAUUCAGCAUUCAGGUGCUACAGCUCACCUACUUUGACUACGUUACUGCAAACCACAUGGAAUGUUUCGCUGAUUGCUGAUGCUGUUAUUAGAGAGAUGCAGCUGUGAAUAAGAAAGACUUUUCAGAAUAUAAAUGCCUUUUUUAUGGGACAGUGUCGCUUUAACAGCAGUUCUGUAUGAAUUCAGCCUUUUUACAUCAUGACUUUUAAAGCCUCCCUCCCUCCAAACAUACUUCCUUUUAUACUCAUGCCUGUUGGUGUGUAAGUAAGUUUAAGAAAAUAAGGUAUGUCUUAAACUCAAAGAGGACUCUGUUGCUUGUUUUUCUGUAACUCCUUUGACCCCGUAAUGCAGAAAAGCACUUCUUGUCUUAAAAACUGUACUAAUUACAGUAAAAACCUGUUUUUUUUUCUGUGUAUACCUGAAGUGAACACCUUUCCACCUUCACAUGCUGGAGAACUAAGUGAUAUUAUUUAAAAGGGUUUUAUGUGGAUCAAAAGUUUAGAAAGAUGAAAAGUAUUUAUUCUACAAAUGAAGUAUGAAUCAAGCUAAAUCUAUUACGAAUCAAUGUCUUUUUGUCUCCCUCACUGGUUUUCUCAUUUCCGUUUCAUCUGCUUGAUCUUGUUCUAUUUGAUGUUCCUCAGAGAUUGAUCGGACAGGCGGACCUUGAGACAGAUGGAGAAUGAAAGAAAUAUUAGCCUACAUGAUUGAUAUCAAAUAAAAGAUUUUAUUAGAACAAUCAAUCAUUAUUUGUGUCUUCAGUUUGUCCUUUUCUGUCUGCGGGGAAGUCUUCCUGCUGAGAUAUUUCACAGGAGUUGCAACACUUGAGUUACACUGAUGCUCCUCUUGUAUAAUCUUCUCUGGUACUUCAUUAUUUCACUCUUUUAAUAUUUCAGUGACACAGUGAAGGUUAUCACAUUUUACAGCACAGGGAAGUCAGCACACCUUCCUACCAUAAUACCUGACACUUAAAGUUCAGAUUUUAGCCUUUUUGCCUGAGGCAGUGUGGUGGCUGAGGGCAAAAAGUGGUCAGUAUUUGUGUGUCCUUACAUGAACUGUUGUCAGACAUGAUGCAGGAGCUUUAAACUUCAUCUAUUCAUCCAUUGCUUAUGCUAUUUACCCCUCAGGGAUUACUCUGGGGCUCUAACUAAAAUCGACUGUAUGAGAAGUAUACGUCAGACUGGCUGAGACACAAUCACAGGGCUAGCUCUGAGGCUGACAUCUAGAAGUCUAAGACAUUAUGAUUCGGUAGAGAUGCACGUUACAAUGUGAGGAAAUCUGUUUGUAUGCAGUUUUAAACUUUUAAAUAUUACAGAAAGACAAUACACAAACAUGAGUAAAGACAGUCUGUAGGUUGGCAGGUCAGGAACAGAGUGAGAAGACUUAAGAAGUCUGCUUUAUACCGUCCCAAGCCCAACCU